GCAGAUGACCCGGCGCAGCGGCCAGGAGCACACCAGUCCUCCACCAGUCCUCUGACUAAAGAAAGGAUGGGGGGCAACAACAGCAGCUAAACCCACCACAACCGGAUCAGGGUCCCGAGGGGGGAGAAGAACCUCUGUCCACAUACUUUGGCUCACUUUUCUUGGAUUUAUCCCGGCUUUACUCCAACAUGCCUUUCGCCAAACGGGUCGUGGAACCUCACUUGCUGUGCAGGUAUCAGAUCCCGAACGAGGAGGGUCUGGUUUACGAGGAUUUGGUCACCAUCAGUAAUGUGGCUCUAUCCCGGACCCUGCGCCAGCUGUCGGACCUGGCCCGGCACGCCUGCUCCAUUUUCCAGGAGCUGGAGCUCGAGCUCACGACCACCAACCAGCGGGUCCGGGGGCUGCAGGGCAAAAUCAGCGGGCUGCAGCAGACCUGCACCGAGCUGGACCCCAAACAGGAGGCAGUGCGUGAGUACCCCACUCUUUGAUCAUUAUUGUUAUCACUGUGGGAGUCACUAUGAAGAGCAUGUGUGCGUCCCGCGCGUGGCUCUGAGGGAAAACUGCACAAGGAAAACACACGAGGAGGAGGAGGAACCAUCCUUUUCCUCAACUUUUAACCUUUAAAUGCUGCCAGGUUUCAUCUCAACACUGUGAAAGGGAGUGAAAAUAAAGUCAGUGAAGUUUGCCAUAACUUUUUACAGCCGGGUUAUGGCAGAGAGUAGGAGAAAGUUUUGGAGAGAGAAAAGAAAAAUGUUAGACUGACGCAGAAGCCACUUUAUUGGAGCAGAAAAUGUCAAAUUGUCAUAAAUAAGCGUGUUGUUUUCAGUUACUUUACUUAUUUUAAUGACUAAGUUACGUUUCUUUGAAUAAGAUAAAAUCACAGUGAAGUGAAGUGCUGCUUUGUGGGCUUUUUUUGCUGUUGCACGCUGCUGUGGUCAUGUGUGUUCCCACGCUGAGGGGUGUGUGACAGCCUGGCCGUCCCGAGCUGCCUCCUCCUCCUCACUCUGUUAUUACUCUCUUAUGUUGAGUUAAUGCCAAGUAGGUUUCCAUUUACAAGAGAGCCGUAGUAUGAUGCUGCAAAACAAAACACGGAGCAGGUAAAAUCAGAGCUGCAAGACAAUGAAAAUAGACAUUAAAGUACAGGACAGUAGAACUUUGUGCCCAAUGUAAGUGAUAUUCUUUUUAAAAGAAAAAGUGACUAGGUUUUUUAGGAGUGUGCAAUAUUACAGUAACUGUAAGAUAUGUUUGCAUUAUGUAACUUGUGGCUGCAGCAAUAGUUCAGUUCAUGCUGUUGAAUGUUAUGUCUGCAGAACUAACUUUUUGGAAACUUGACUUAUUUAGUUAAACUUUGUGUGUUAUCAAGACAUAACCAAACAUGCAGAACAUAUUUUAAGGGUAUUUUAGCUUAAGAAUAAUGCACUUACAUCAUAUUAAAGUUCACUUAUGUGUGGAGAAAGUCACUUGGGUAUUGUUGAUCCAUUUCUUUUCACAAAGAUUGCUCCUUUAAAGCUCCAGACAGGACUUUUAAUCUGGUUGUGAAAUAGACUAAAUCUCUAUAUCUCUAUAUGGACUACAAAAGCAAACCACAUCAUCCACAUAAAGACUUUAUUCCCGGGGGGCGCUAGGAUCAGAAGUGCUUAAAAGAGCUUUGAAACCUCAGAGGACAGGGUAUCUUUAGCACUGCGAAGACUUCUUGAACUGUUUGGCUCUAUUCCCUGAGAUUUGGAGGCUCAAGUUUACACCUUUUACCUUCAAAGUUGAGUUACUCUGUGUGUGUGUGUGUCCCUCUUGGUUGAUUGAGUUACUUAAUACAUGCAAAUUUCCAACACAGCGGUUCGUCAUAGACCUGUACAUUGUUGUAAAGGAGAAUGUAGCAGAGUCAUUUGGAGCAGCAUUGUGUGUGUGGUUCUUGUUGAGAGGAAAAAGUCAGAUGUUUUGAAUACUUGUGUCUUUAAUGUAAGAAUUGGCUGUUUUUAUUUUACCUCUCUGUAAUCCAGAUUUCCAUACGAGCAUGACUGAAGAUGUUGGCAUGAACUUGUGCGAACAUUUUUAGACCAUACAGCUCAUUUAAUUGGAUAUAUCAAGCUUACUGAUCUACCAACAUAGGGUUUGGCUUUCUUCAUCUGUUGAACUUUACCUGACCACCAUUAAGAAUUCAUGACCCUGAUAACAAAGCAGGAGGCCAUUGCCUGGCCUUUUUACUCCCUGUGCCCCACCUCCCCCUGGCUGUCUUUAGGGGAGGGGGGGUUGUGAUAUUGGUGUGUGUUUAUGUAUAAACCAACUCUCCAGGAAGCAAUUUAAGGGACCCUGCUCACUCCUUUCUGCAGCUCGGACAUACUCCACUGGAUUUACCCCACUUUGGUUGAGGUUCAGCAGGUCUGUGCAUGCCCCUCAGUACCUGCUUCCUGUGGGCUCUGAGUGGGUUCGCCUGCCUGAGGAUUUUUAUCUGGAGGAAAACACAGACCCUGACUCACCUGAUUUAAAACUUUAAGACUUCUGCAGAGACUUUUGCGACUCUUGUUUUCUUGCUGACUGGUUUCCCUGGCCCCUUACAAUCAGCUGGUUUGCAGCAGGUCUGAAAAUCUCCUGAGUCAUCUUGCUCAUAUCUUGUUUUUUCAAGUCAGAGGCGGCCUUAGACAGUUUGAGCCUGAUUGAAAGCGGCUCCACCAGUUCAUAUUUGUGAGAUCAAGCUUCUCUCUAAGCGGGGAUUCACCAUAGCGCAUUAACACAUGAUCAUAAGUGACACUUUGGAGUUUUUCAGAGUUUCCUUGAAUGCAGUUCUGUGUUCAGCAGGAGUGCAUGCAUACCUUCUUUUGUUUUUUUGCAAGUUUCUAGAACCACGGUUCAGCAUCAGCUGUAAAGCGUCUUUGCACCCAAUGCAUAAACACACUAACCCCUCGAUAUGACACCGAUUGAGCAGCAUCUGAAAAGACAAUAGUCAGAAUCCUUGUGAUGAUUAUUAUGACAUGAAAGCGGAUAAAUUUCCUCCUCCUGCAGACGAUCUUGCGUGCUCUGUUAUCAGAUAAACCCCCUCUCUGCCUGGAAAAGCCUAAUUACUCUUAAUUGUGCUUUUCAUUUAAAUGGUGUCAGGGGCAGCCUUAAACAGCAGACCCCCCCUCUAAUCUGAAUGACAAUUAGUGUAAAUGGAGCAGUAGAAGCAUGGAAGGGGGCUCAGUAGGCGGAGGUGGGUUUGUGAUGUGCCCGUGACUCCUCUUGUCCCCGAGACGACUGCAGGAGGACACAGCUGCAGAUGCCAUGUUGAAUUCUGCAGAGUCAGAUGUUGACCCCUACAGGUGAGGUCUCACAAGGACCAGUAUGAGUUUCUGUGAAGGGUCUGUAUGCAUUACAGGCUUUCUUACAAUAUGAAGUUAUUUUUCCCUUUCAGCUCCCUACAUCUGAACCUUCAUCACUCUAACAUGAACACAAAUAAAUGUCCAGUCCACACAUGUAUCUAUUCUCCACAUCUUCUCAGUCGUUGGUCAAAUUUUCAUAUUUCUGCAGCUUUGGCUCGACGCUGAUACAUGUGUUUGGUUCCACAGAAGUGUAAAGGCUCUCUUUCACUUUCACUCUGUCUCAUAUCAAGCCUUUCAUUCUUUGUCAACAACACAAGAGCUGCACUCAGCACACAGGCAGGUCCAUAUAUAGACCCUGGAGUGAUGCUUUUACUGUCUGAUUGACUGAUGGCUCUAUUUAUACUGUGGAAAUCAAAUCUAGAAAUAACACAAGAUGGUUUGGAGGAAAGUUUUCUGAAAAUUGAAUAUUAGAAUUUGGUUGAAAACUCUCUUUCAUGUCAUGAGAAGCCUGGCAUCUCCCUCUGCUCUCGUGUGACACCCCAUCAUAAUCUGACUGCCAUCACAGCUCUUCGCCGUGCAGCGCAGCUCUGUGUUUGAGCACCCUGCAGGGUUUUAAGUUACAGCAGCUCCCUGUAGAUGGGAGGUGGGGGUGUGCAAUACUUGUGGCUGUAAGUGGCCCUCUGGCUUUUUCUGGUCCAGGAGCACAUGGCUGGCAGGUCCCCACAUUCCUCAUUUCCUCACUCAAACCGAACUAGCCACGUAGUACCAAAAACAGAAAAGGCUUCAUUUCACAGAUCCUCAGAGAGAUGUUUAAACAGCGGGAGAGUAAGAGGUCACGUUUUUGGCACCGUGUCCUGCUCUCUCUGCUCAUUAUGGCUACAAGACUGGAAUAUGCUUUAACCAUCAUGCACCAUGUUUAAAAUGUGCGUGCACUUUUACAUGACCAUGAAUAGAUGAUGAAGAAUAUGAAACCUGGACCUUGUUUAAGGGUCUGACCGACUAUUUCAUGCAAAAGUAUCCCUGGGGUUCAUCUCAUGAAACUUUCCAACUUUAUCCAACUGCAGGCUCAAGUAUUAAGAAUUUGUUCCAAAUUUCUAAUAUUCAUGGAUUUUAAAGGCAUGUGAUUUUCAAUCCCAGUUUCCAGUCUCUAUAGGCAACAUAAAUCUUUCAGGAUUGGGAAUGGGAAUUAUAGUGAGUUUGACUUACCUGCUGCUAUAUCUGUGUAACAUCGUGACACAUGUGAUGCAGUACAUCAUGGUCGACCUCAGCAAGUGCUUGAAAGAUUAGCUAAACUUUGGCUGAACUUGACUAAACUUCACUUCACAAACUUGACAUUUUAUAUGUUAAUAUAUUUUGUAUAUGAGUUCAAAGAGCACCUUUCAAACCCCCGGUUUUGUAGGCAGACUCCUUGUGGUGUGGAAAGUCAGUUUACUCUAAUGAUGAGGGUGAGAUGAACGAGGAAACAGUGCUGGAAAUUAAGGGUGUCCCGACACACAUUUUUCACUUCCAAUACAAUACCAAUAUUGUAGCCUGCAGUAUUGGCUGAUACCGAUAUUGAUCCGAUAUUGGCACAAAGUUGUGCAUGACAAGUUUAGCACUCAGCUGCAAUGUCUUUAUCAGACUUAAAUGAAAAAUGCCACACAGCCCUUACAUCACUCCUGCUCCUUACUACUUUGUUAGUACCUGAGAACACAGUGUUGUGAUUAUGUGGGUUCUGCAUGCUGGAUUCAGGCCCUGCUAGAUAAAGAUGCCAGAGUGGAGUCUGGAAUGGACUGCUUGUAUCGAAGUGCUGAUAUCAGAGAUUUUAGAUGCAGGCUGAUAUAAUCCGAUAUUUGUUGUUUUUGUUUUUUUGCUAAUAUCAGACCGAUAUCAAUAUUGUAUUGGGACACCCCCUACUGGAAAUGUUCUGUAUUCUCAAUUGUUUAGUGGUACUUGGCACUGGUUGGUGACAAUUUUUUUUUUCUUUUAACUAUCUAAAACCACAGCACUAGAAUCAGAACUAAGACCUGAUUUGGAAUUGGAGCUGGAGCUGAUUAAAUUGAAACAGUGCCUGACCUGAUUUAAAUUAGGUGCAAACGUGAUCUUUUUUUUCCUUUGUCCCUCCAGACUAAUGUGAAAUGUCAGAAGGAAGUUGGGCUGAGCUGAUGUGCGAAUGUAAAGAGUAAAAAGUCAAGAUCUAUCAUGACUGGGUGGAUGUAAUCAAGGCAGGGCUGGGCGAUAAAAUGAUAAUGAUAUAUACCAAAAAUUAAUUUCCCUUAAUAUCAGUAUGAAACAUGGUCAAUAUGCCAUGUUUUGGUAGACCAUACAAAUAGCCAAUGAAAAGGGGAGUUGCUGCAGGUCUUCGCCGCACUAAACCGACCAUUCAGUCUGCUUUCUCUCGCGCAACGCCUUACGACAUAAUGUUGAAGUGACACAAAGACCUCACAGAUGGAGUAGCUUAUUGUAUUGCAAAAGACAUGCUACCAAUAAGCACUGUUAAAUUAAUUUAAGAGUAACAGGGAACAUUUAAGAUUGUGAUAUAUAUCAAUAUCAACUGAUAUGAAAACAAUAUAUCGUGAUCAAAUUUUUCCCAUAUCGCCCAGCCCUAACUCGAGGCAAUGUUCACAAGUAUUCAUCAUAAGUUUAACCUCCUGAUGUAGCCCAGAUGUCCACUCUUUAUCAUUUCUGAGGCUUUCAUGUGCCUCCUAACAUCAGCUGACCUCAGUGGGCGUAGACUGAACAUUGACUUGUAGUUUCAGACUGACUAUUUUCAGUCAAUCCCAGCCGCUGUAAUGGCCAGACUGGGUCAAUGAAAUGCAGAGCGGAGAACUGAGAGCAGACUAAUGUGCUUUCAUGCUCUGAGCUGCUGUAGUGGAGUCUAAAGCAGCAUUGAUAAUGUGCAGAAACUUUCAUUACAGGCCACGAGGCUCGCCGAGCUGCUUGAGCGUCACAGAGCUGAAGUGAGGAAUGGCUCUUGGAGUGAAAUCAAGAGAGAAAGGAUGGAAACUGAGGGGCGUUUAUGCAUGGCGCUUAAUCUCACUCAGAGCUUGUUUAAGUGAGCGGAAAGGCUGCACAGUGGAGAGCACGAAGAGCCAUAAAGCACAGGAGAGAGAAAUUGUCUUUUCUGAAAUGUUACAUAACAGGGAGUAAGAGUCUGACACAGUCCUGCACAGACUGACUUAAACUUAAAGCAAAAAUGGAAAAAGCUGAAUCUGACAGUCAGUUGUUUAAAAAUGUUCUCACAGAGAGUUAAAUCUUUCCGUAAAUUCUGCACACUUAAGCACAUUCAUUCAUAGCAGCUGCAAUAAACAAACAGAGCGUUUAUCAGGGAGAUAAGGUAUUGAUUCUGUCUGUCCUGUUUUCUCAGGUCACUUUUGCAACUCUUUUUGGUGUUUAUUCCCUCUUUUUUAUGUUUCUGUGCAAACAGAUAUUAACAGCUUUUUGUCUGACAGCUGUGUAACAGGAUUACAACAUUGUACUUCAACCAAUAUCUACACAUAUCACACCAGUGUUAGUGCACAUUUCUGUUGAACGUUACUUCAAGGUACAAAGGGUUUCAAUUAGUCCAGUAUGUUGCUACAGCUGGUGUUAGUGAAACGGGCUGUGGUGCCUGCAGCCUAAUCCUUCAGGGAAACUUCCUUAUCAAACUACAACCACUAGCAUGUCUUGUUUUUGCCCAUGACAGGCUUGGAUUGUUGUUUCAAGUGUCUGACAACAUUACAGAAAGGAUCCUGUAGAGAUAGACCCCACUGUUAUGGCAGGAUCUUUGUUUUCAUUAAGAGAAGCUGGAGCAUGGCUCAUGCAGCUACCAGACUCCAUUAAGAAAAACAGUCAUUAUACCACACAAAACAAGAGAUUUACUCGUCUGUUGCUGCUUUUUACGGCUUGUGUCAUUGUCUGUUACACGUACCGUCUCGAAAUCCACCACUUAAAACCCUGUAAGACAAUGCAAACACAAUUUAUCAUACCAGGCAGCAGUAGACCUACAACACCUGCACAAGCUGCAGCCCCAGGUGACAGAAAAUGAAGACGAUGCAAAAACUGCAGUUCUUGAGGUAUUUACUUUGGGCUGGCUGCUAAAGUCCAGCAAACCUCACUGAAGUUCAGAUUAAAAAGCUCAUUUUACAGCAGAGAUGAACAUUAUUUUUUAACUUGUAACAUCCUAUCCCUUUGUAAAAUAAGUAAUGUUUUUUUUCAUCUUUUUUCUAUGAUAUCAGUGCUUAGGUUUUUACAGAAUUGGGCUAAUGAUAGGGGUGUGGUUGAGUCGACUGACAUGAGGUCUUUGCAGGGGAGGCCGGAGCAUUUUAAAUCACCAUCUCUGAGCUUCAUUAUCUAUCAUGACUUCUACAGAAGUGAUCGAGCAACACGACAAAGGCUAUGUCAGUGCUGUGGUCCUGCUCCAAGAGUAGUCUAUUUUACAUGAACAGAGUCAGGUGACUCUAAAGAGAGUAGUAUACAGUCCUAUAUCUGGAUUGAAGAAGCAUUCAGUGGCAAAAACAACGAGAGCUUGUCAUUGGCAGUAUUUCACUGCCAUAACCUCCAAGUUUCAUGACUGCUGCUUGUAUAAAGCCCUGAGCCCUUUGCCAUGAGAUAAUUUUAGGGCAUUCAGGGCUGAUAUUUUUUUCAGGAAUUUGCUGCUCACACAUGCUCCUCAUGGCAUGAGAGUUUCCUUUUAAAAAAGCUCUCACGACUCUGCAUACUCUGGUUUGAUUUACAGGCAGCUGACUUCAUGGUGCAUGUAGGGCAUCUGUGAUGGACACUAUUUUAGUGUAUCACUACAACAUGUGAGAGGAUGUUCCUGCAACACCAACACAACAAUAUAGAGAACUUGCAAAAUUACCAUUUUUAAGGCACUCUCUUUUGCAUGUAUAAAAUGGCUUUAAUUUUAUGGUAUGGUCAUGGCAACUUAAAUCAGUGCCCUGCAAGCCACACUUGGAAAAAAAAGCCGCUUGUUUUUGGGGGAGCCCUGAUGAGGCAAUCACCGAGUGCAGUUGAUCAUUUCCUUGAAGUAAUAAUCAUUAUAAUAAUCAUUUUGCACUGCAGACGCGGUAGUUCUUCUGCCUUAGAGUCUUGGUCUGAUUGCAUUUCCAUGAAGAAAAUAUCAUAAAUGUUCUUCCUUGAGCUGCGUCACCCCAUUGCACUCGGUGACUGACUCAUCAGGGCUUCUGACAAACAAGCGGCUGCUGGAGGAAAGUAAGUGAGUUGUGUUUGGUCUCUUUGCGAAAGAAAUUAGGCAAAGCUACAAAGAUGUUUGAUGAGUGCUGUGCCUGGGACCCUAUAUGUACCGUUGAUGAAGUUCAGUUGUGUUCUGAGCAUUAUCUGUGGCUAUAGAGUGGCGUUUUGGUUGAGGUUUGCGCGUGGAGACAUAGACCGCUGUGUAUUGCUAUCGUGCGUCGUUACUAAAGUUGGUAUAACUAGAGAAGCAAGUGGUCGGGGACAUUCAUCUCUCGGGGCUAACUCGUUGUUACAGUGUGUUUGACCCAAACUUUGUAUUACGCCUGAAUAUCCCAUUGGUUUUUAUCAAUCCCUGCAAAAUGUUAAUGUUGGCUCAGAUCUAAAAAAAAACGCUGAGCCUCAUCCUCUUUCCGUGAAAUGAACAAAGACUGUAAAUCAUCCCCACGAAGAAAAGAAAAAGUGCUUCAGUGAAUCCUGAAUCACCUCUAAGAACAGGAUCACCUCCCCUUUUUCUCUUUCAUUAUCAGAACUGUGAGCAUUUUUCUGCAGGUCCAGACAACCUGCUGGUGAUAUAGUACCCUGCUAAUUAUAGAGCAGGUUUCAAAGGCUGCCUCAUUUAUUCCUGCAACAAGCAGCCCCUCCCUCUUCCCCUGAAGCAGACAGACACAGAGAAGUCCCAGACAGCCUUGAUGCCUUAUCCCAUCCAUGCAGACCCAGAUCCACUUCCUCACAGCUCACAUUCAGUGUUCUGACUCUGCAGUUUUAGGAUCGGAAAAAAAAAAAAACUCCCAGAUUGGAACACAUUGACAUCUUUGUUCGAUGUUUUGCAGUGCAACUCAGUAAUAAGACAUAAACACAUCACUGUCAGGAUCAUAUUUUGAUAUCAGAGUGGUUUGGCAUUAAAAUAAGACAUGCACUAAGUUGAACCCCAGGUUCCGCCUCUGCUCAGCUCCAUUAACCUCAUGAGUGUCUCAGCACCUCGGCCCUCGGUGGACAGGCCGGCUCUGAUUGAAGUGGUUUCUUUUCAGCCGUCUUGUCAGGUCAAGCAUUCCAAAAAACCAGUGACCAGGAAACCACAGUGCUUGCUUGCACUUCUGGGACCUUGCACCCCACGCGUGCUCCUUAAGUUGGCCCUAGAUGGCUGGUGUGAUUAGGGGGAGAUGGAGGGGAGGGAGCUGAGUCUGCAGGGGGGAGGGUUGAGUCUGUGUUUGUUGAUGAAAGGAGACGUUUUCUUAAAAUUAAGGGGAAGCUUUUUCAUCGCUUGGUUUGCUCCAGGGAAAUGUGUGAGUGAUUACACUUUACAUUCCUGCGGUGGGACCCUCCAUGAGAGCAAGUGCUGCUGAGUGUGGGCGUCCACACGCUCACCUUAAACCCCUGUGCCUGUCUUCCUCUGUAUAUUUUCAGGUUACAGGACCAACAAAUGUGCUGAGUGAGUUUAGGGCCUCUCUGCUGGAAGGUAUGCAUGUGAACGGUUCCUGUUUCUGUACCAUCAGGUCCCUCCAGACAGAGUUAAGCUCCAGUUUGUUGUUGAUAAAAGUGGAUUGUUUUCUCUUCUGCAGGACUAUUGAAAGUCUUUAUCAACCUUUUCAGUGCCCUGGAGUUUAUGUGCACCUUAAGGUAUGCGUGCACUAAGACCAGACAGAUAUAUUUUCUCUUUUCAUAUGUGCAUGAAUCCAAUGCCAACAGAAGCAAACUUAGAUUCAGGUGUCUGUUGAAGCUUUUUUCCAAACUUGAAGCAACUCCCUAAUUCACACUUAUGUACCAGCUGAGCAGAGAGAGGGACGCAGAGUUGGCUGCAAAGAUAGUGGUAGAUUUCAAAAGAGGGAAUGUUUCCCAUAAACCGGAUGUUAUUUGAUAAUCAACAUACGUUACCUGUAACCAAAGUUCUGAAUAACUACUUUUUUUCGAGCAAAAGUUCACCUCAAUUUAGAUAAAGAGUGGUGCAAAUGAUUUCUUUCAUCAAAUAACCAUCCCGGACGCAACUUCAUAGUAAAAAAGGAUUGUGUGAAAAACACGAAAUCUCUCUCCAAAGAAAAAUAGGCCAGGCUUUCACUUUUAAAAGUAAUCUCAAAGUGCAUCCUGUUUGUUUUUCAUGGUUUUGACAUCAAUAGAGUUGAUACAAAACAGUUGCAGCCCUCAGCUUAUAAUUUUCUAUGUAUUUGUGGCUUGCAGAAAACAUAAAGCUAGAUGUGCUGCUCAUGGCCGCAGUCUGAUAAAUCUAAUCUCGUAACACGCACCACAAAAUUUAAGUGUUUUUCAGGCCAUUAUUCAGCCAGCAGAUUUACCGUGUGAGACACUAAGGUAAUCCAGGAACAGUCUGCCAUAGAAAUACGAGCAAGAUCAGAGUUUACUGCACCAAACGGGACCUUUAAGUGAAAACACACUAAUAGUGGACCCUCAUGACCACCUGAUGUUGUGACAGUCAAGGUUCAAAAAACAGUCCAGACAGAUGAUGUUUUGUUACUGGAAAGUUCUGACAAAGCAUUUGAACUCUGGGAAAAUCUACAUUGGGAAGAAAUUAUUUUGGUAUCCUUUAUGAAAAUAUUGAAGGUUGUAGAUUUUGUUCCAUAAACUCAUAUCAGCAAGAAGUCAAACUCUAGCAAGAUACCAAAAAAAAAGCAGGUUUGUUUUUCUUCUUACACAUAAGCAGUUUUUACCCUUCAAGGAGUUCUGGGACACCAACAGGACAAUGUCCUGGAGUAAUAAUAGGGAGGGGGGGCAGCCAUCUUCCCCCCAUGACCUUAAAAGCCAACUGACCUCAAACCUCUAACCCUUUUUACACUCCCCCUCACAACACAAAAGAGCAAACACAGCCGCCCCCAUCAUGCUUAUCAUCCAGGCUCUAAAGACUUGUCCGGCCAAUUAGAGGAGAUUUAACAUUUGACAUGAUCCUGAAAGACCACAGACCAGUGGACCGGUAAUACCAAGAACUGGACCAGAGGUGAUUAGACCGUCAGAGUUAACUCAACAAUUCAACUAAGUAUACUCAGGAGUUCAGGUCGUCACUCGGGGAGCUGGAGUCAGCUUAUUUUACAUAUUUGUUUUAUUUUUGUGAUUUCUCUCAGUUUGAAAGCAGCCAGUGAACUGCUGUGACAUUUUUUUAUUUAUAAGAAUCAAACACUCAGAAGUCUGAUUAAAAACAGAUUUGACCAUUGUAGCUUAGGAUUAGUCUGUUUUUCUCUAUAUUCCACUUCAUUUGCAUGCCAGACUCCUGCAUGAGCCUACAACAAGAGCUCUAUGUUUUGCUUUUGAAAUACACAUCUAUCAUAGUUUCAAACACUGAUUUGUGUAUGCAUGCGUGCAUGUGUGUUUGUGCGUGUGUUUGUGUGCAAUGUGCAUGUGUGUUUGUCUUAUGCAUAGCUUUUCAAACCCAUGAUUAUAUCUUUAUCAAUGAUGGCUGGAGUUAACCUGCUUAAAACAAAAGGAGCACCAAGAAGGAAACUAGCAGUAGCUAAGCUAGCAGCCCUUUCUGUGGUCCUGUUUUGAACCUUACUAUAAGGUGACCAGAUUUCUGUAAUGAAAUCCGGGGACAUCCAGGGGUGUUAUUUCAGGCCCUGUAUUUCUGGAGAGCAGGGGGAUCUUGGGUGUGUGAUCACAGACAACAACUCAGUACUACUUAGUAGCAGCACAUGCCCCCAUAAUAACCCCCCAUGAAAAUUGUUGUUCAGGACUGCGUACAACAUGCUUACUCACGCUUCUGACCUACUCGGCUACGGUAAUAAUUGUUGUUCUAGUUUACACACAACAUUUUUUUUUCAUUUAUGAGACGCUUAAUCGUAACAUUUCCGGGACCAGCCUUAUCUGGGGACAGGUCAUCCAAAAUGUGGACUGCUCCUGGAUAUCAUAGACAUCUGGUCACCUUACCUUACUAAGGUGUAAUAUUUUUGUCCCAGUGUUCAUCUGCAGUGUGUUUUGGUGUUGCUGAAGAACCAGUGGCACAGGAUUGUAAGCAAACAGUAAACUAAACAUGUACACACAUUCAGAUACUUAAACAGUAUACUGGUACAGCUGUUGGGCCUCGAGGCUUCAACGUUGUGCCUCUGUAACCUCACCUUUGCUUAGUCAGGAGAAAUUUUCCCUGCCUUCGCCUUUCAACAUCUGCUCAGCCGCCUGUCUUCUCUCACAUGUGUGCCUCCCUUUCCUCUUAAAACUGUAGCCAGGACUACCUGAUUUUCCUCGAAGCUAAAACAAACGCACAUGUGGCUUCACCUUACACUAACUUUCCUGCAGCAUGUAGUUUAUGACACCUCCCCACAUUCUUUUCCGUGGAAACCUGCAGAAACAUUGACAGCUCAGCGGCUGUAAAACAAUUGUCAGCUGGUCUUUGUCCCUGCCGCUCUAAGCCAGAAGCAUUUCAGGCCACCUGCGUAGGUUUCCUCUCGGCUCUUUAAACGAUAUGAUCUCCAGCCCGGCUUUUGUGCUCCUCUGCUGUCUCCUCCCUGAGCAGCACUCUCACAAAAACAGAUUUAAACAUAAUACAAAGGGAAUAAUUCCCACAGAAAGGUUAGGAUGCAUCUGAGAAUAUCUGCAGGAAGAGAUGAUAAAGUUUUAUUUUCUCACUCCCAGGAGAAUUGCUGGUUUGUUAUCUGGAGGGAGAGAUUAACAGGAAGGGAGAGAUAAAGGAUCUGAGAUGCCGAGAGUGAGUCACGGUGGCAUAAAGUCUUUUAAAAGGGAGUGUUUUAUGAAGAAAAUCCUCCCACGCUCUAUGAGUGACUCUCAAAUUUAAAAUCAAACUCUCACAAAUGUCACUGUUAAGACAAACCCGAGGUCUUAAAACUCUUGGAGGAGCAGAAAUGUGAGCAGAGGAUGACCUUGUACUUGAACAGGAAGGAAACACAUGUGAAAGAGUGAGUGCCAUGCAGGUGUUUAGACUGGGAUUUAACAGGAAUGUGAACUCCCUUCACCUCUCCUCUGUGAGGGAGCCAGCGGAUCAGCCGGGUCCUGUCUUUAAAGCUCAGAGUCUUUUCAUCAAUCAUCCCCCCAUCACAGAAGGGAUGCUGGGAAGAAAAGCACCUGUGGAUAUGAGGGUGCGGGGAUGGUCUGAUCAGAGUAUGGCAGCCAGAUCUUUUGGGUUUCACCUCAUCUGUAAAAUUGUCUCAGUCUGGUCUUCAUUUUUAACCUCCUCCUUUGUUGUAUAUUUAAAGCAAAGUUUCAGCUCCUACAGUCAGUUUAAGUGAAAAGAUUUAAAGGAGUAGACUGAUAUUUUGUAACUUGUUGAGACUAAGUAGAACAAGAAGACUCAAAUCUGAUUAGGCAAAAUCAGAAGGAUGGUCUCUUUAACUUGGCAUUACUUUUACACACUACACUUAGACGUCUUUUUCCCCAAUUUCCUCCCUCUGUUACUUCAACAGGAGGGAGGAUCAGAGGCUGAUUCAGUCCACCCCACCAUUAUGCCUUUGGUCGUACGCACUGAAGACGAGGUGUAACAGGAGCAAAAAUAAUCCUACCUUUAAAUGACAGUACGUAAGAGCCUGAAGCUAGCAGCAAUGGAGCAACCCUACUAAGUCUCUGCAGGAGGGCAAUAAUUUGUUACUAUGGCAACAGGAACACAAUAUCCACCUGAAACUUUUCUGUAACUCUUAUUUUAACCACAGUAUAUGACAUAAAAUUUCCACCAGGUUAUCAGAAAUCACAGUUCGACUACAGUAAUCUUAGUUUGCUGAAAUUUUUGGGAAAGUUGAGAUGAAUCGACUUCACUGGGAUGUGAGUACGAGUUGGUGUCUAAUCCAAAAGCAAAGUUAACAAAAGUGAAAAGAAAUUAUUAAAAUAAACACUAAAUAUCAGAAAGGCUAUAGAAAGGACAUGAAUUGAUAAAUAAGAAUUUACAAAAUGAAAGAGAAAAGUUCUACAAAGGUAUUUUCCAAAAAGUCAAAGUAUCACCUGUGAAACUUACAGAUUGUUGAUGUGAGUGGUUACUGUCUUUGACCAACUUGAUUGAAAACCUCACUCAGCACGUUCAACAAACUUCAAAUUUACCUCUGUCAUUUUUAUCUAUUUAUUAUUCAUUUCUUUUUUGUGUGUGUUUUUGUUGUCGAAUGUCCCUGUGAUCUAAAAGUCCACUCUCUCCUCCCCUCGGACUUUAAGCAGACUCCCUCCUCAUGGUCUUAUCUGCCUCCUGCUGUGGUUGUUCAGUCCUGUGGGCCCUCACUUGUCACGCUGAUUUACACUUUAAGUGUAAGUGGAGGAAGGCACCUCGUAUCAGGCUGUUUAAGUGUUUGUGAACGAGCGUCUCUGGCCUGCACACAGAGCUUUAAGGUGGUCUGUUUAUCGUCACGUCAACACAUUACAGCCAAUGAACAGCGUCGCUUUGACACCGGGUGUAAGAUCAGUGAAAACACCGCAUCUCACCAGGAAAGUCUUUCAGUUUCGGGCAGACAGGGUGCUGGUCUUGCAUACUCUUGAACUUUACUUGGUUACAUGCCAGGUGUGUGUCGUCUUUAUGUUCCCACGCAGAGUGUUACUAUGAAUGACCGGAGGCCUCCACACAGGUCAGCGUGAGAAGACGAGUCUCCUCUGCCAGGCUUAGUGUGCAUUCAAGCGCACAUGCCUUCACCCUCCUGGACUGGCCUUUGUCUCUCGCUCCUUAAUUCCCUCCUCCUCCUCCUCCUCCUCCUGCUCUGGGACGUUUCCUCGCCAUCCGGAUUCAUCUUUUAUCCUUGCCAGUAAAUUUCUGUGCCUGCCUGUUCCCUCAGGCUUUUCGUAGACUUUGUUCCCCUCCUCUCAGAGCUUCUAGGCCUCUCUCUCUUUCUCUUUCUCUUUCUCUUUCUCGCUCUCACUUCAUCUCUGUAUCCCAGUUUCUUAUUUUGAGACUCGGCCAGGCCCGCUCCCAGCAGCCCCACUGGGGAGAGUCCAUCCUGUUUUAGCUGCAGAAAGUGCUUUGCUAUGAAAACGAAUGACCUGCUCUGUUUUUAGUGAGAUAUCCAAUGAAUUAAACAUUAACUGACCAGUGAUUGGAUUUAUAUGGGUUAAUAUUUGAUUAAUUUCUAAAUGAGGGUGUGUUACUUGUAAAACAGUGUCUGGGCUUGUCUGGGACUUUCCUGCAUCCAGAUAAACCAUCAAAUAUCUUCAGGCUUCAGGAGAGUCGCAGGUCUCUUUUCUGUUUCUCUUACUGAUCACAUGACUCAUGGAACUUUCAGUCUUGCUUCAGAAUAUUUCCUUGGAAAUGAAGGACACAGAAAACGAUAGUUUACCAUCACUCGCUCCCACGUUUCUAAGAAAUGUACUCUCUCAUCCCAUAAAGAAGGAUCCAGUUACUGGUCUAAAGGUCUCUCUGUUGAGUGGGGACCUGGAGGGAACUUCCACUGACACCUGAGCGCUGAAAACAUGAACUGAAAGAGAUGCUGCAUUGUUGUGUUUUUUUUACAAUGGAAGCCCAGAAAUGGUUAACCCAGUCUGAAUACACCAGUUUAUACGUACUAUACAAGUUAAACAAAGGUGUCUUUCUACCAGGACAAACAAGAGCAGGCUGAGAGCACACCUGGGAGGCCAAGACGUAACAUCCACUGUAGAUACAUGUGGAUGAAGCCUUUUCAUCUCCUCUCAUUUGACAAUAGUGAAGCCAAAGCACUCCCAGAACAGAGUCUUCGGUUCUGCAGUUUUGGAUCUGGCUGGUGCAACCUUGGUCCUGAUGUUUUGCUGACUUAUAUUUAAUUCAAUAUACUCAGCAGAUUUCUCAGAUCAGUAGACUUCACAUCAGAGCAGAUUCUUGCCUUUUAAAUGGACAUUUACAACAAUGGAAAGUUAAACUAUUUAUAUUAUUAAAUAUAAAGUUAUCAUAGGUGUAGGACUGGCAGUAAGCUGUGCCUCCAAAAAGUCUUUAAAAUUUGUCCUGGAAGUAAACACUUUGUUGUUUUAUCAUUUUCUGCACAAUAGGAAGCAUUUCCUGUGUCCCUAUAUCCACUAUUUCUGUUUGAGUCAGUCAUUUCUCAAAAGCCAUUCAUUUAUUUCUCUAAAUGUCAUGUUUAGGGUUUGGCUAUAACCAGCAUUUUUAGCCCUUAACAGUCAACGGUCGUGUUUUGAGAGCUCUGGAAAAGUGCAGUAGACUGAACAUCUUUGUGCAUUGUAGUUGCAGGCUUUUAGACAGGGGAUCCUGCAGGGUCAGGAUUUUGCAAGACUAUAUUUAGAUUCCUGUUGAGAUUAUUUCCCAUCAUGCACCUGGAAGAAGUCAAACACAAAAAACAAACUAAGAAACAGAGGAACAAGAAGGUUUUGGUCACUCUUGUCCUUGUGUGUAGUGGUCGUGUUGUUUUUUGAGCUUCUUGUUCGCUGACGUGGCUUUUCUUCUUUCUUAUUUUGAACUUUCUAAACUGAGAGAAGUUGAGCGUUGCCGUGCCAACAGAGUCUAUACAGCUGGUCUGACUGUGGUGUCAAACUCAUGUAACCCUUACCAAAACCCAGUCCAUAUUUAAAGUCUACCCAGUUUGUCCCUCCUGUUUGUUGCCAAUGUAAGAGCUCUCUUUGGUCCCUGUGAACAUUCAAGUCUUGAACAUCAUUAUUCUUGUGAGCCAGGGUGUAAAACAUGGUUUGGUAUGAGGCUGGUGUUGGAAAAGCUUAAUAGUCUUGUCAGCUUUGAGUGUGUAAUCCUUGCGUUUACACUCCCUGAACACUGAACUAUCUGGGAUGGAAAGACUGGAAGAGCUAGAAUGAAAUAAUAUUUGGGACAGACCCAGUUCCCCCGAUCAUAGCUGCUGUCAGGCUUUUCUGAUGGUUAGCCCAGUCUGUGCUGGCAAACUGUCAUCAGGCGGAGAGCCAUCAGAGCGACAUACUGCCAGAGUUUCAUUUUUAUUUAUACAAUGUUAGAUUAAAAGAAGCUUCAGUCUUUUCUUUUCUUCUGGAACAACAUUAUCAAGAAUCUCAAAUCAUGAUGUUGAAAGAAUCAGCUUUGUUUGCUGCCGAGGAAAAAACUGAUCUUCCUUAACGGCAGAGUGCUUAACAUAAUCCACAGUUUGGGAUGGGUGGAAAACUGCCUGGAAACCUUUUCUCUCCUUGGUUAUUUUGGUGAAGUUAUGAAUGCUGUGGGCGACAGUGAAACCCAGGAAUCAACAGUGAAUAUUGAGGACUGACGGCAGCCAAGAGGAAGAAAGGUGACUUCAAACAGGAGGCUGUGUUUAGAUUAUCUUUUGAUGCCACCGCAGAAGGUGUGUGCCAAAGGUCGUUUCAGCCGGCGCUUUGUUAAGUUGUUGUUUCCUCCUGAAACAUGACCUUGAUUGAAAUGUAGAUGUUUUCUUAACCCCUUCAUGACUGCCUACAUAAGACACUUUCUAACUUACUGAAAUUUAAGAUUUUCUGUGGAAUCAAACUGCUGACGGGCAAACUGACGACUAGCAGAAAAAAAGUCAUUUGAAACAUGAAACAUGACCUUGACUAAAAUGGAGACGUUUUCUUAACCCCUUCAUGACUGCCUACAAAAUGUAAGAAAUGUUACAAUAUGGGAAUGUAGUCAUCAUCAUUAAUAGCUUGUUUAACAUAUUGUCUGUGACUUUGUCCCUGUUCAUAUUUGUGUUCACAAACAAUAAUCCUUUAAUAAUAUUUUAAAAACACGUACUGCGCAGGUAUCGCCUAUGUAAGCAAGACACUUUCUAACUUACUGAAAUUUAAUAUUUUCUGUGGAAUCAAACUGCUACUUCUCAUGACGACUAGCUGAAAAAAAGUCGUUUGUAGGGCUGCAGCUAUCAAAUAUUUUAGUAAUCAAGUAUUCUACCAAAUACUCCAUCGAUUAAUUGAGUAAUUGGAAAGAAAAGUGGCAGUUAAAGUGCAAUUAUCGCGGAACAAUCGUGCAACAAUCGUGUUUGUUAGCGGAUGGUAAUACUCGUAAGAAAUCUAAUUAUGAUAUUAGCUUUCAUCAUGCCCCUUAAGACAUUGGUGUCUGGGAGCUGAAUAGCUCCAAGUUACCUGCUACUUUUACUACACUGGCAAAGUUAGGCUACAAGCGCUGUCUCCACCCAUGAUUCAGAGGCAAAGUGCUAAUGAGUUACUGGAGCUCUGCAGAAGAAAAGCCCCUCUCAUCAUUCAUUUUUUCUGCUCUGCAAAACCAAAACUGCGCUUACUCCUCCUUCUCGCAUGGUGAUGUAAGUGCGUUGUGUCACCUUGAAAAUAAUCUGUGUAAAACAGUGACUGUUUGAGCUUUGAAAAGAGUACACAAGGCAGAGAAAUCAAUCAUUUUUUGCAAUCAAGGUACUCAAGGAUUCGUUUCAGCCCUAGUCGUUUGUGUCUUUCUUCUCUCUGGUUUAAAAAGUGAUCUGUUGGUCUCUUAAAUUCUGUCACAGCUGCACAUCACUAUCGAACUGUGAUCUACCUCAGCUCCACCUGUGGCCAAUUGGAUCAGUUCACAUUACUCUCAUUGAUGUCAACAGUGCCAUCACAAGAAGUCAUGAAAUAGUGACAAAGUGAGUCGAAUUGGAGGAAAACUCUUCACUGAUUGAAAAACAUUUAUUUAGAAUAAAUAAACGGCUUUGGCUGUCCAGUGUUGUUGUUUGAAAGUGCAUAUUAAAACCUUCUUGAUGCGAGGUUUCAUUAGGCAUGUACUCUUUGUUUUCAACUUGUCUUUUUCAUCAGACCCUUGAGAAAUAGUUCCUGGAAAUAACUUUUGAUGAUGAGUCGUUUGUGGGAAAUGCGAGGGCUGUCAGCCACUGUUGCAUCACAGAGUCGAUAUAGGGUCAGCCCGCUGUGGAUUGUUCCCAUCACUUCUUCAGCAGUGUAUUUUCCCUCCCUCAAGCUGUUUUAAAAAUGGUACUGGGACAUGUUUGGUGUUUGGAGGGAGAGUACCUGGAGGUGCUGCUGUGUUGUUACCAGCUGAGAAGCUCCAUCUGUUGUCCGUCAGCUGGGUGGAGCCUGCAGCGCAGUGGAAGGUGUCUUUCAUUAGAGACACGGACUUUCAUUUAGAUUCUCUCCUCCUGCAUGAGUACUCUUGGGAAUACUGCUAAACUCAAAGCAGACGUCAGGGUUUGUUUGUGUGUUUCAGCCGGUCUGUAACUUUUUCCUUGUGUGGGACGCUUUUCCUUCCAACUCUUUAACAUCGUUACGUGGCCCAACAUCACCAAGCAAUUCCAUUCAGUGCCAGACUUAUAUUUUAUAAGACCUGUCUUUACAUCUUACAAUAAAACCUUAAAACCCUGCCCUCCAGCUGAAGACAGUGGAAGUUUAACAGAGUUUAACUGUGAUCUUGAUCUGGUCAGUGACUGAAGUUUGAGCCGGAUUUCUGAUGUGCUGUUUUUCAGUGGAGUUUGUUUUGCUUCCUCAUAGAAAACUGGAUUAGCAAGACUAAUUCCUAUGAAGUGCACUGACAAACUGUGGGAAACUGCAUCACAAAUGCCUGCACAUUUCUCUCCAUCUUUAAAAACUAAAGAUGGUUCAUUCUUUUCUGAGGUACAAGCUUCAGAAAAUGUAAGAAUAUGCAAAUCACCCAAACCUGUGUAUGCUUGAGAAGUUAAUCCUGCUUCAAUCUCCACAAACUUUCAAAACACGCAGGGUGCAUUUGCAUGUAAACUCAAUUACAGAUGAAGUCCCAGUUUUCUCUGACUGACUUCAAACAUGGUUUGACCAGCAGAGAUUUUGGAAAAUCCAGUUAGCAGCCAUGAAAACUGCAGUCUUAUUCCAACUAACUUCAAAACAUGGCUCCACGUAGCCUCCAGCUAACAGCACAGUCCAUAGUACAGUUGUGUGUUUUAGAGACAUUACAUACAGAAUAAAACAGUCUCCUUGAAUAAGUGGUCAGAGUUUUAUAGAGCAGUUUGCAUGAGAUUGUUUGGACAGCAAAGACAGAUAUAAAAACUAAAAUCUUUUAAGGGAAAACUUCAGAAUCACCAAGGCUCAUUUAGAGGUUUUUUUAUGGCGCCAAAGUGAAAUAAAAACAUAGAAUAGUGGAAUAUUUGUUUUGAAUAACCAUAUUAGAUCUGUAUAACAAAUCUCUGGGUCAAGUACAGCCUGACAUCCGGGUGCAUCCCUAGUACAAUCAAUCAUCUGUUGGCUUUAGGUCUGUAAGCAUCAACUUGACCAAGAAGAUCAAAAGCCCCACCAGGCCGUCCGUGGAGUGAAAGAGAGUCAGAUGAUCCCUCCAGGAAAGACAGGCACGCACAGAGAGCCACAUGUCGAACUCGAGAUCGGGACAUAAAAGCACUCGUACAAAUGAAAAUGGAAAGCAGGGAUUGAAUGGCUGCCACGCUGAAACGGAGCAGCGCUGGGUGAAGGCCUACCCUCGCAGACCUCUUUGUGCAGGCGAGCGCCGUGCCAGCUGGCCGGCUGCUGGGAACUUUUGUGUGACUCAUUACGUCUCCAUUGAGGGACACAAAGCCAGACCACACUCCACUAUCAGACCUCAAAGUCUCCCAGCUACCUUAACAGGGGGUCAAGGUCAAGGCCCUCAUACUGGGUUCACACCCAAUAGCCAAUCAGCAGCAGAUAUGUGGAUCACGGGACUUGUUUGAAUGAUGCUGACGGUAGGAAGUCUCUAUUCUCUCCAUGUUUGGACUGUUACCUCGGCAGCAGUUUUUCUAAAGGAAGAAAUGUCCCAAUUUGGCAGGAGCCACUGACGCCCAUUGAUCUGAAUUCUUUCACUACAUGUGUCCUUAAAGUGUGCCCUGUCUCGGCCCCGGCUUUAUUGCCCCACUCUGUUUGUUCACUCUCAAACUAAAGGUCCCAGUGGCACCAGUUUGUGACAGAAAGGCCUCAUUUAUCAGCUUCAUGUCCAUCAUAAAAGCGUUUCGUGUUCAGCUGAUAAACUUUCUUGUUAGUUUGAAUAAGUUAGACUCCUCCAUGAGGGGAGCAGCCUUUUGUUUUUCGAGGUGUAGCUCUAAAGGGAGUGGACUGAGGUGGAUCAAAGACUUCUUUGCGUAGAGAGAAAGAAAUAAUCUGAAGCAUAUGCAGCAUGUUUAAGGAGAUCCAGGUUGUGGACGGGGAGUUGCGAUGCAGGCGUAGAUAUGACCUGAAAAAUACGUGCUGUGACUCAAAAACAUAAUAAACUGCAUACCGAGGCGGAUUAUGACGACUUAUCAGAGGCAGCAAGAGUUUCCCCUCCGCUCUGCUCUCUGCCCUGUGUGUGUGUUUUAUUUCUUGCUGGUAUCAGGUUAACCCUCUGUCUAAAUGUGGGAACCUGCAGACUUCGCAGGGACCAUCUGUGACUCUACAGAUGGCCCUGCUUGUUAAAGUGGGCCAUGGUUGGACCCUGUCGUCUGCUCAGGACGGGACAAUGGAGAUUACGGAUGUCUGAUCUCUCGGUCUAAACACAGUCUGAGGACUGCAGGACACGGGGAGGGGCUCACUGCCCUGAUCUUUGCAAUGCACCGUUGUUGUUUUAUACACAUCAAGGAAUUAAAAGACGGCGCACAGAUUCUCUGAGGCUUACAGGUCAAACCCUGUCAGUGCCAUGAAUUUCAGGAAGGUAGUCCGUCUCCUGAUUGUGAGUCUAGUUUAGGUUGUCAUGCCUCAGUUGUGGCUCUGUGGGUUUUUCUUGUUUUCUUGCCAUUUGUCCUUCAGUGACACUUGCACUGCCUUUUGUUGCGCCUUUUUUAUGGCAGCUUUUUGUGUCUUUGGUAGAGUGUGUUCGCGAAAGAGAGGUGAUCAUUUACAAAGACACAAAGGUUUCCUUUCUCUUUCCCUCUCUACUUUGUGCCAUUGAGUCUGUGAAGCUCAUACUCCCACACCCUAUUUGGUGUUCCUCAUGUCUUAAAAAGUGUUGAUGUUGGUGCUCUGCCAAAGAAUGAUCUGUGUGUGUAAGUGUGUGUGUUUAACCUGCAGGGCUGCCAGAGUGAGACGCAGCGCUGUGGCAGAUGGGGCGGCAGAUACAGUGCUCUGUAAAAAGCGAAGGAAGGAGGGCAUCAACUUUUCUCCACUCUUCAUUUGUGUGCUAAAACUCACUGAAAACUCAACCUCAUAUUUGUCUAGCUCUGCAGGCUGCACAAUGCUACAAGUGCACAUCGACAGGAGGUAGUCCUUCAAGGAUUUAAAUGUUUGCUGAUGACAUAUGUGCAUGUGUACAUCCGGGUUUACGCUUCACCUCCUGUUCUUCCUCCUCGGGGGGUCCUCGAGUUAAAGGAGCACUGAUCCUGAUCUUAUUAAGGAAGUGUCGGCUGGUUAGUGAGAGUGUGAAGUUCCAGGCUGAGGCAGACCCUUGGCUCUGGUGUUAAGAGCUCCUUAUUUGCUUAUUUAACAGGGUGUGUGGAAAACGUGGUUAAUCUGUGAGGUGGAUCUGUAGAUCCUGGGUCUCUUGGGAUACAGAUAAUGCUUUGUAAGUGUGUAUCUUGGCGUCAGCUUGUAGACAGAGUUGUUGCUCAACAUUCACCUGACUGGUUCCUCUUCCCACAGUGUUUUGUUUUCAUGACCUCUGCCCGGAGAAAUACUUCAGAAAUCUGAGAUGUUGGGAAUGAUCUGAGGCAAAGGUAUCCAGGAGUGAUUUACCCCACAGUUUAAACUCUGCUCAUCCGUGAAGCACCCUCAAAUUUAUGACUCUGUGUUAGGGAGUCCAAGCGCCUCAGAAAAAAUGUCUCAGGGUGAGUUUUUGAUCCUAAUGAGAGAAGUUACAUCAUUUUGUGAUACAGUCAUAGAUCUGAGGUUGUGUUAUGAUAACAAAUUACUGCAAUCAUUUUGGUAAACUGGACUUUAAACAGGGGAAAAAAGUCUGAGAGAGAAGAAAAAACCCUUUUAUUAUAGAGACCUGUCUUAAAGGGAUAUUCUGGCGUAAAUUUAAGUCAUAGUCAAACACACCGUAACACAGAGUUAGACACCCCCUUUAGAGAUGAAUGUUGCCCACUGCUUGUUUCUCUAGUUAUACCAACUUUAGUAACGACCACAGGAUAGCAAUACACAGCGGUUUAUGUCUCCACAUGCAAACCUCAACCAAAAAGCCACUCUAUAGCCACAAAUAAUGCUCAGAACAGCACCUAACUUCAUCAACAGUACAUAUAGGGUCCCAGCCAUAGUACUAGCCACCAAACAUCUUUUGAGCUUUGCCUGAUUUCUUUAGCAAAGAGACUAAACACAAAUCACCUGCUCUCCUCCGGCAGCCACUUGUUUGUAGGGGAGCCCUGAUGAGUCGAUCACCGAGUGCAGCAGGGUUUUGCAGCUCAAGGAAGAACAUUUAUAAUAGUUACUUCAUGGAAAUCCAAUCAGUUCGCUAAACGCUGAGACAGAAGAACUACUGUGUCUGUCUUUUAUUUGCUAGAGACCACAAAUCUAAACUUUUGUGCUUUCCAAAUAGAUUAAAAGUCAAGUUCAAUAUAUACUCCAUGUCCCUGGCAACCCUCAUUCCCCACAAGUUGGUUAAAGUGGAUUUUGACAGUUUAUAAAUCAUUUAAAGCCAAUGUUGACUUAAAAAUAGUGCAAAGACAACAUAAAGUCAAAACCAGAAAAUUGUAUCGUUUGAUGCCAAGUUUCAAAAAGUUGGGACAGGGAGAACAGAACACUAAAAAAGUUGUGUAAUGCUAAAAACAACAGCUGGAUAAACAUCUGCCUUUCUCAUGAGGUGAAUUUACACCAGGUUAGUCACAUGACUGAGAAAUAAAAAAGAGCAUUCAGGGAGUCUGAGUCUAUCUGAGGAAAAAUGUGAGGGACAGCGUGAACAAAUAGUUAGACAACUCCAGAAUAAUGAUCCUCAGAGUAAAAUCAAAAAGUAGUUGCAGAUUUCAUCAUCGACAGAAUUUAAUAUCUUCAAAAGAUCUGAGGGGUCUGGAGAAAUCUGAUCUCUCAUGCUUCUAAAUUUGUAAUGUUUCUCUGUAUAUCAUAGUCUUGUACCGUUUGUUCCCCUUCUGUGAUUUCUGGUCUGUGUUUUUGUCCAUAUAACAAGAUCUUUAUAAUAAAAGCCAAAGAGCAUGAGGUUUACUGUAAAAUAUGGUCAAAGGAAACAUCUUCAAGAUGUUGAGAGUCAGGCACUGAAGCUUUAAAAGCCUUUUGAUCGGAUCCUGUUGAACCACAUGUAAAGUCAAAUCAGAUUCUGAGCCAAACGGCCGCGACAAUAAAAAAGCGCUUAAAUAUCAGAGCCAUUAACAUCUCAUUCAGUCCUCCAGCUCUGCUCAAACCACCUCAGUGCUUCUAUUAUGCUUCAGGCGUCAGGCAUCAAACCGCUCUCUACAGACAACAAUACAUGUGUAACAGUCACACACAGGGACUCAUGCCUCUCCACUGAUGUCAUGUACGCACAGUAAAAACUACACCCAGCUUCUUCUUCUUCUUCUUCUUCUCUGAAAGGCACCAGGCAGCUGCUUCCUCGGCCUCCAUCUGUGAAAUCUAUAUGUUCAACAUGGGCCUUUGUUGCUCUGUGGGCGAUGGCACUGACCCGGGGUCAGGGGUUCGAUUCCCACUGUGGCAGCCCAUUGUGAAAAUAUGCAUGCUCAUUGUGUUUUAAUGCAAUUUAAUUAGGACCAGGUGUCCAACCAAUGGAUUCAUUACAGAGACUGAGGAGCGAUUGAGAGAUGGAUCUGAGGAGUGGUCUACAGAGCUGAGUGUCAGUGCAGAGACAGUGUGAGGGAUGCAGUCUGUGUUUUUAUUGAUUCUCACUAGCAUUGGUUAUUUGCGCCCCUUAAAAGAAGGAUGUUCGUCUGUAUUUUCAGUGAUGAAGAAAUGCUUCAUGCAACUUCACAGUUGAUUCAGGCAGACUGAGUGGCAGAUUAUGCCUAUUUGCUUUUCCUAAUGUAAACUUUGCAUACUCCCUCCACAAUAUGUCACAUUCCUAAAGAAUCUUCUAAACUCCUCCAUCAAAACUUGAAAAAAAAAUCAUUUUUGUAGCAUAUUCUCUUGUGAUUACUGGCUUUUUAAUCACAGUUCUGUGUUUUUGUUUGCACCAAAACUUCAGGACAAAUAUACUUUGCGGUUCUUUUACCUUUCUUUGCAGUUGAUGUGCAGUUUCUUAUGCCAUAUUCUUUGCCUUUUGACAUAGACAAAAUCUAUUUUUCAGUCAGUUUUGGGGCGUUUCGCCUUGACUGAUGAGGAAACUGAGGGCACAGAGAGAAAAACUGGGAGUAGUGAAGGAUGUCAUGCAGUAAAGAGUCAUGGCUGGAAGUUGAACCAGCUGGCCUGCUUUGAGGUCUGUACCCUCUGUGUAAAGGGACAAACUCUCCAGAAGGAUGCCUAAUGUAGGAAAUAAUAAAGAUGCAAAACAGCACUUUUCCCCAAUGUUUGAUUUGUUUUCCAACUUUGGGAUAAACCAGAUCCUUAUUCUGAUGUUUAGAUGACUUUUUAGCCUCUUUGGAAACUUUUUGUUCCAAAAAACAGCAAAGCUCAGUUUUAUCUGCAGGUUACAGCUGGAACAACAUUCAGGCCAGAAGUAAGACAGCAAAAUUGAAACAUUAGUCUAAAUAUCUAGAAAAAGAGCUCAUUACUGAUCCGUAGAGACUGUUUGGAGCCAGAAGUCAAAGCUACAGAGACAAAGAUUUUUUGUAAUCACUUGUUCUUUGUAGAUAUCUUUUUCGUUCAAGAUCUCACCUUUAUCCACUCCUUUCACAGAUUAGUCAGAAAGCAGAGGUCGCUCUGAGCGAACUGGAGGUGUUUUGGCUUGGGUUAACCGUUGUUAUGGCAGCAUUUGUCAUGGCAGGGUCAAACAUUUCUGGGGGUGUUGGAGAUAAAUUGCUCUCUGGCUGUGAUGGUAAUGGGUUUACAGCAGCUUUUAUUGGCUCAUUUGGGAUAUGUGGAGAGGUGCGCCCUUUUAAAAAUCAAAUAAAAAUAGUUUUGCAGCUGCAGAAUGAUUCACACAGGCAGGAUAAACUUUCUAUCCUGUUUUCGGACUCAUUUUGCUUACAUCUGAUGAUGCAGCAUGCAUGGUGUAGCAAACAGGACAUGAGUGAGGUUUUCUGUCGUUGCAUAGCUGUAGAGCUACGUGGAUUCAGCAGUGACAGUGGGAUUGUUUGUGGUGGUUGCUGUUGCUCAUGUUGACAUGGAGGGGUGUCUGAGGGAGGGGUGAUGACACAAAGAGCCUUUUCUUCAGACCCUUAAAGACGACAGAAAGUUGAUGAUAAGAUGUCAAAAAACGAGGCCAGGGCCAAGUUCCUGGAAUUUCACGUAUAACUCUAAAAAAUGAGAGGACGUGAGGAUGAAGGCUUGUUCUGGGAAAAAACUGGGCUGGGUCGAGCUUCUGCUAACAGAUGAGUCACGAAAGUGAAUUUACAUAAUUUUAUCUAAAGCCCUGGAUUAUGAUGUUUUAUUUAAUCUGCCUUUGUGGCGCCACAAGACUCAGAUAAGUAGCUUGAGGCCUGUUUUUUUUUUUUUUAAGUAUUUUUUAACCAAGCACACAUUUAAACAAGAACAUAUAACCUGGAUGAGCUGCAGAUCCUUUAAGAUUUGCUAGUUUUUCAUAUUUACUUUUAACAUACACUCUGGAUUAGAAUUAUUUUCAUUAAUAGGGACAUCUUUGAUAUUAACCAUCAAUCCUCAACUGACACGACAAAAGCAGUGCUGGUUUUUGUUUCUGACUUCAUAUAGAAGUGUGGAUUACCAAAGUAAAAAGGCAGUAUAAUAAAUAAGCAUUCCCUGUUUGACUGUGGGCUUGUCUUUGAAAUGGAAUGCUGUCCUUAAAGCAGAAAUCUUAAAAAGGACAUCGGAGAUCUAUCUGCCUCUGACCUAAAAGUUUACUCAGAGUGAUAAGUCUAAAGUAAACUUAAUGUCCUUUCACAUGUUCUUCAUAAAUAUAGCAGCUCUCCUCUUCUUGUUUAAGUUGUUGCCAACAGUCUUAUGUUGGUCCUGCUAAAUAGCAUAUGGCCUGAGUUGGUCACAGUCAUCACUGUGAGUCCAUAAAAUCAGACAGAGUGAAAGCAGAGUCACAGUCCUGAUGCUCCUGCAGUUUUCAGGGUGAUGAAGGAAACUUUCCUCUCAGCCCAGAUGUGAGCUGUCCACCUGGACUCUAACUUUCUCAGAGGUCACAGAGCUGAGAGGAACAGAGGAAACUGAAGGUGUGACUCUGCCUUUUUGCUCAUGUUACCUGUCAGAAAUCACACCACAACUACACAGUCGUUACAGCAAACAGAGUGACAGCCCAAACCACAUCCAUUGAGGCUCAUUUCCCUCCAUAAACAAACUGUGGAGGGCCUUCAGAGGAGCCUGUCUGCACCAACAUUACUCAAAGUCGUUUAAUGCACGUCAAGUUCAGCACACAAACGUAUCACAUCAGGGCAGCUUAGAGGCCUUUUAUAUGAGGUGACACACGGUAACCUAAAGCAAAAAAAACACUUAUGUAUGACCAAAAGAGUGUUUUCUCCUCAAGUCAGCAGAGUUUUCCCAACAGAUGCUGAGACACAGAAGAGGAAGCAUGUGCUUGUUAUAAGCUCUGUGCUAACAAAAACACUGUUUGUGUCUGUAUCAGUUAUCCGACAAACAUCACAGAUCAGGUCUGAUCCUGCCUUCAGCUGCUCAGGCAGGACAGCCACGGUACAUUUAACAUUUCUAGUCUGAAGCAGCUGCAGCGUGAGGAGACCUUUAACAUUUUGUAAGGCUGACAAAUCCUUGUGUAAUAUUUUAACAUUUUAAAUGACAUUUUGGCAUUCCCACAUUUGAUUUGUGGCCCAUGAGUCUGAUUAGCCCUGUAAGUGAAUUUCAGCAUGCUUUCAUUAGUGCAAAUUCAUUUACAGAGAUCAAUACUUGUACUUCCAAUAAAUCAAAUAUACAGUAUCAACAAACCAUUCUUACCUGCAAACAAGACUGUAGUUAAUUUGCUGAAGUGUCUGGCAUUGCAUGAUUAUUUCAAACCCAAACUUGACUAUUCAUAAUAAGUAAGGUGUGGCAGAUAUAACACUUCAAACAGACAAAUACAUAAUCUAAUAUCUAUUGUGCAAGAGCAAUUUAAGAUAUCUGCAAAAUGUGGAUAUGCACCAGUUCAGAUGCACCAGUAACAACUACUUAAAUCACUGUAGAGUCGAUCAAAAAAAAAAAAAAGAAACAAAAAACAGCCAAAAAAGUAUCUUUGAAUUCAUUUUUUUAAAGGCUGGAUACAAGUAGGCUCAUCAUCAAGGACUUACAUUUCUGCCUUUGUCAGUUCCAUACAAGUUUAAACCUUAAUUUUCAAUUUGUGUUUAUAUCAUUUUAAAACACUGAAUGUGUUUAUAUUUUUACAGAAAUGGGUCAAAUAUUGAGACUUAAAAAUGUAGAAAAAAAGAAAAGAAAAGAAAAGAAAAAAACAAACACUUUGAAUGGUUUUUAACAGUGUUGUGCAGCCCUAUCAGUGUCCUGACACUCCAGACCCUCACUUUAGGAAGCAGCAGGCUGAAAGCAGCUAUCUGUGUUUUAUGAACUUAAUGUUGUGCAGCUUCUGGCAGCAGUAAAUCAAUGCCUUGUUACACAAAUGCAAUGACAUUGAUAAAAGUUAUUUAGUUAUUCAUACAUUAGUGCAUGGAUGGAUGUCCUAAAAAAAAGUGCACGUGACUAAUAAACAGGAUUUGAAACUCUUCUCUCUUCCUCUCUCAAGUGAACUGUUUGAUAUCACCCAACUCAAGCAGCAUUUUGUCACUCAAUAUUGUGUUUUUAUUAAAUAACAAAAGAAACCACAUGCUCACAUUGGUCCUGUACCUGAGCUCAGACAGAUCUCUGUUUAAUCUGGUGAACCGGUCGCCCCUAAUCUCUGGGUUACAGGGGAUCCUGUGUGAGGUGACACACUUCUGUCUCUGUGAAGUUCAGUGUCACUGCUGCUGACCCUCACUGGGACAAAGACAGAGCAUGUGCAGACGCCUCCUUUCUCUUCAUUAAUAUUCACUGACAGCUGGUGUGUUGUAGCCUAGUGUCAUGACCCAAACAGCCUUUUAAUCACACAUGUUUUUAUUAUAAGACAAGCUGACAACUAAAGGCCUGCAAAAAACAAAGAUUCAACAUUUUCUUCAAUAAUUUAUAAAAGGGAGUGAGGCUUACUCAAAUUAACCUUCAUUAAUAAACGCUGCCUGCCAUUCCCACUAAAUAUAAAAAGACUCACUUUAUCCGAGUUUACUGAUGCUACACCAUAACGUAAUCUAAACAUAAUCUCCCUGAUGUCGCAUAAAGCCAAAUGUUCAACGAAGAGCUGGCAAAAAUCUUUGGUCAAAUUACUCAUUCAUUCAUCAUCUAAGCCCAACUGUCGGACACAAAAUCUGCCUUCGUGUAAGAGUAUCUUCAAACCUCAAUAACCUGAAAGUCGUCAGCAGAGUUAUAAUGAUCUAUUAUUAUGCAGCCGGCUACUCGUAAUGCUUUCAGCAGAUUACUUGAUAUCUCACAGUCCUCUUGACCAUGAUUGGAGGGCCACAGUGAAGCUUUGGAGCCACACUCUUAUUCUUUCUUCAACGUUGCAUUUCCAUCAUCGGCUGCCAGGGCAGGAUAAACUUUCAGCUCGCCAUGAUGUCACUCUGCCCGGACCACGAUGCUGAUGUGAUUACCAGCGUGGAAAUCACUGUCAGACUGAGGAGGACCAAAUUACCCUUCAUGUUUCCCCUCCCUCCCACCCGCUCUCCUUCUCUUUCUCUGCUGAUCUAGGUUCCCCCUGCUGGGAUCUCAUGCCCAGUGGAGCCGGACUAAUCACAGUCACUUCCCACACAGUGUGAGACAUUCACUCUCUGGACAUGGGAUUGUCUUUGCUCUCACAUCAGUGAAGUGGAAGAAAAAAACAUGUCUCUUUUACUGAAGGUCUUCAGUCAAGUUUUUAUGUCAGACAAACCCAUCUUAGUUUUCUGUGCUCUCCUCCUUCAGUUACUCGACCCAGCCCUUUUUUAAUCCUUGGAGAGCUCAGGCUGCAGGUUUGACGUCAUACUUUUUAAAUUAUCUGAGAGAAAACUAGAGUAGCCUGGGUGUUUCUGUCUUAGUGCAUGAUAAAGUAAGGCUUUCAUCUAUCAAUGGCAUCACCUUACACUUUGAAUCACCCCUCAAACUGUUCCAGUUUUGGGGAUAUGAAUCAUUUAAAGGCACUAGGAGGAGUUUGUAACUGAUUUUGAAAUAGUUCCAUUCUUUUAAUGCCUCUUCAUGACAUACGUAGUAAAAUGAGAUGUGCAGUGAAAAGAUGGGUCAUUUCUUUAUUUUGAUUGAUGGGUCAGUGUCUGUUCAGGAUUAUGCUUGUAGGGUUUGGCAGUGAGAAGAAGUAAGUUAGUGAGCAGGAUGAGUUUUUAUCAUCAGUAAUUUCCUUUUAACGUCAUAGUUUGUUCCUAAGUCUGAUGCUGGCACAGAAAUAGCUUAAACACUCAUGUUUGGAAGUUUUGAAAUAUUGUUUUGGACAUAGAGACAGUGUGCCCUGGGCUUUGCAAGGUGAAAGAGUUAAAAGGCACUGACUGGUUUUAACCAUUACACCAUAGUGCAAAUGAUUCACUGUUCGUUGAGGACUAAAGAGUUACACUGUGUGCACAUUGAUGUCAUGCAGACAUGUAAUGGGACACCUGAGCACACAUCUUAACACUGAGAGUGAUGUUAAAGGUAUAUUUCAGUAUUUUGAGGUGAAGUUUUUUGAGUUACAUGUCACUAACAAGCGUUUUAGCCACAGUGGAUUCUGGUCUGUUCAGUCCCAUUCAUGAAAAAAACACACUUACUUUCCACUGCAGAUGUAAUUUGGCUGAUUUGGGGAGACUCUGACCUAAAGUGCUACACUGCACAGACAUUUUUCAGUCUUUUACUUUGCCAUCAAAAGCCCAAGCUCAAUGUGCGCAGAAGUGCUUAGCCCCGUUAGCAGACAAUGGUAGUAGGCCCAUGGUCCUGUUUCUGCUGUCAGUUUCUCAGUAGGAGCUGAGCUGAGUGGCCUCCAUUGUGGCAAGUCCACUUACCAGUGACAUGUAACUCAUAAAACCUCACUUUUCAAACAGUGAAAUAUCCCUUUAAACUGGUACGCCUGCUCAUACUUCUUCGGCUAAAUGUCAGAAAUAAAUCAGAUGUGUAGUUCACUCUGUCUCCCACUAAGCAUCUGUAUUUUGUUCACCUGCCUUCACAAUGAAUGCACACUUUGAAAAGAGAAACAUCUUAACCACAGAAGAGGGUGGUGCUCAUGGGAAAUGCAGUUUUCAUCUAUGAAAGAGUUACUCACGGUACCUCCCAAAAUAAUACAAGAAAAGACAUCACAAUAAACAAGUCAAUGAGUUGGGACUCUGUUUUAGUCUACUGCAAACACCUUUGCUCUUGUUUCAGAUUAAAGAGAAUAUCUGAGGCUUUUAAAAGAAGAAAGAGCUCAAUUAUCUUCUGCAUUGUUGAGAAACUGUUUAUUAAGUAUUUUUAAACAACGCAGUUUACUUUUUGCUUUCAUUUUGUAAACUCAGAUAAGAAUUCAAGUACAUUUUUUAACCAGACAUCAAUUUAAUAGUUUUAGCAGCUGUAACGGCUCUUAUUUAGGUUGCAUGGAUUCCAAAGAUUCCAAGAUUCUCCAAGAAAUGACGCCACAGUCUGCAGAAAUAUGACGAAGCUGACUCUUUUCUUUACAGAGCUUCAAGGAGAAAAGUGACUGAGGAACCUGUGCAAAUUAAAAUCCUUAUCACUGCCUCUUCUUCAAAAGCAGCUCACUGUGCACACACUGAACCACAGGAACCAUGCCAGGCUGGUGUGUGUGUGUGAGUGUGUGUGUGUGUAAGGCUUUUUUGGUCACUCUAAAAGCAUUGUUGGCUUUCCUCUGCGCUCGCAUUCCUGCAGCUCUCUUGAGCAGCCUCCUGACCACACAAGAAGGAGAGCGCAGAGCAGACAGAGAGAGAGAGAGACGGGGGAGUUUGCCUGUUAUCAAAUAUUUGCUGUUUGAGUAGUCAUUCUCAUGUUUGCGAGUUGGCAGAGUGAAAAUCUAAGACAUCAGGAAGAAGAAUAAUGAACGCUGACAAUCUUGUGGCUGUCGGAAGUCGAGGGAUUAGAGUUUAAUUUACAGUUAUUGUUGUGACACAGACAAUCCAAUGAGUCUUUUCACGCGAUGAAAGCUCAUUUAAUGGGAGGGCUCGGUGGUCACGCAUAACUGAGUGACGGCUGCAGCGUCUGGGGUCUUUCACAUGUGGAGAAAGGACAUCUUUAACCCCCCUCAUCUUAACCCCCACCCCCACACUCACACCAUGUACACAUUUCUCCUUCUGCUGCUCCUGAGUAGAGUCUAAUCCCCGGGUUUGGAGGAGUCUUUUCUAGAGUCAUCCACUCCCUCAGAGUCUGCAGCGUCUGAGUGUAGCUGAUACUUUCUGCAAACCAAGACUGGAGUUUCACAUGCAAUGGAAAACUUUUGACCACUUGGUUUUAUUUUGCAGUAUUUGCACGCACGAAACUUUGUUGUCGUGUAAAGAAGCACAUGCAAAGAUGAGUCAAUGUUUUAAUGAUGCAAAUAGUUUGAAUAGUAAACUGCUGUCAUGUUGAAUGUUGGAAAAGACAUAAAUAGGGUUGGAUCAAACAGGACUGCUCUUUAAGUUAUUCUGUAAUGACCAAAACUAAAUGAAAAGUUCCCAAGAGUUUAACAGAACUCCUUGAAAUGUCUUAUUUUCUUCAGCCCGCUGUUCAAAAUCCAUAUUUGUCCAGUUUAAAGUCAUACAAACUAGUGGAAAUAAGCAAAUUUUCUUCAGGAAUGUAUCUAGGAAACAUUUGCUUUUUCUCCAGGCAGCAUUGUCCUCCCUUCUUGUUGUUGUUGCUGUUAUUGAUUAAAAGCAGGUCGGAUCUUUUCCGUCUGGUUUUGGAAUUACUGAGUGUGCAAUGCUCGCUCAUUUGUACUGUGGGAAAAAAACUUUCCAAUCAGACAUUGUUUUAUUAAUUGCAUCAUUGCAACAUGCAUCCAUUACCAUUAAAAAGCAUGACUGUAGUAGAGCAGUUUGAGUUUGCCCACCAUCCUCUGUUGCCUGAGUUCUGCUUUCUCAGUCUAAAUUCUUCACUAUAUACUCUAUAUGGGGCCUUUUUUAUUGUGUACAAACAUGUUUGAUUUAUUGACGUCAAAUUCUGACUGAUCCUUUCGGUGUGUAUAGAGUUAUCCAAACACCACCUGUUCACCUCAGCCCACAGCUUACAACCAUAGUCCUAGCAACUGAGGUUGGGAAUCACCAGUGGCCCCACAAAACGAUGUUAUCACGAUACUUGGGCCACGAUACGAUAUUACUGCGAUUUUUAACAUUUCGCAAUACAGUGAGUAUUGUGAUACAAUAUAUUACGAUCUAUAUAUCUUUUAACUGUUUAGCUAAUUUAGCAUUUGGCUUUCCUGUAUGUUUUUCUUAUUUACACAGUGUUUUAUUUUUAAGUAGAACAUCUUGCAAACCAUAUACAUAUAUAUAUAUAUAUAUAUAUAUAUAUAUAUAUAUAUAUAUAUAUAUUGAACUAACUUUCUCCUGCUCUAUGGUGUCACCUCUGCCAACCUCAUUGAACAAAUAGUUGAUUUGAUUUUUCCAUUAUCAUAGAUUUGACUUCAUAUUAGCAAUUAGUUUGAAAAAUCGAUAUUUGGUAGAUGAGACGAUACAAUACAUCACCAGACAAAAUAUCGGGAUACUAUGCUGUGUUGAUUUGCGCUUCAGCUAGUAUACUAUAUACUUGUGUGUUGGAGUGUCCAUGAUACAUACACUCACCGGCCACUUUAUUAGGUACACCAUGCUAGUAACGGGUUGGACCCCCUUUUGCCUUCAGAACUGCCUCAAUUCUUCGUGGCAUAGAUUCAACAAGGUGCUGGAAGCAUUCCUCAGAGAGCUUGGUCCAUAUUGACAUGAUGGCAUCACACAGUUGCCGCAGAUUUGUCGGCUGCACAUCCAUGAUGCGAAUCUCCCGUUCCACCACAUCCCAAAGAUGCUCUAUUGGAUUGAGAUCUGGUGACUGUGGAGGCCAUUUGAGUACAGUGAACUCAUUGUCAUGUUCAAGAAACCAGUCUGAGAUGAUUCCAGCUUUAUGACAUGGCGCAUUAUCCUGCUGAAAGUAGCCAUCAGAAGUUGGGUACAUUGUGGUCAUAAAGGGAUGGACAUGGUCAGCAACAAUACUCAGGUAGGCUGUGGCGUUGCAACGAUGCUCAAUUGGUACCAAGGGGCCCAAAGAGUGCCAAGAAAAUAUUCCCCACACCAUGACACCACCACCACCAGCCUGAACCGUUGAUACAAGGCAGGAUGGAUCCAUGCUUUCAUGUUGUUGACGCCAAAUUCUGACCCUACCAUCCGAAUGUCGCAGCAGAAAUCGAGACUCAUCAGACCAGGCAACGUUUUUCCAAUCUUCUAUUGUCCAAUUUCGAUGAGCUUGUGCAAAUUGUAGCCUCAGUUUCCUGUUCUUAGCUGAAAGGAGUGGCACCCGGUGUGGUCUUCUGCUGCUGUAGCCCAUCUGCCUCAAAGUUCAACGUACUGUGCGUUCAGAGAUGCUCUUCUGCCUACCUUGGUUGUAACGGGUGGUUAUUUGAGUCACUGUUGCCUUUCUAUUAGCUCGAACCAGUCUGGCCAUUCUCCUCUGACCUCUGGCAUCAACAAGGCAUUUCCGCCCACAGAACUGCCGCUCACUGGAUAUUUUUUAUUUUUCGGACCAUUCUCUGUAAACCCUAGAGAUGGUUGUGCGUGAAAAUCCCAGUAGAUCAGCAGUUUCUGAAAUACUCAGACCAGCCCUUCUGGCACCAACAACCAUGCCACGUUCAAAGUCACUCAAAUCACCUUUCUUCCCCAUACUGAUGCUCGGUUUGAACUGCAGGAGAUUGUCUUGACCAUGUCUACAUGCCUAAAUGCACUAAGUUGCCGCCAUGUGAUUGGCUGAUUAGAAAUUAAGUGUUAACGAGCAGUUGGACAGGUGUACCUAAUAAAGUGGCCGGUGAGUGUAUAGCCUGCUUAUGGUGGCAAUAUGUUCCUGCAUGUAUAUGCACAGGAAACCUUAAGCAUGUUCUCCACGCACAUCAUUUUUGAGUCAAAGUGUUCAAACAUUGUGCAACCUUAAGUCAAACUGCAAAGACUGCAAAGAACAAUCGAGAGGAGGAGUCAGAGGUGAUGGAUUUUAAGGCAGAAUCUAUGUAUGUAGGAGACAGGGGGCUGAACAUAGAAAAUUGGCUGGUACAUCGCAGACCAAUCAUAGGGCUUGUGGUCCAUGUUGUUUUGCAUGUUUCAUUUUUGUUUAGGUGCACAUCAGCCUACACACAUGCAGACCUAAGGCAUAUGUUACAACAGAAAUUUACUGCAAAGGUGUAAAUCAGACUUUAAGGCUAAAGAUUGUCUCAUUGAGGUUGCAUCACCAACCUUUGCUGUCUAAUUUAGCCUUUUGUAGCAAAAAGCUAAACAUCUAAUCAACAAGCGUCUCUCCAAAAAACAGCUGACUUCCAGUAAGGGGACUAAAAGUGCAAAUGCUUUUUUUAGUUUGAAGACUUUUGCAGCACGUCAGCGGGGAACCUAAAGCCUCACAAACUCAGGCCUGUAAAGUUGUUUUGGACCAGUGAAGAAACAGAUUUUAUGCUCCGUGUUAUUCUGUUCAAGAACUGAUCCUUUGGCCGACUGAGGUCUAAGACUGGUGCUUUUAGUUACUGUCCAAAGUCAUGGUUUGUUUGGCUUCCUCUACCAUAGUUCUCCAUCAGGUAAUGCUUCAUUUCUCCUGGAUGAAUGAAGAUGUAUCCAGGAGAAAUGAUAUCCAGGAGAUUUGUCUUGUAUUUCACAUUUUGGUUGACUGAGAUUCAGAGAGUGAAGUCUGAACUGAAGGGUGUGGAACAUUUUUCAGUGAAUCUUGGACAAACCUGUAACGUGAUCCAUCCAGAUGAGUUUUAAACACCAGAUUUAACCGAAUAAACACUCAGUGACAUCCAAGCACACGUUAGCAAUCACAUGGAUCUGUAAGGUCAGUGAAAAUUACAGCUGUCUGUUAAAAGACACUCAUUUUAAAGUGAAGGUGGGAGUAAUUGUGCCCAGAUUGUCCGAGCUGCUACUUUACGGGACCUGCCUUUAGUUUAGUCUGUGAGGUUUCUCAACCAGCAGACCAGUUACAGGAGGUUUCAUGAGGCAGAGGGGGAGGGAAACUACGGACUGGAUUCGUGGGAGGUGGAGCGGGGGAAUCCUUAGAGUGGUGUUGCCGGGCAAGCUGAGCUAAAGCUGUAUCUAUACUGGGGCUGUGACUGUGCUGAGGAGGCAGACUACACAUGAUGCUUUAGAGCCAGAUAAUUAAAAAAACAACAUUAGAGAAUCUGUAGAUUUUAGUGUUUGUUUAAAUAUCAUCUGUUUUUGCUGCUCAGUGUGUGUUUGUGCUUAAAGGUGAAUAAAAGGGGGUUGGUUUGGUGUUUUAGAGGUGAAAGAGCUUGUGUGUCGAUCCACUAGAGAGCCUGUUUACUUUACAAAUUAUGCCCCUAAAUGGGGAAGGGCAAUGACAGGAGAACACAAUGAAAUCUUCUUGCUUGGGCGGCUUCAGUAUUGAGGUCGGCUCUGUUUUGAGCUGCUCCCCCCAACACACAUUCAGGGACACACACACACACCCACAGCAGAACAUACACACUCAGUAACAAUGCAGAGCGGUGCUAUUGGCUAGCUGACCACGCACUUCUGGCCAAUAGCAGCAGACGGGGAGAUGAUACUGUAUUUGAGCCCCAGAGAGUCAUUACCCAUUCAGGGUGUGUUUUAUUUGAACUCCUGUGAAGCUGCAGCCUUUCAUGGAGCAACUGAAAAUGUGCACAUGUGGAGCUGCUGCAUGGCAGUGCUGGUUUCAAAUAGCAAUCCUGAUGAGCAACUUGAUCAAAUCAGCUUCAUUGCAAAGAAAUGCAGCUUCAAAUGUACAGAAAUAAGGACAUUACAUGCUACAUACAAAAUGAACAGAAAGAUGUCUCCCAUAAGAUUUAAAACACAACGGUUGAUCCAACUUUUGUUGAAGUUUUAUACCUGAAAGGCACUAUGUUCGCUGAAAUCUCCCAACAAACAUAUAAAAUGACAAAUUUGUGGUCAUUUUUAUGGUAUAAAUUUUAAAAUCUGUACAUCUUUGUUUUUAAAAGGUGUCAGAUUUCUUUCUUUCCAUUGUGUUAUCUUGUUACUUGUCUGACAGUUAAGGACCAAAAAUAGUUUGAGUGUAAAGAAUAAAGGAGGAGAAUAAAGGUCAAAACUCUUAUUCAUAGAGAAAAAAUACUAAAAUUUUACCGUAAAGAGGGCUGUGAAACAGUCUUUUUCAAUCAUAACUAAUGUCUGAAUUUAUUUGUCACCCAUUCUUGACCAAUUGAUUUUUGAAAUUUCACUAAUUUGCAUCUCAAAGCCAUUAUUAAAUCCAUAUCAAUUGUGUAAAGCAGUUCUUACCAUAGCUGUGAUUUAGGAAUUAACCGAUUCCCCCUGUACAGUAAGUGCUCUGUUACUCCUUCAGUUUAGUUUCAUCCACUGGUCUGUGGGCAUUUACACACACCAAAAUAGAGCUCUGCCUGACUUCUUGUUGCAGUUGUGUCUGUAUGCUUAGCUUGAAGGCGGUGGCUAAAACUCUGAGUACUUAAGUGAUAAAUUGGCACCCCCCAAAUAUUGAAAAAAUGACAUGGGCUGACCACUCAUUGUAAAAUGUGUUGAUUUGACAGCCCUGACUCAAAUGUACUUCUGCAGCUGCUUUCUUUUAACCUUUAGGAUGAGUUUAUGAUCAUCUUUUUCUGCCCACACCCUAAAACCCUGACUUGUAAUGGAAUAACUAAGCUAGUAUAACUAAACUAAACUAAAUUUGGUGCUGUUUGAAGCAUUCCUAUAGUCUCUCACAAGUAACUCUCUCUCUCUCUCUCUCGCUCUCUCUCGCUCUCUCUCUCUGUAUGAUGGCAAAACAGUGCAACUUAUCAAGCACAUAUUUUAUGUGAAAUUUCGUAAAGCUGCACGCUCUAAGUUGACUACGUAAAUGUGCCCAUGUGGGGUCACAUCUUGGUCUUGCUUAUUUCAAAUGAAGGAUGUGGAAUAAACGUUGCCAUUGAAGCCCCUCUUUACAUGAUAACUGUACACUUAAGUGCUUUUCAUCCGUAAAAUGCUGCAUGUGUGAGAAGAACGGGGGGCUUUGGGGGGUUCUGUCAGUACAAUCUGUUUAAAAGCUCAAUCUCUGCACUUUAAUCUCCUGCAGUUGAUCAAUCAGCUGAUAACUAACUGUCAUCCUGUUGUUAUUGAUGAGCUGCUGACAUUUCAGAGAGAUGAAAAGAAGCACCAAGUGUUGUUGCGAUGUUUGAACUCAGCUUCACAUCCGGCCUGAUGCCAUGUGACUCCUUUACUCCUGCUCUCUCUUACAUAACGUUGAGUGUCAGCAGAGCGAAGCAAGGCCCCUGAGUGACUUCAUCGUGUUUUGGCAGAGCGCAUCGUCUUCUGAGGUGUUUUCUGGGAAAGUUUUUCUGUGUUUGAAACAUGAGAGCUGCUGAGAAAAGCCCAGACAAGCGUGCUCUAAAAACGUGUCCUAAAUGAACACAACCCCAGCCUGUUUUCUUUUGUAACCUCAGAGUGUUGAAGUGUUCAUGAAAUCCUUUACAACUUGGAGUAGAGCGCAGUGCAGACUUUAAACACAGAGCCUAGUAACUUUUUUGCAUGAGGCGUUUGAAUGUGCCUGACUCAGUGUGAAGUCCAUAUGAAGGUGAUUAAAAGCUGGCAGAUCUUCAGCUCUGCCCUCCUUGGAAACAGAGAAAUGAGUUUUGUCCUUGUUUCUUUCCCUUCUUUUGGACUUAUAUCUUACAAAGACUGGGGCUGGUGGAUAGUCUGUCUUACUGAGGAAUGUGAUUCAUACUGGAUACCAUUAUGUCAUAUAACAUAUUGCAUCAUACUGCAUCAUAUUAUUCAUAUACAUCAUAUAUAUCAUAUACAUCAGAUUAUCAGAAUCUGAUCACAUCAUUUCAUAUCAAACAGGAUUUUAUAUCAUCAUUUUGUAUGUUAUCAUAAAGUGUCAGUUGUACAGUAUUAUAUUUACAUCAGAUCGUAUACAAUCACAUCAUAUCAUGUUUUAUCAUAUCUUAUUGUAUCAUAAUGUGUUGUAUUGUAUCAGAGUGUGUUUUGUUGUAUUGUUUCAUAUCGUAUCUAAUCAUUUUGCAUUGUAUUGUGUCUUUUUGAACUGAAUUGUGUAUUAUCAUAAUGUAUCAAAUUCAAACAUAUGGUAGAUUAUAUUAUCAUUUAGUAUGAUAUCAUAUUGUAUUAUAUCGUAUCGUUUUUAUCGUAUCAUAUUAUUUGUAUUGUAUCCUAAAAUAUUUAUAGUAUUUGAGUAUAUCGUAGCAUAUAGUAUCAUACCAUGUUUAAUCAUGUAGUAUCAUAUCAUAUUACAUCAUAUCAUUUUGUAUAGCCUCAUUUCAUAUCCUGGUUUUUCACAUUACAUCGUAUGAAUUCUAUCCUAUUCCAUUGCAUCACCAUAUAUAGCAUCAUUAGGGUAAGGGUUAGGGUCACAUUGCAUCAUUUCCUUUCAUGUAAUUUUAUCCUGUCCUUUUCAUCCCACCAUGUUUUGACAAGUCCUAACAAAUCACUUUGCAUAUCUUUGUCUUGUAUCCUAUCAUAUUGUUUGUCAUAUUACAUGUAUCCUAGCCUUUCCUAUUAAUUUGUACCCUCUCCUUUCCUAUCUCCUAUCCUUUAGUCCUCUGUUCUUUCAUAUCCUAUCACAUUGUUUUGUGUUGUAUUGGCAUUGCAUUGCUUCAUUCUGUUUAAUACCAUAUUGUGCUGAAUUGUAUUCUGAUAUAUACUGACCAGGAUAGACCUUUUUGUUUGAGAUUAUAGUCUUCCUUACUGAAGUUUCAUUGCUCCCUUUAGGCCACUUAGGGGAACGGAGGAGUUUCAGCUUCCUCCAUCAGUUAAUCUGUUUGUGUUAUUGAGUUUUGUUAGAUCCAGACUAAGCCUUUAACAAACCAAAGUCACACAGUAAUACUAAUAAACUUACUUGAUAGACAAACAAUUGUUCUGUGAGAAAAAAAAAAUCUUGUUUUUCUCAAUGGAGUCUGGGUGCUUUGUAGAGUGAGUUAAAGCUGCUGGUUUUGUGUUGGACUUUAUAGCAUUUUGUUUCAACUCAAAGGUUUGUCUCUCUAGAGAUAUUUCCAAAAAUGGUAUUGGACCUUGGGGAUAACAAUCUGAACCUAUCAACUACAAAAAAAGACAAAAUGGACAAACUUUGACGUUUACCUUGAGAAAUUAGGUGGCAGUUACUACAACCUGUUUUGUUGUUGAAUUUUGGGCAGUAAUGUAUUGGCCUUUUGCAUCCAUUACUCCUUUAGACCCCAGAAAAUUAAGGAAAAAAAAAAAAACGGGCCCAGGUUUAGAGGCACAAGAAUUCCCUCGAGCUGUAUGCAGUUUUGUAACUAGGUCUGGGCUUGUACACUUCAAAAGAAAAUAAUGGAAAGAUGAGCUUUUAGGUGCCAUUCAUGCUUAAAAAUUCAUUUGAAGAAGUCCAGAGGCAAAAAGCCGAUUUUGAUAGCAGUCUGUGAGGUCUUGAGAGGGAGCUUUUAUUCAAUAUUAUGAUUCACUAUUUGAACACACAGGUACACAUCUCUACACACAAACACACGCCUGAAAGCGCCCUAAAGGUAGUGUUUUCUGUAACUCGAGCAGACUUCCUGGGAAAUACCAGAAUCUAACCGUAAACAUACCAUUUCUAUAACAUGAGAACAGAGUGGAUUGCAUCAUUACUACAGCUGCCCACAGGGAAGCAUAUAGAGUUUCCUGCCGUUCCAUUAUGGACUCAAUGCAUGAGAACCCGUUUCACACAUUUUGGUCACUUCUUUGUGUGUCUCUGUCACCCAAAUACAAACCCUUUCAUGGAGCAGCUUGUACUUAAGAGAGAAAUAUAUCAAAGGAAACAGCACUUAAGCUCUUCCCAUGACUAAUAUAACUAUUUGCUGUUGUGGUUACGAUUGGGCCUGUAACAGCUCUGAGCUUGGACUCUUAAGUGUCAAGUGUUUAAGACAGUCAUGAGUAAUGUUUUCUUUUUUUUUAGACAGAUUUUAUAAAAAUCCUGGAAAUUUUGGUUAUUUAAUCUUGAUUAUGGACAAUUUUUCCCAUCAGCUUGUAAUUUUUGUUUGUUUGUUGUUGCUACAGUUCAGUGCUUCCAAAUGACCCCUCAGAAUUCAUCAUCUGUUGGAUUUUUAGUCAUUUUUAGCACUCAAAAAAAAUCAGGUAUAGGAAUGAAACCUGCUAGAAACAGUUGAUAAAGAAGUUUCACUUUUAAAAUAAGGAGGGGCUGGGAGCUGAGCUGAGUCACUAGCCAGCACGAUAAAAUGAUACUAAGCUUGUUUUUAGAUUUGGGCUGAUUUGGGUUUUUAGAUUGGUCUCUUUAACACUGACUCAGGAAUACAAACUUGUGAAAGCUGGAAAUGUUUUACAUCCAAAAUCAGUUUUCCUUCACUAUGCCUUGAACAUAUUAGGAGGGGCUAAAAGCUGAACUGCUCAUUGCUUGAUCAGAAAAUCUCCUUCAAAAUGGCCCAGGGGUACAACCCUGCAGUGAAAGCAUAGGAUAAAAAUUUCACUUUUUGAAAUCUGUGCGGGAGACAGUGCACAUCAAGAGGGCUGCAAGCUGAGUUGCUGAUAUCUCAAUUGAAUGUACUCAGCUCAUUUCCAGCAAAAGAUUGUUGAAGUCGUCAUCUUCCUAUGUUUUACUGGUUAAUACUGGCCCAAGACUGGAAACCUGUGAAAGCAGAGAGUAUUAAGGUUUUUUGAUAAAAAAAAUCAUUGUGUCUUUGCUCCCCUUACGCACAUAGAGUAGAUCAGGAGGGGCUACAAACUGAGUUGCUGGUAUGCUCGGCUAGAUUUUUAGCUAAGGGUUUUACAAGUGGUCAUUGUUAAUACGAUAUUCUACUUAAGACAGAGAUUGAACCACUAAACACCACAAAUAAAGCAGUUUGCUGUCAAAACAAACCUGCUGUCUCCAUGACCGUCUUUGAGAGUUGUGGAGACUGUGAGCUGAGCUGCACCUAACUUUGCCUCAGCUGACCAAGGGAGACAGUUAAAACAGGUUAUGUGCCUCAAAACAGUAACAUUAAUACCUGAAGCAAAUGUGUUGUUAAAGAAAAAAAAUUGUAAAACAAUGUUGGCAGGUGUGGUUUGGGGUGGGUCUUAACAAAAGGGGAAACAUAUGCUUAAAAUAAUCAACGCUUUCUGUAUUUGGGAGCUCUAAUCUGCUUUGAUUGACCAGAUCUUGAGUCUAGUUAAGUAUCAGUGACUAUUGCUGCACAGUCAUAACUUCCCCCUGAGUCAUUGAACAGAAAUGAUUGUUUACUGAGGAGAUGUUGCUUGUGUUGAUUAUGUGUAGAUCUGUUUUAAAGAUACGUGGUGCAACAAGGCAACACCAGUGUGUGAUUGAGUUUCUUCCUGGCUGCACUACUGUCCUAGUUUUGUCUCUGUUCCAGUAACAACUGGAAGAGCCUGUGAUCAAAGAGAUCAAUGGGGAGGAGAGGUCAGAUCUUUGUUUCUCUGACCGGACAUGGAGCGGCUAGAAUAAAACAGAAACCAUCUGUGCAGAGGCAAACAUCAACACAGUCCAACCUGAAACUCAAGCCCAGACCGAGGGCAAACUGCUCAUCUCGCCUCAGAGGGAGCAUGUGCUGCUCUGUGGUCUCCAAUCGUUGUUUAUAAAACUGCUUUCAGACUUCAACAUCCUGAUUUUGGAGGCAAGUGUUGCUCAUUCUUUAGUCAGAUUUGGAUUUUUUUUUCUGGGCUCACUCUCCAGAAGUCUGCGGUUAGUCUGCUGCUGAGCACUGCAGCCUCGGCCCGGUCUGCGUUAAAUCCUGAGCCAAGGAAUUCAUUAAACGCAGCGUGCUUUUUACAAGAAAGCAGCUGUUUGUCAACAAGACGCCAUGUGGUUGUGAGAUGUAAAUUUCCAGUGGCCUAAGUGGUGGUUUGACACGUUUAGGUUAAUGUGCGUGCUGCACACAAAGAGGCGCACAUUAAGGAGCCAGAGAGGUCAGAGGAGUGUGUCGACUCUCUUUGGGCACAAAGAUAACGAAGAGCAGAGCUAAAGGAGUUGGAGAAAGUUAUGAAGAAAUUCCUCUCUGCCUGCUGAUCCCUGCAGCUCUCCGCCUUUUGUAGAUGUGACCCCCCAGCACCCCCCUCUGCUGACUCUAUCCUAAUGCCCGUGUUAUGGGAAGGGACAGGCAGGCAGUCCCCCUGGGAGUGUCCUCUCAGCCUGGGCUCAUGAAGAAGGGAGCUUUGAGUGGACCUGACUGUUUCCUAUAUAAGGUAAUAAAGCUGCAGAGAGAGAGAACGAGAAGGGAGAGGGCAAGAGAGAGAGAGGGAGAGAGAGAAAGAUAAAGAGGGAGCGAGAGGGCAGAUGAAAGAAAAAUGAAACAUAAACAUGAGACCUGACGUCCACCUUUGAUGUGCCCAUCCUCAGAUCCUCUUCAGCCCCUCAGCCUCCUCACUGCUAACCCUUUCACAAUAAGAGCUGGUGGCCCUUCACAUGUUCCCCAAGGCCUGAAAGAAUCAAAUCCACCACCUUUAGGUUCUUGCAUGAGCUUCUUUAGUGGAUAACAAUGUCAAAAAGGCAUACCUAUGUUUAUCACAGACAAACGCUGUAUUGCUCUAUGAUUAUAUCUUCUUUUAUAUUUGUCAGAGCAAUACUUAAAGACCCACUCCGGUGAAAAUCACAUUUUUCUUGGUUUUUAUACAUCCAUAUGGCAUUUUUAUGAUGCUUCAGGAAAUAUCAAGAGAAAACUAAAUGCGAAAUUGCUGUUCUGAGUAUUUCUUAAGACCCAAACGGCGGGUUCAGAAACGGCGGGUUCAGAAACAGUGAGAUAUCAUACGUAACCGAUCCAAGCUCCGCCCCCGAAGCCCCGCUAUGCAGGCCACACUCUGCAUAGAGGAGACAUAGAGAGGACGAUUGCGGAACAAGUGUGUGCGUUAGCAGAUUGCAAAACUCUUAAGAAAGCUAAUUAUGAUAUUAGCUUUUAUCAUGUCCCCAAAGACAUUAGUGUCUCAGAGCUGAAUAGCUCCUAUGUUACCUGCCACUUCUACUACACCAGCUAUGUUAGGCUACAAGCUAGCAUGAAGAGGAGUGUGCAGGGCAGCGCUGUCUCCGCCCACAACACAGAGGUGCCUGCCUGCCUGCAGUCUCAAUGUGUCACCUAUUUAAAAUAUUUAGUGCAUCAUGGCACAAAAACUCAGACAAAGAAGUCCCUGAACUGUUGCGCCACUACAUUCUUGUAUCAGACAAACAAAGGCAAUAUUUUAAACCUCAAGAAAGUGAUAUCUUGUGCUCCCAGAUUUUAUCAGAGUAGUGCUGAUGUCAGUUUAAUUUCUCUGCUAGCAUCAGAAAAAAAUCCAGAUAAUGGAGACAAGAUAAGGUGAAAGAGGAAUCAAAGGUGUAAUUCUUGAUGUGGGGGCCACUGGUUUGUCUCCUGGCCUCAGCCUUUGUUUACCCCACUCUCUUUUUUUCAUGUUUAUGCAUUUCUCUCCAGUUAUCCUGUGCAAGAAAGGGGGAAAACCCAGAAAUGAGUCCUUAAACCAACCAUAUUAGCAGAACAGUCCAUCUUAGGUUAAGUUUAGUUGCUGCAGCUUCUAACUGAACUUCAGUUAAGUUGCAGUUUCUAAUCAGCAUGUUUACUUGAUCUGUAACUGCUCGAUGGAAAGCCCACAUUUUGGCUGAAAAGUAUCUAAAAGUUAUUCUGCCAAUGUUUCUAAAACUCAGCUCGUGGAUUUGAGUACAAGUCACACUCUACAAUCACAGUGUUUAGGGUAGUUAAUGAGGCGUAAAGAGGGAGGCUGAUGAGGAAGGACUUUUCACUCUGCACAUUAAUACUGCCCGUCACCGAGCGUGCUGUAAUCAUGCAAACAGAAAUGUCGUUAGCCAAAUUUACAUUUGAUAUGAUGAAGAAAGGUUUAUCAGAGGCAUAAAAGGGAGGAACAUCUUUCUCCUCCUGAAACUCUACUCCUCUGGGAAUAACCACCUCUGGAAACUUAACCCUCUCUCUGAAUAAAACACAAAGCAGCUGCUCAGAUCGAGUUCACUGCUGCAGGAGGAUUUAGAUCUCAGGCUUCCGGAUGACUCCUGGUAUCCAGGCGGGCAGGGCUGCUCACAUGCCAGGGGCUGUUGGAGGGAUACCCAGUUGUUUGUGACAGAGUGGACUGGCAGCGUCACUCUGACUCUGCAGCCUCAGCAGCUCUGUGGGAAUGCCAGCAGCCCAAACCUGUAAUUUCAGCAGAGGGUCGGGUGACAACAGAAGCUUCACCACAGAUAUGAUUUGUAGAUUCAUUGGAGUCAGUGCAGAGUUUAAACCUCUUAUACAAUUGAGAGAUGUUAACUUUGGCUUGUGCUGGCUGGUGGCCCUGAACGUGUCCCUUAAGGCCUGAAAUAAUCGUAUCAAUCAUCCUGAAGAUUCCUGCAUGAGCUUAUGAAGCAGUUACUCAGUGUCACAAACUUGUACUCCUGUUCCUCACAGACAGACACUUCAUUGUUCUCUGAUUAUAUCUCCUUUAUAUCUGUCAGAGCACCUCAGGGAGAUAAAUCAGAUGAUUUAUCAUCUUGAAUAAGUGUGCAGGGAUGUGAUUCUUCUGGAUAAGUCUGGGAUCAUAGAUUUUCUGACCAAGGGAGGUGACCGACAUGAUGUAAGGAAAAACAUUCUGGCUAACCGUGAUAAAACACAUGUUUAGAAUAAACUUAAGGCUAAAAUAAGUUGAAAAUACUUUUAAGUUGCAAGGCAAUGUAGCAAUGCCUCAGUUGAGACCAAACUCAGCCUGCCAUCAGUCAACCUAAAAGCUUUAAUUUAAGUUUUUUAACAAAUACAAUCCAAAAGCGUUGUGAAAAUGUGGCAGCACUUAGUAAAAGCAGGUUUUAAUGAUCUGCAGCUCAUUUGAACUGAAUGUUUGGGUUGAAAAUAGUGCAAAGACAACAAAUCAAACAUUGAGAGUAAAACGAAAUAUUAAAGAGCCUUCAUCCAGGUAGGUGUUAAAGUGCACAUUGCAUAGUAUAGGUCACACAUCUAGGCUUCAUUAAAGUUGAACAAUAUAUAUAUAUGUUUAUAUAUGAAUAUAUAUACAGUAGGUUUAGGAGUAACAUUCGCUGCCAUCCAGACAAAGACUUUUUCAGUGAAGACCUUUAUAUUUCAUCAAGACAUGACAAACCACAUUCUGCAUUUACAACAACAGCAUGGCUCUGUAGUAGAAGAGUCCUGCUGAUAAACUGGCCUGCCUGCAGUCCUGACUUGUCAGCCAUCAAAAAUGUUUGGUGCAUCAUGGCAGAAAAAGAUUAGACCCUGACAUUUAAAGCAGCUGAAAUCCUUUUUUAGGCUAGAAUGGGACAAAACCUUAGAAACUGGUCUCCUGCGCUCCCAAACGUUCACAUAAUGUUGUUAAAGGAAGAGUGCAAGACCUCAGUGCCCAGUGUAUUGUAUCUUACUCCAACCUGACAUCAUGUAUCUUAUUCUUUUAUGAGCACAAUAGAGCAUAUUGUUGCAUUACUGAGGUGUUGUGGCAUUCUGAUGUACUGAAGGUCAGAUCGAGGCUCACCUCAUCACAAAGGCUCAACCGGACACACCGUCUCUGCUUUCUAUACGCUGCAAGCUGUUUGUUCAGCUGCAGAGCGGAUCCUCCUCUUCUUUCAGCAGCAGUAAAGUUAAAUUCCAACCUUUCUGGGCACAAGAGCAGCUCCACACAGCAAACAGAUGUUGUAUUUUUCAGCCCUGAUUUGCCGGUUGGGGUUGGGACCUUGGGAGCAAUGCAGAGUAGAUUUAAGGGCUUGUGUGUUUUUAUUACUUGGCUGCAGCUCCCACAGGUGCUUUAGGGGAACUUGCUUGUUAUGAUUACAGCACUUCUCUUCCUGAGAUAGAGUUUUUUAUACUUUUUUUUGUUUUGGUUGUGUUUUUUAUACUUUUUUUUGUUUUGGUUGUGUUUUUGGUCAACGUGAGGCUAAAGUAACUGAACGUAAGAGACUCUUGAGUCAGUGAUAGCAGCUCGGCCUCACUUGGAAAAUGUAACUGAAUAGCUUCACAUUUGUGCUGACUUUGCAGAGCAGAUGUGAUGUAGACAUUAACUGUGUUUUUGGAGUAAAGUUAAAAUUUGUCUGGAUGGUUUUCACUGCAGGUUCAGCCUCUGUUUGACUCUUCUUGUGGUGCAAUCUGCUGAGGAAACCCAUCUGUUAGAGUUUGGCCACCAUCAGAAACAGCUUGACUGCAUGGAGAUAACUUUUCCCCGUUUACCCUCUCAGCUGUGCCGGUGGUCCCAUGUGUGCCGCCACCCAUAGUGACUGGAGAGCACACGCCCAAAUCCCUGCACAGAGAAGGGAAACCUCUGACGUUCAAAUAAAUAAAGACAUGACCGUUUACUCUGGGGUUAUGUAAGCUUUCAAAGAUGGGUUAAAACAUGCUGUAUGGUGGUUUUUCUGGCAGGUGGAUUUCUUUGUAAAGUGGUUAGGAACAAAGUAAACGACUAAAGUGUAAUCUGAGCCCAGGUCGGGGUGAGUGGUGUGUUGUGGCCGUGUGUUUGAUUUCCUCUGAUGACGCUGUCAGGUGAGCAGCCUGGAGGUUUUAUAAAGUGCUUUUAAAUUACGUGUGCCUGUUUCUCCGCGUUUGCUUUGGUAAGCGGUCUGUUUUCUUAUGUCACUCAGCUUGACUUUUAUACUGAUCCUGAGGUAUUUUCAUUCACAUCAAUCUCUCAGGGUUUUUUUUCCCUGAAAGAAAAAUUUCACAGCAGUUUGAUUUCUAUUUUUGUCUUGGCUAUACCAUAUUUUUUAAAGAAAUAUUUUUGGCGUCUGUAUUUAGGAAGUAUUUUUGUAAUAUAUCCUAAACAGCAGAUGUCCAGUCAUGGUUUAGAAGCUGACAGGAUAUGCAUUUUUUUACAUGUAGAAGCAAGGUGCAUGACUCCUGAGCAAGAGAGGCUUUUUUAUUUGUUUGUUACUUACUUCUGUCUCUUUACGUAGGACACUUUCUUGCUGCAGAGAAGUGAAACAGAUCACCUCAGAGCCACGGCAUGUCAGGCUAUAAACUUAAAAAAUCAAAAGCCCAAAUACCAGUCCAUGUUUGUUAUUUUUCCCCUUGAAGCUGGACCUUCCUCAGAGGUUUUUCUUCCCUUUAACAAAUGGACUCUGCGAUUCAAACCACUAAGUCUGAAUACCACUGAUUAAAGCGCUUUCACCCUAAAAAUCUGUCUCCCUCUGACGCCUCUUGGCAGAGCAUCUGUUUAUUUAAGGACCGACAGAACAUGGAGGAGGAGGUCCUUUCAAAAGUCCCUGUUUCUGGGUUUCAAUCACCACAACAUUUAUAGAAAAGUUUCCACGACACAAAAACAACAGUAGAAAACACAGCACAGCUCAACAACCAAAGCUUAGCAGAAAAGAAAGUGAAGAGAAACUCUGCUGAACAUGAACAUCACCCCACCCACUCACUUACCAUGAAUGUUCCUGAUCUUUCUCUACUGAGACAAGAAGGUUUGGCUUCUGAUUGAACCUUAACAUAUCAGCUCAUCAUAGCAAACAAGCAAACAAAACCACCCGCAACAAGAUUGAUUACUUUUAUACUGUAAUUUUUAAUGCCACAAAAAAAUCCAGCAGGACAAGAUUUUUCAUGAACAAGCCAAGCAAAGACUGCUUUGUCCAUAGGGGGAGCCAAAGUUGACACAAACUCACAGAAGCUUUAAGCGUAAAGCCAAAUAAUCUAAUUGUCACCAGUUUUAGAUUCACAUUUUUAUUUUACACAAUGAAUCAAUCUGACUUUACCCAGACUGAUUACAAAGGAGGUUGCAGGACAUGGUCUGCAUGAAAUCCAGCUGAACAGAGUCAGUUGUCGGGUUCACACUUGGAACUGUCCUGAGAGUCUUCUUUAGUUGACAAAUCUGUAUGUAUGAUUUUUUUGCUUUUUGCUGCAUGUGUGAAUUUAGACAGGUCAAUUUUUAUUCGGGAAAAUUUUUUUUUGAUGAAAAUUUUUUGAUGAAACCAUGAAACAUCAGCUUGAUUCAGAGCUGUAAAAAGCACCACAAAAGCUUGAAUGUUUCAGAGAUGGAUUUCAUUUGAUACCUUUGAGAUGUCUGCCUUUGACUCCCUCUCUGUGAUAUUAGGAUAUAAGUUUUCAAAAUUCAGCCAUGGAUUUGAGUCAUAAAUCUACUGUUUGAGCUCAGAGGAGUUUAGUAAAUAUUCAACUUGAUUAGUUGAAUAAACAAAAUUGCUCUCUUUCUCUUUCCUGUGUUUGUGUUGAAAUCAGACUUGUCAAACCACCGACCCCUCUCAUCAGUCAAGUAUUCCUUCCUGUACAUCAGCACACUCAGAGGAACUGUGUAGAUUUUUACUGCCUCCAUGUCAGGCAGAGAAGAUUGGCCUACUUUCCUGCGGGCUCUGACUUGCGUAAAACUGUCACCACAUACCCAACCGAGUGUGUCAUGGAUGCCAUGUCAUUGGCUGCCUGCUGCACCCACUAAUUUUACAUCAUGACAUAACAAGAGGACCCAUCAUUACAAACUGCGGCUACUGCAAUUUAGUGGUGGGUACAGCAGAGCAGAGAGGCAGAGAUACACAUAAAUGGCAGAAACAGUGUCAGAAAAUGACAACUGUUACAGACUUAAUACUGAAUCCAGAGGGCAUCCCUGCUCCUUAGCUUCAUAGCCACUGAGAAUACUUGCUCUUUGAGUCUGUGUCUCUUGGCGAAAUGGGCAGAGACCUGAAUGAUUUCAAUGCUUAUUGGCAUCUAGUCCUCAGGCCGGCCAUUCAUGAAGCACUUACACAGGAGAGGCCUCCAGGGGCAGCAGGAGUCAGCCUACUUUCUUUUCUAAGCCCUUACGCAGGCAGGACCGUUCUUUAUUUAUCUCAGCAAACUCCCCCAGGAUAGAGCCGCAUUCAGACCAUGGCUGUCGACUCGUGCACUGACAGAGGCCGGAGUCUGGCAUCAGUAAAGUCAUGCCAAAGAGAAACUCUCCAGGGAGCCCACAUGGAGAGAUAAGAGUGAUGUGAGGAAGUUUAGUUCCUGUUUAGGACAGAGGGGGUGAUAAGGGUUUUUAGAAGCAGUCAAGAAAAAUGACUCUCAGUAGAGUCCAAAAAAUAUAUUACAUGAGCUAGCAUAAGCUAGUCUCUCCUACAUAUAUCAGGAUAAAAGUCCUCAGUUUACACCACUUAAAGUUCUGUCUGCAGCUCAUGUAGCUGAAAAUUACAUGUAAAGCAUAAUAUAUAGUGAAAAGGUGGCUAUUCAAAUUACAGCCCCUGUACAGUCCUCUGCCUCUAAUUUGCAUUACCACCCAUUCACUAUGAAAUGUUGAACUUCCAGCUGAAGGAACAAAAAAGCUGACACAAAAUAUUGAUUUAAAGAUGACUAGAUUGAGUUACGAUGACAUAUCUAUGCUGACAUUUAUCCUUGUUGAGCUCCCUUUAUUCUCAGCUUUUCAACACGCCUGCAGUGAAACGUCACAAUAAAAUGCUGUGGUUUACAUGACUUUGUCGGGAUUAUUUUUAUGUUUCAUAAAAUGUAUUUGAAUAUGGAAUAACUUUGGUGUUCUUUUUGUUCAUGAAAGUUUGUGCAGUUCACCCUCAGGGCCACAGUACAUAUAGGUUAAGCUCUAUUACUUGAUGAAAUGGGGGAAACUAAGGGCAGCUCUCCAACAUUUUUUGUGCUCUUCAUUUAAAAAAAUAAACAGUAUUGAAUUCAAACAAGAUGUUUUUCUGAUAUCCCGCUGCAAAUUGACUAAUAAUAUGUUUACUUUCUUUCUCUUCCAUGUCCGCUCUGACUUCCUGCUGACGAUCAAUAGGUAAGUACCAGUUGAUUUUAUAUUUGGGCUACAUCUGGAACCAAUCUGUGUCAGUGAAUUGAAGUAAUAACAGUAUUUUUAGGUAGCCAGUUUUCCCAGAGUCACUCAGACAAACUUCUGCAGAGUAUUGAGGUGCACUGCUGGACCAGACUUUCUCCCCACAGCUGAGGUACAAUGAGCUGUGAGGAGCACAGUCGCUCCUGAAUGCAUGUCUCUGUGCAUAUGUGUCCAUUUCCAUGGAGACGCUGAGUUUUUAAAUAAAAAUCACAAUAGUGUCCUUUUUGUCAUUUGCUGGUGGAGCAGUCAGCAUGGCGCUGACAGCACAGCAGUGAAUCCCUCAGCUUCUACACCCAAGCUUAUUGAUGCUCUCUACACCACUGUGCUAACGAGCAAACACACACCUCUCUGUUCACAGACACACUGGUUCUUACACACACACAUGCUGGCAGUUUCACAGCAGGUCACCACUUGAGCAGAUUUAUCUCCAACUGUGUAUGCUUGAAUAUUUGUGUCCCAGUGUUGUGCUGAUUCACGCUAACAAAAAAAAAAGAUUGAUGUGGAGUACUCACAGGGGGUCCUGGGAUCACAUUGAUCUAGCUGAUGUAUCCUGGUGAUUGUGUACCCACAGUGGCUUCAGGAGGACCUCAAUAUAACAUUCAGUGAAGUUUCCCUUUCAAACCGAAAAAAUGCAAAACUAACUUUUAUUUUGCCUGUUCAAUCUCCACAGUCAUCUUUUUAGUUGUUUUGCUGUUCACGUGACAGAAGUAGCAGAGUGGCAGGCUUGAAACUAGACAAACUGAGUCGAAAAUGACCCUCCAGGUGUUUCCUGAGUGAAGAGGUCUUCCGUUCUUAAAAACAAACAAACCUGAGGGCUGCGAGCUGAGCUGCAACUGGCUUGUUAGUACAUGCUCAGCUUGCUUUAAGGUCAUCAGUGGCCAUAAUUGUCAAUCCAUCUGUUGAAAAAGUGCAAACAGAGACCUGUGUGUGUUUUCUUUAAUUUAACCUGAUGCAGCCUGCCCCUCACUCAAUGCCCAGAUUGUGCGCCGUUUAACUAGCAAAAUGUGGUCUGGCACACCUCAAAUCAUUGUGCACUUUAGACAGUGUAUUUAGGACCAUUUGAUGGGACCGUCCAAUGAAUGAAGCAGUGAUUGAAUCUCAGUUCUUCCUUGUAGCUCCUUAGCUGGGUUUUUCGGGUUGCAGAUAACUCUAGCUCACUAGAGGUGAGAUUAUAACAUUUAAGGACACUGAGGUGAUGGAAAUGUCUUGUAACUGGCUAGCUGCUGACGUUUUCAAACUCAGGCUGAGAUUCAAGCUUGGUGGGGUAUUCUGGACCAAAAAUAGGACAGAAUAGUCUAAGCUUUGUUCAAAAUAACCAGAUCCUGAGUCAGUUACAGACCUAACUCUGUCCAGUAAUGAUGCCAAACACCUCAUGGAGAGUUUGUUUGGAUGAUAUUUUUCAGGGUGUGGUGCUGAAAGCCACCAGGAGCUGCUGUAUGGUCUGAUCCUCUCCAUUGUUCCCACUCAAAGAGCUGCUGGGUUUGCUCUCUGUGUAUCCAUCCGUCCUGCCAGCUCUGGGUUUGUGUUAAAGCAGCCAGGCCUUCAGUUUAUUCUCUCUGAGCUGAAUCCCAUCAGACAAAGAUGUGUGAGAGAUGGCCAAAGCUCAGCUCGGCUCGGCUCAGCCCGGUGCCACUCCCUCAUAAUGACUUUCCCACAGACACACUCAGGUCACUGCCCUGUGAAACCGACCUCAGUCUGACCAUAUGUGGAGUUAAGGAGAGGUUUCCAUUGCAGUCGUCCAGCGUAAAUCCUGCCUUGGUUGUAUCUUUCCAAACCACACCUUCCCCCGUGUCUGCGUUUUUGGGUUUCCUUUUUCCCCUCGUUGUGUUUCUCUCCCUCCACAGUCUGUCUAUUCUGCUUAUUGUGCUCCAUCUGAGCGCUGACUGAUGCCAGUAAACCAGUGAAACCAGAGUCUGAGCUCACACGGUCCAGUGUUUACACAGGAAACAGUGAGCAGAAAACCAUCAGUGAUUAAGCUGCUCAGACUCUUAUAUAACAGUCUGAAUAUUCUGCAGCACCUUCAGGUUACACAGCCUUUGUGUUGAAAGUGUGUGAGGUUUUUGUCCACCUACACUUUCACACUCACUUUACACGUAUGGUUCACUGUUUCUGUAACCUCUGAGGCUCUGUUUGUGACCCGGGACCGGCAUGCCAUACAUGCUGUUGAUCUCUGACCCCUCAGCCUGUCACAGACUGAAUAACAAGUUGAUGAAUGAGCACCCGCACUAAAAGCUGGACGUUCCUCUCUUGUAGGUUUUUGUUUAUGAGGCUGAUGAUGGCACGCACAAUGUGGUGGGUGUGCCUCAGUGGGUUGUUGUGUUGUUUGGGCCCUCAGACUUUACAACACUGUUACAACACAUGCUUGGUCAGCCAGUCAGCCAGUUUUAAUGUGUUUGUCUAAGCAUGCUCCCAUUACUCCACCUCUAUUUUACCAGAAACACAUUUUCUUGUAUUAGUGUGAUCUGCUGUUAUCACUGAUCCAAAACAAAAACAUGUUUUGGAUGUGAGUGAUGAAUAUUCAUUGCAAUGCAGCGUAGAGGCUGCACAUGCUGGUACAACAUCACACUGUUUUGCCUCAUUGAGACCUUUAAAAAGAAUAGAGUUGCAUAACCUGAAACACCUUUACUUUCCCAAAACCAACAAGUCAGAUCAUCUGCUGUUCGACCACAAUUUAUCAGAUCUGGCUUUUUUGUUCAAAGAGGCAAAAAUAAUUGUUGUUUCUUUUGUUAAGAUCCAUAUCAAACUCCUUUAUCAGCUUACACGAGUCUCAUUAUGUACCUAAAAGACUCAGGUUUCAGGGUUUUUAUGAUCCCCUGAUUAGCCAGACUCAUAUUCCCAUCAGAUUACUUUCCCCAUUUUAGUUUGACUCUCUCAUGUAAUCAGGAAACAACUUGAGUUAUUGUGUAGCACAGAACUUAAAGUAAGCCAAGCUAUGAUAGCAGCAGCUCGGCUCUCAGCCCCCUUAAACCACAUACUUGAAAGACAUAUUUCACUCACAUUUUCAGAGAUUUUAGGAUCACCUGCUUUCAGUCGAACAUCAAAUGUUAUCAACAGAUGACUUUUACUCUGUUGAGUAAUUAGUAAACGAGUCUGAGUAAAUGUAAGAGCAGAUCUUCAGUUGACAGAGCUAUGAUAGCAGUUUCUCAGCUCACAGCCCCCUGAUACCAACAGUAACAGAAUUUGAGACACUUAUUGCAGUGUUUGAUUACUGCUGUGAGCUAAACAUUAUAUACAUUAUUUUCCAUCAUUUGAGGUGUGACAGCAGCAGCUCGGCUCUCAGCCCCCUUAAACCACACAGUUGAGUGACAUAUUUCACUCACAUUUUUCAGAGAUUUUAGGAUCACCUGCUUUCAUCCAGACAACAAAAUGUUAUCAACAGAUUACUUUUACUCUGUUGUGUAAUCAAUAAAGGAGUCUGAGUGAGCGUAAGAACAGAUCUUUAUGAUUGCAGUUUCUCAGCUCACAGCCCCCUGAUACCCCACAACAGUAACAGAAUUUGAGACACUUAUUGCAGUGUUUGAUUACUGCUGUGAGCUUAACAUUAUAUACUUUCCUUUCCAUCAUCUGAGGUGUGAAAGCAGCAGCUCGGUUCACAGCCCUCUGAAACCCUGCAGUGAAAUGACAGUAGUGAAGACAUUUCCAGCAUGUGUUUGAAUCACUAGUUAACAUUUUUAAUGAACAAGCUUAUGGCAGCUCAGCUCACAACCCCUGCCAGAUGUCUUUGGUCACAGAGGAUGACUUACUUGACCUGAAAUUACAGUAUGCUGUGUUAUGGCCAGUUUAAGUAGUCUGGUCAGUUUGUUUUUGGAGAGGAGGAAACCUCUGUGGAGGAUUAAACUUCUGAUAAAACUUCCUGAUUGGUCUGUUGUGGUUUUGUUUAGAGGCAAUAAUGCUACAUUGAUAUAACUGCUGAUGACAAAUAUCACCAUUUCCUAGUUUCAGCAUGUAGUUUUGCCAAAUAUCUGUUGUAGAUUUUUUCUGGUCAACCUUGUCAGAAUAAUGCAUUUAGAUAGAUCUUAAUCUGCUCACAAUAUGCUUCAUUAUCAAUACGCUGAAAGAACAGAUGUAAACUGAGAUGACGUGACUUUGCCAUGUCAUGCACAUGGUGUUGUUUUGAACUUACUUAACAUGUACAGUGUGGAGCCUGCAUGAUACACUCUUUGAGAGAUGAGUGACAUGCAGGAACAAAAGCUCAGUGAAGCGUGCAGGUCUGGCGGAGAAACACGCUGAUGAAAGUUUAAUCCCCCCUCCUCUUCUUCUCUUGUUUUUCUUGGCUUUUGCUCUCAUAGAAAAAGUCUAAUCAGACCUGGGCUGCUCAUCCUGUCUGACCACACAGAAAAACUCUUUUGUUUCACCUUUUUAAAUGCAGAAAAAUUCCCGUAAGCCCUGGGCUCAUGUUGACAGAGCUGACUGAGCUCACAUUUCCCCUCCUCUUGUUCUGACUUCGAGGUUUUUCUCCGUGGUUUACAGCGCUCUUACUCUCAGGACGGCCAAGAGAUCUCUCUCUCUCUUUUUUGCACCUUACUCAGAGUUCCCACCUCGGGAGCACAGACAGAACAAAAGCAUGAGGUCAAAGGUCACUCCUCUUCAUUCGUUAGACUAAUAGGCCAGGUGUACCUGCAGGGUAAGGAAACCCAGAGAGCUUUUGGAGCAGUCAGACACACCCCUUCCUCCUGUGUGAGGCAGGGCGGAGCGAGGGUGAUCACUUCAAAGGUGUAGAGAAAGCAGGGACCCGGGCCAAGCUCAGCAGGAGGGCCAUUACAGCCCAAUAGGAGUCAGCUGUGACCUCAAAGACCGUAAAAUGAUGUGCUAUGAGGAAGGCGUGCCAAAGCCUCCUACAUAUAGCGAGGGGCAGAGCUGUAAAACACACUUCAUGCUGGUUUAAAGGGUGAAGGAAUUUAGGUGUUCUUAUGAGGACUGGUCUCAUAUUUUUUCACAUUUUUUUCUUUUUUCUAUCAGAUUUUUUUUUUUGUUCUGAAAGACUUUUUUCAGUUUUUGUGUAUGCACGUAGGUUGCCUGUGCACGAUAAGGGUUUUAAGGACAUGCACUAAUGGAGCAGGUGCUGAGCAUCGAUGGUUGUCUCAAGCACUUUUCCCACAGCAGUAAUAGCCAACAAAUGUGUUUUUUUUUUCCUCUUGAACUGUUAGCAAAAGACAGCUAAAGCAUGUUACAUGUUUGACUCUUACUCAAACUGUGUGUAUUUUGGACUCUGUGAGGGAUCAGAGGUUGGGUGGAGUGAAUAAAUAUCCCGAGCUCUGUGUUAACUCUGUGUGCAGACCUCAUAAUGAGGCGUCUGCAGGUCAGGAGGUAAAAAGCUGCUGAAUGCAGACCCUGCCCCGUGCUGACCCCGCUGAGUGAGCACGUAAAGGACUCCGACGUGAAAUGCUGGGAGCUCAGUGCUCUUGUUCAGGGUUUGUCAUGUGCCACUUUGCCUUUUGAUUACUCAGCAAGUGUGAGACACAGAGAGUGAACGAGAGGUCAGGUUGUAGAGUGGACGGAGUGACAGCACACAUAUAAGCAGGGAGGGAGGUGGGUUUGAUCAGGGUGGAGCUGCUGACUGUCAACAAGGAGAUUUCAUCAUAGUUUUCCACUCGGGUUCAUAAAUGUAGAUUAAGAUUUAAUUACGAUAAACUGGAGGUCACAGAGGAAACUCCCACUUGUCCCGUUUGAGUGUUAAAUGUGACAAAUGAUUGAUAUCACGAUGCUGUUGCACAAGUGAAAGGAUGAGUCAGCCCUUCCUGAAUAAGGCUGAUCAGGACUGCUCUGCUUCACUGCUGUCAUCUAUUCAGUUACAACAGUCGAUCAUACAAAUUUGAUUAGUGAGUAUUUAUUAUAGAUUUAAACCAUAUGUGAGGAUUUUGGCUGAGUAUAAAACAGACUGAUUUUAAACUGAUGUUGUCAGUGACAUUAUUGAUUGUCUAUGCGGUGAUUUUAAUGCCUGUUUUUCCUGUAAAAGGUUGGUGUCAGAUGAGGUGAUUAGCAGUAAGCUGACUGAACAGUCUUGUUUUUGCAUUUUCUAUGCCAAAGAUUUAGUUGGUUAAAUGUUUGACAUUGACAUUAGGGAGAAUAGGUGUUUACAAAUGUGCCUAAACAAGCACAGGAACAGGAUUUAAGAGGAGGGCUUUCUCCAACAUGCUGUGAAUUGUCUAACUCUCCACAGAUUUAAGAAAACAGAAACAUUCAGUCCUAUCUCUGAUAGUCUGCUUUACCUUUAAAGGUCAUAAAGAGGCACCAGUAUUAAUUUCAUUUUAUCUCUAACAAAAAAAAAACCUUACAGUGGCCUUAUAUGUCAAGUGUCCUUCUCAGAAACUGUUUUCAACCCUAAUCUAGGAGAAUCAAAGGAGCUCUGAUUAGGUCACUGCAGGUAACUUAACCUGCGACUAUCAUGGUUUUACCUUUAAGGUUACUGCUUUGUCCACACACCUUUGUUUCAGAAAACAUGUUUCAGGGUCACUAGCAUCUCAUAUUUUUGUGAAUGCCACCAAGGAGGAAAGUUUUCACAGUUACUGUUCAUUUCUACAGCUGAAGUUUGAUUUUUAGUCUGUGGUUCAGUGUGUAUUUUAAGGUGGGGAGUAAAUCAAAGACCCCUGUUAGGUCUAUUAAAAAGUCUUGAUCGGCAGCAGUUAUAUCUUGCAGUGAAUGUCUGAUUUUAUGUGUUUAUUACUUUGCAUGAUUUGUGUAUUUGCAGCCCCUUCUUUCGGUUUUCAGCUAUACAUUUUUUUUCAUUUUCCGUGCAUUUCUGUUGUUGUUUUUGUUUAGGACUCUUGCCUUUCUUUCAGUCUUGCAUCCUUUGAGCAUUUGUGUCACGUGUCUGCUCAUUAAGAUGGUUUUGGUCUAAGCAAAUCAUCUCUACAUCACUGUAUAAAAGGCUCUUAAGGAAGCUGCAGAAAAACAGGAUUGUAUUUUUUUUGUCUCUGUUCUUUUACUGUCACUUUUUUGCAGGCAUUGAUUUAUAUUGAUCAUGUACAUAUAGUAAUAAAUGCAGUUUAAAAUAUGUUUUGCAUGUAGUUCCAGACCACUCUCUCUUCUUUAUUGUACUGUACAUACUUAUCUUUCCCAUGAAAUGUGCAAAACUUGAUGCAAAUGUCACAUAAAGCUGGUCAAGACGCUGUAAUGAUAUUCCUUGCACAUGAGCCGUUCAGUAAAACACACCACAGACUCUUAUGAAUGUCCCAUUUGCAGUAAAAACUUUAUGAAGGAAAUGUUUCCGAGCAUGUCAGACAUUUUCACCAACACUUAACACGUCCUCCCGCUUUCCUCAAACUUCCAAACUUCUGCUCCUUCUCUCUUUCUCUCUCUCUCUGCCUGUCUGCUAGUGUGUCCACCCAGCAGUAUGAAACAUUCUGGAGGUUUCAAAAUGGAAAGUAUUUCAAAGCCACCGCAGCCCGCGGUGUGACUUUGUAGAUGGUAAUCAGAAGCAGCUGAGAAAACAGGCCUCAGUUUGAUUACAGCGCUCGUCUUCUGCGUCUUCAGGAGGAUUUCAGCGUCUCCCGUGCAGCGGCAGCAUGUUUCUGAUAUUGUCCAAAAUAAGUCUAAGUUGUUUCAGCACCAUGUGUGUGUUUAUGAAUCAGAUAAACAGCAGAAACUUUAGAGCUCUGUCGGGAACCCUGUCACAGGAGAAAAGCUUUGAGCUGAAAGAUGUGAGUGAUUAGAUUUUUUUCUCCUGUUGAAAUGUAGUUGGGCUGGCAGAGCUACCAGCAUGAAGGUCCACGUGUUUAUAUGUUUCUUUGUUUGGAUUCAGAUGUAGUGCUGUAUGUCUGGAUUGUACGGAAGCCCUGAGGGAAAAAAAGUCAAAAUGUUGCAGGAGUAAAGUUUGUUUGUAGAGUUUUAAUAGUUUUAUCCUGUAUUUAUGACUUAAUGCAAAAAAACAAAAAGGCAUCUGUUGGAAUAAUCAUCAUAAUGAGAGGUAAACACCACAAGAUACUGGGGCUGGAAUUAUCUUUUAAAACCACAUAGUCUAUCAGUUUUGUCUUAUUUCAAGUAAAAGCAUCUCAUCAUAUUAAAUUUGAGCCACAAGUUCAGAACUCAGGUCUUAUUUCAAGAUAUCACAUGCUUUAAAUAAGACCUGAGUUGCUUGUCGCAACACAAUUAGAAAAAGGGUACUUUAUUUAAAGGCUCUUGAAGCAAGAAGAUGUCUAAUUUCAACAACCUGGUGAGUAAUUUAUGUUCUUGUGUCAUGAAACACAGAGGGUUUUUCUUUUAGGUUAGCAAAGAGAAGGACAUAAAUAAGAAUUAUGUUUAAUAACUUGAUGCCCCUAAUAAACAGGUGGAUAAUAAUCGGCCUGAAAGGAAAAAGUUGAUUCUUUAGGUCCUGAUUAAAACAUGCAGUUGUGGUGCACCUCUGCCUCUAGUGGACAAACUGAGUAUUACAUCAACAAACACAGAAAAUGAGUGUACUUAGUUGAAGGUUGACACUGUCCAGCCUCUUUAUCACCAGCUUCAGCUCUUUUUUUAUCUGUUUGUAAUCAGUAAUAACAAAUAGUUUGAGAUUUAAUCAAAUAUCAUUUUCUUUUUCUCCUUGUAAAUAAUUUUCUACCAUUUUUAGACAAAAUAAAGUUCCUAAGUAAGAGUAUGUCAGCAUAAAACAAAGCUGAGGCUGUAAAAAUCGACAACACACUCAUGAAAACAGAUCCACAGUUUUUUGUUAUGUCGCUUCUGGGCUUCCAUACGACACCAAGCCAAAUGUAUUGUUUAUUAGGAACUAAUCUUCUCUAUCUCUCCUAAUGGAAACUGUGAUAUCUGAUGGGAUUCCCUCUCCUCAUCUUCAUUUCCGCCCUCUUUGUACCUCCAGGCUUGCAGACGUUUCUGCGGUUUCAGGCUCUGGUCCAAAAAACUGAGCUUAGAGAAAAGUCUCCUGAAGCUCCAGUUGUUUCAGCAGCAGACGAGUUUUUCGUGUGUGGGCUUGUUUCUCUGCCAGCUUGAGCUGAAGCUGUGACCCAAAGCCAAGAAAAGAGGCCGAGUUUGGAGCUCAGCGAUGAAACCAGAGCAGUUUCACACACCUGUGUUACUUUUCCUGCUGUGCUGAAGUCGUCCUUGCUCAUAAGUUUCACCGUGUGGAAAUAAAAAAUAAAUCAAAAAGGAAAACUUAUGAGCCUAUAAACAAAGUGGGGUGUAUUUCAUCUCUCUGUAAUGACUUGUCCACUGUUGAGGGACAGUUAAAUCACUUCAGGAAGCAGAGCAGAGGUUUGAUUACAGCUCAGCAGCAUCAGGCUGAAACAAUGGCUCAUUUAGCCGCCUGCAGCCCCUCCUUCCUCCCAGCAUCUCAUUCCUCUCAGGGGUCACAGGGCCCACCUGCUCCUCCACAUCAAAGCUCCAGGUGGGGUGAGUUUGGAGAGGUGUGGUGGGAUAAAUAUGCAGUUUAUAGACACAGAGCAGGAAAAAGUUCGACUUUGUUGCACUUUGAUUGCAUACUUGAGCUAUUUCCAGUCAUUCAUCUGGGUUUGCAUGCCUGAAAGUGCAUAUUUACUGGAGGGAGAGUUUUCAGUGUCUCCACGAAAAAGGCAUGUAGAUAGUGAAUCAGAAUCAAAUUAAACCAAGUAAAAUAAAAACCAAGUAAUAAAAAAGUAAAACCAAUAAUUAACUGUUGGCAGAUAUAUUUAUGGACCUGUGCAAUUAUACCACAUACCCCAGUAUCGAGCUACCCUCAAUCUCCUCACUAGGACAGUCCUAUGCAACACCACUACUGGUCUAAGCUCUUGUAUUAUUACCUAUCAACAACUGCAGCUCCUUACAGGCAGGCCUUCCUGUAUGCACAUUCAAACGGUAUGGAUGUAUCUUUAGUUAUCCAUUUAGAGACUUAAAACAGAAGUGUGCAAAAAGUUGAGUUUUUCAACUUGACAUCUCUGCUGAAUCGAACCAGAACAGCCAACAAACACUGAGCCCGUCUGAGGUUUACUUUCAUCUAUCACUUUUCUCUUGUUUUCUUCCUCUGUUGUCAUCAUCAUCUCUGAGCUCAGAUCAGUGACCACAGAGGUUUAUUCUCAGGGUUUUGUGUGAGAUAGUUGUGCUGUCAUUACCCACAACUUGGUGAGAAGCAGAUGGGAAUGAAAAAUGCCUCAUCUCCCCUUCUUGUUCAGCAUUUAAAGACUUUCAAGCAUUAUCUUGAGGUUUAUAAGUUGCAGCUCUUUGCAUUUAAAGUCAGGAUGUUUUGUCAACAUGUUUCAUUGGUGAAGCCAUAAAGAGAGCUUUUAUGCCUUUUAUGAAGCGAACAUACCAAAUGUUUCUUCUUGAUACCCUCUUAGAUGUGAGGAUUUGCCUCUUGUCUUCUUUAAUAUAAAUGGAUGCUGCUCUCCUCCUGAUUAAAAAGACUCAAUCUACUUGAGGGCCGCUGCUUGAGAGGAUAAAACCUUUGCAUGUCAUGUCAUUUUUUUUUGUCAGCAAAAACAAAAAUAAAUGAUUUGAGUGAAGACAACAUCAGAGCUGAAUCCCACACUGUGAUUAUUUCAGCAACUUUCAUCCCCAGCAAAGUUGUUGCAGUUGUUGCACACCUUGCGUCCUUCAGCAGAUCCACACAGCAGGUCUUCAGGCUUCAACCUUUAAUUCAAAUAAAUAAAAACAGUUUUCUGCUCCACCUGCUGCAGUGGGUCAGCGGCAGAGAGAUCACCAUCAGCUGGGAGGAUGUGGGCUCAGAGCGGAUUAUCAGAGAGACAGUAUUAUUCUGUGCCGGCUGGCAUCAGGACUCGACUCUUUGUGUCAGAGACCUCAGAGGAGACUUUCUCCAGCGAAUGGACAUCAGCAUCGCAGGGUUUGUUUUUCUAGUUGAUCUGCAGCGACAGAGAGAAAAAAUGUACAUCGGAUUCCUUGCAAGAGGACGGAUGCGGAUACUUCUGUGAGUGACUUGAUGUGCAUUUGUUUGUGUAUUAUUUUUCUGCAGAAUCCGGUGAGCAGCUUUUGUUUUGGUCUAAGUACAAUUAAGUUAGAUUUAAUGUGCAGCUUUACUCUACAGCACACUUUUUCCAGCUUUUAUAUGAUAUAGAGCGCCAAAGUAGGUUUGAGAUUUAAAGAAAUAUUGAGUUUUAUCCAAAAUUGCAUGACAGUAACAACUUUGUGCUUUUAUCCUGCUAUAUUAAAGUUACAGUCUGAAGUGUCCUCAGUACUUUGCAUCCUUUUGGCAUUCCUCUGCACCCUCCAUGCUCAUACAUUGUGAGUUAAAGGGUCAGUGUUGUUUCAGCGGUUCAGAUUAACACUGCUGCUCUCCUGUAGAAGCAGACCAUAAACAGAUUAGUGGUCAACCAAGUCGGAGUGAUGGCCGGACCAUCUGCACCCGGAGCUGGGUGGGAGAGGGGGAACAUGAGAGGAGGAGGAGGAGGAGGAGGAGCAGAUGUUGCAGCAGAGUUGUAGGUCAGUGUGGCAGCAGAGCCGCCCGGGGACGCUGCUGUGAGGACGAGGGACAUGAGGUGACAGUGGGACAGAUUACUUCAAUAUGAAAUCCGAGUAAAUACCAUGCAGUUGCACCAUGACGUUAGGAUGCUGCUUUACACUCUCAUCCUCAGGUACUCUACCAUUUACUCAGCCUUUUAGCGAGCUUCCUGUAACCUCAAAUUUCAUUCUACUCUGCAUGCACAGCCUCUGAUCUCUAACCACAAACAUGUCUGCACUGUGUUUGAGUGCUGUCACAAGAUGUAAUCGUUGGAAGUUCUGUGCUUCUUGGCUGGUAUGGAAGCUUUUUGCUGGCUUGUCUUGCUCGGUUCGUUGAAAAUGAGUUGCAGAGUGUGAACAGAGACGCUUUGACAUGCAGUUGUUUCUGUGUUUUCAUUCCAGCAAGAAAGUUUUGUGCAGACUUGAGAGCUUCCAUGGCAAAACAUCUCACUGUUCCUUCAACUUGAAAAGCGUGAGGUUUUUCUGUUUUUGUUUGUUUUUUAGUGCUUCUGUAGCAAGCCUCAAAUGGGGACUCAGAGAACUGCAGUUUCUAGCACUUUCACCACAACUAACUUUUUACAGUGAUCCCCGUUUACUGCAUCAGCAUUUGCACUUUUUGGGAGUUUCAGUUUAAUUACCUCUCUGUUUCUCUGUCCUGUUUGCUGAGAUGCCAGCCCGAAGAUGUCACUUGCAUCCAAGCCAUGAAAAUGGCCUGAUUACCUGCAUCUAUGUGCUUAACUCAUAGGUGGUUGCUCAAACUUGAAGUACUUUGGUGGUCACAUGAUGUUUAUUUUACUUUCAACUCAACUAGAGAGCCAUGUUGGAGUUUUUGAAUACCAUUUAAAAGCAGACUAGUUUCAUUAUUUUCUGUUAAAUUUAGCUUCAGCAGGUGCAGUGUUGCUCUCAUCAUCAUACCCCAUUAAUGAAAUCUGUAUUUUAUCUUGAAGGACACAAGAGUUGGUUUUUUAUCCCUGUAUUGUCCCCUUUGUUGUUUUAAGUGUCCUCAAAAAUGUUUUUAUGAUGCAGUAAUGCUGAAAACUUGCUAACUAACACAGCUUCGAUUGUAAAUCCUGUCAGAUAAAAUGACCUUUUCUCAAUAGUCUGGUGGCCACGAGGAGAACAUUGCACAGCUGCUCCUGUUUAAGGUAGGGCAUCUCACUCUUUAACAGUGAGCUCUGCCUCAGUAGAACAAGCUGGACUGCGUAAGGUCAAAGACAAGGAUUUUUUUAGACCUUUCUAAUAAACAGUUCAUACCUAAAAUGUGUAAAAAGAAAAUCAGCCCUGGUGUUUUUCCUGGUCACUUAAAUAUGUCUUAAUUUGAAAAAACUGAACUCCGGCUCACCUGUUUUCCUCUUCUGUGUCUUCUUUUCUUAUCUAAGUGUGACCUAAUGAUGGACAUCUGUGUUUUCCCAGGCUGCUGGCAAAUUGUAGGUGUGUGAGCGUGGGUGUGAGGGGUUUGGCUCCUGUCUGGGCCAAUGCAGAGUAAAUUACAAGGCAGAGGCAGUCUGAGGAUUCAGGUCUUCAUUUCAUCCCCCCCUCUUCUGCUCCUGGCCUGCAGGCCUGCUGGCAGGGCUGAUGGCUGUGGGUGAGGUUAUUGAGGGAUGAUCCUGCUGUUGAUGAAGAAGAGGAAGAGAGAUUGAUAGGCUUUGACAGGGUGCAGAUAAAACCAGUGUUUCAUUUCACAUCACCUGGAAGGAUCACAGGAGGAGGCCUUGAAAAAUAAUCUACCACAGGGCAGCCACCUAAAAGUUGACCUGCCAGAUAUUCAGACUGUAGGAACUCAGUUUAAGUGGUAUUUUAUUUGUUCAAAUUUGCACUUUGAUUUCAGUUUUUGUAUGGGCUGCAGUUUUAUGCACAAAGCAAUGCCAAAGCAACAGUGUGGUUAGUGGUGUCCCGAUACAACUUUUUUUUACUUCCAAUACGAUAUCGAUACUGUAGCCUUCAGUAUCAGCUGAUACUGAUAUUGAUCUGAUAUUAGCACAAACCUGUGCGUGGCAAGUUUGGCACUCAGCUGCAAUGUCUUUUUCAGACUUUAACGAAAAAUACAGCCACACAGCUGACAUUACUCCUGCUUCUUGCUACUUUGUUUGUACCUUAGUACACAAUGUUGUUGUGAUCACGUGGGCUCUGCAUACCAGACUGGAGUCUGGAAUGGACUGCUUGCAUCAGAGUGCUAAUAUCAGAGAUUUUAAAUGCAGGCUGAUAUAAUCCGUUAUUUGUUUUUUGGCUGAUAUCAGACCGAUAUCCGUUAUCAAUAUCGUAUCAGGACAGCCCUAAACAUGGUAUUUAAACUUGACAAACUAAGUCUCAAAAUAACCCUGCUGUGUUUUUGUCAGUCGUUAACAAGGUGUUGCAGAAAGAAGAGAUUUUGUUCUCCCAUGAGCAAAAAGACCAGGUGAUAAAAACUCUGAAUAAAGCGAAGUUACGCAAGAAUCCUGCAUAUCUCUAAAAGGAGGGGCUACAAGCUGAGCUGCUACUAGCUUGCCUCUAAGUGCUCAGCUUGUUUUUAAAUAAUAAAAAGAAAUAAUAAGUCUUGCUAUAGAGUCCUCAGAAGAUGAAUUUCAUUUUUAUUCAGUGACACUUCCACUGCAUUUUCACAUUAGGGCUGUGAACUGAGCUGCUUCCAAUUUGGUUUAAGGUUUUGUCAUAUUUUGUAAUCAAGGCUGUGUGCUGAGCUGCAGAGAAGUUUAAAGUUACUCUGCGUUCUUCUAAAAAGCAGCUUGUUUGAGGGUUCGGUCUCUCUGAUGAGCUUAUGAAAUCAGGGCUGCAAGCUGAGCUGCCACUAGGUUGUUCUAAGCUGCUCAGCUGGUUUAAUGAAUUUGACAUGAUUUUGGCUUUAAGGAAGUUGACAGCUGGAAAAGUUUUAAUGCCCAGCCAACAGGAAAACAUGUGACCUUCGAGUAAAAAUGGAUCUUGCAGUACAAACUUGAGGCCCGUGUAGGCUGAUAUAAGAAUUUUGGGUGGUACUAAAGUUGAAAAAAGGAACCAGGAGACAAGUCUUUGUAUUGAACAGCCAAAUCCAAUUCAGCUGACAGAUUUUUGAGACGGAUUGUGCCUUAGACAUGUCUUAUUUAGAAAAGAGAGGUUUCAAAAGAGAGGUUUUAAAGCACACACAGUGAAGUGAAAAAGUUGUUUUUCUUCUCACCUGAGGCCAUGUGGUCAGCAUGUUGACGAUCACUCAGCGUGGAUGUGACAGAAAGAGAAAGCUGCUGUGGGCUGCACUGUGAUGACUGAAGGUUGAUGUGUUUUCUUUGGCUUUAUUUGAGGUAACAGCUGACCACAGAUGGACCCCUGACCACAUGAAAACCUCUUUACAGGCCCCUCAUGCUUUGUUGUACAUGUUCAUCCUCACUGAACCAAAAGUCACAGAUUUCACUGAGCACUGUGAAAGGGAGUACUAAUGUGUCUCUCAGCCAGGGUAGGACAAAAACAGGCCGAGGCAGUGCUGGGAGUGUGUGUCCUAGUUGUUAUUGUUGUCAGAUGGGUUUUCAGUUUGCUGGGUGUCACUGCAGGGCCAGCAGUUCAGAUCACAGCAGGGAGGACGAGGCAGACAAACACUGACAACAGGCUCAUUUCUGAAAGCACAACAUGGUUUACUCAAUCAUCUCACCGCAGAUCACAGCUGAUUUGUCUAUGUGCUCCGCUGGUUUAGAUUUUAGAUAUAGUCAGCUUGUGUUGCAAAGUUUAUUGCUACACAUAUAAAAAUGUGUAACACAUUAAAGGCAACACCCAAAGUCAACAGGCUCAUGGGCUGAGUCAGAUGGUUUGUGUUGAUAUUGCUAAUUAAAGGAGUGGUUUUACAUUUUAGGAACAUGGUCAUUACCGUUGUUUUUUCAAUAAAUCAAUAAAAUGUUGAAACCACUUUUCCCUUGUAAUGUAUUUGGUGAAAAAAAACAGCCUGGCUAAGUUUGAAAGCCAAAAUACAGACACAAGUGACUCUUAAAGUUUUGUAAGUUGUCAGAGUUAAUCUUGUGUACUUUUCUUGUCAUGUGAAAAAUCCUGUAAUGAACAUCGUAUCUUGUUUUCUUUUAAUUGUUCAAUGUAUUAUUAAUCAAGAACCUCUGCUGUGAUAAAUAAUAUACAAGGUUGUUUCUGCAGCCUGCUGUUUUAACAUCAUACUUAACACCUACCACACAGUAGCUGUUCCAGACAGUAAGAGAUCUUUACAGAAAUAAUUCAUCCUCGUGUUCAUGAUACUGGGGCUUCACUAUAAGUUUCGUCCUGUUUCUUCUUCCUCAUAAAGCAUUAAAAGCAAUACCUCCUUUCAGGGGAGUAAAAUGUUAAGUUGUGCCAAAAGUUGCAGUUCCCCAAAUGGCCACUUGAGGCCUUUCCCCAAAAGUGAGUAUCUCUCCAUGGAGUCCUAUUGUAUACCUCCUAAUUUAAGAAUGUAAAAUAAAAACAUGUACAGUACUGAUUAGAAAAAAAGUGAUUCAGGGGGUUCUAGCCAAACAAAGUACCUCCGACUUAAAGUUAUGAAAGUCAAAUGUUUGUAAAUCCGGGUUAGUAAAUCGAAUUCUUGUAUUACUCGCAGCUUCUUUGUUUUCAUAGAUUUAUGGAUGCUGCCAGAGGUCUGUUAGAUCAUGAAAGAUGUCUCCUCUACCUUGUUAAUGGCUUUUAAGUCUGUUUUAAAAGCUCUGUAUGCUUUAUAUUUGCUUUCCUUCAGUGGGAUCUCAAAAAGAAAGUGUGAAUAUAGUUUCUAUAAACUGUGUCCUAGCAUUAGCAUCAACUCCGAACCCUGAAAUUUUACCUUAUAAAAGAAACUGAUAUGUUUCUCCUUUUUGAACUUCACUAUUGUCAAAGUUGAUGAUAGAAGUCCCGCCCCUUCUUAAUUCUCAUUGGUUAGUGAUCAAGAGGCGAUAUUGACGGGCAUCUAAGUACUCCAAGUGUUGAACUACUUAAAACAGAGAGUGCCAAGAAAAUGAUUAUUUUCUGUACCAGGCUGGACUGUGAAACAGGUUUUUUAAACAUGGGUGUUGAUGAGGAUUCCUUUCCUUUUGCCUCAAGUGGACUCUCAGGGAACUGCAGCUUUUCUCUGCUUGCCUGCCUUCUUCCUAACCUUCAGAGGUUACUGCUUGGUUUUCCUCCCUGGACAGUUUUUUUUUGGCAUCAGUGUCAACAUUGAAACUGUGCAAAAAGAUGAUGCACAAAUAGAAUGACAUGGCCAGAAGACAAACUUUUUCCUCACAAGUAAAGUAAGGAAGGCUGUGCUGCUCCACCUUUAAAUCUCCUCUGAGUUGAGAUCACCUCAGGCUGCCUGAGCUGAGAUUCAGACAGAGCACAGAGUUUGUUUUCAGGUCGUUGGGGUCACCUCAGAGGGCUUUCACAUCACUCAGGGGUGUUUUAUGGAAAGCAUCAACUUAUCUCUGAGUGACAGAUAAACAAACGGCCUCUCCUGAGGAUUGCACACAGGAUUUGUCAGAAACUGACACAACAGUUGAGCUGCUAGAAAAACCACUUUCCACGCAGAGCGGUUUGAUUUGCAGCAUUUCCUCCUGACCUAUGGUGGCUCUGAUCUGGACUUAAAUUAUGCAUUUUCUUUAUUGAAACAGACUUAAGACCGCUUCUGUCUGGACUACAAAGCAGACUUGGAGCAGCUGCUCUUGAGCAGUCAGACGUAAAGGCCAGACAGUUUGUUUAAGAAAAGCUCUCAGGUCAAGGACAGGCCCAGAAAUGUUCAGCAGGCAGGUGAGGACGGACAGAUGUGUUUGUGUGCUGAAGAGAUUUUCCUGACUGAGUCAUAUCCUCUACUGUUUGAUAUCUGAGUGUGCAGUGAUUUUUAUUUUCCCAUUUCUGUUUGUCAGAGCCAGAAUGUGGAUUUGUCCUGAGAGAUUUGUGAUGUUGAAUUCAGACAUUGAUUCAUGUCUUGUUAUGAACUGCAGUGGUGUAAGGGGCUCAGAUGGAGCCAUGUUGGAAGAGUUAUGUUUGGCUUUUUUGCUUCUCCCUUCAGGAAUUUAUGUUUGUUUGGGUUUAGUCAUAGCAGAAGUGAUAAAUGGGACUAAACUGUUUUGAAUUUUCAUCUGAAACCAGUGCCAACAUUUUUUUUAUCAAGCUGCAUUUUCACUCAUGAUGAUGUUAAAGCUCCUGUAAGGACUGUUAGGCUACUAAAACACUAAUUGAAAUAUGUAUAAAUGCUUCUAAUUGACCCAUAAAUGCUUAUAGGGCCAUCAGAAUAAAGAUAAAUCGAACAAUGAAGAGUAUGAGGUGUUUUAAUGUCUCAUAUAUCAAUGUGCUCAUACUGUAAAUAUUUCUUUCACUUUGACUAUGGGCACCAUCUUAAAAGUGAAAGGCUCCAUCUAAACUCUAACUUUCUCCUCCGUGUGUUGAGGAGGUUUCACUGUCCCCUCGUCUGUAACCUGAGGAGGUGUGAGGGGGUGCACUAGUGGGAGUAGUCCAGCUCCUGCUCAAUGUUAAGAGGAUGACAGUCACAGUUUCAGGUUGCAUUAGACUCUAUUGUUUGGCUUCAGGUAAUAGCAUUAGCAAACACGCUAUUAUCUCUGUAACCCUGGCUCUGAUUGUCCUGCUUCUCUGUCUCAGACUGAAGAUCUAAAACAAGACCCAGACCCCCAUCCCCCUCCUCUGCACUCAUGGCACCACUUUGUCUCUGAAAUGGAAAGCUCAUUAGUGACAUUUGUCUGAGAGUGUGGAUUUUACCUUGAUGAUCCUAACCAGUGUGUCACCACAAAAAUGUCAGAGCGGAAACUUUAAAGGUCCUAGCAGCAGAGCUCCGCUGGCUGCCCCUGAUUUUCCGGGACAUUUGAGGGCAUACACGGUGUCUCUCUGCAGACCAUCUACUGACACGAGAUUCAUCUCAUUUAUAUCAAUCUGAAAAAGAGAGGAGUAGGGCUCUAAGUGAAGAUAAUAUCCAGGGUUUCUCACUUUUAACUCAUUUUUCAUAACCUAAACUAUGAAACCAAAAACUCUAACUUUACAUAUUUAAAUUAUGGAGGAAAGUACCAAACUCAGUCGAUGAUCCAGGUCAUCAUUACUUGUAAAACACUGAAUCCAUGCUAUCAAUUGUCCUGUUCUCAGCUGAUGGUUGCAGCUCUCAAGAGCACUCAGAGUGGUGAUGUGAGCUGAGUUUGGGACUGUUUCUGCAAGCAUACAGGAGUUAAGUGAUCUAGUACAAUGGCAACAAGCUUAAGCCGAAACACAGUGUCUGAGGAGAACAAUACAAGGUAAACCUGACUGUAAAAUGGCUAUUCAGAGCUAUAUUAGUUUAGUUUGUUUAACCUUUGGUCAACCAGGAGAAGAAAAACUGUGAUCUGGCCAAGACAGGCGGCCUCACAAUCAAGAUUUCUGACAAACAAGGAGCUGCCAUAUGUACAUAUCAAAGGAGGUUAUCAGAGUACAUUUAAAAACAAUCAAAGGCUCAACAAGUCGAUGUCCAUCAUGAAUGUAACCGGCCAAACACCUACAGCUGGAUGUGUCUGCCUCUUAGUUAUUUAAAAACACACAAUUAGACCAGAUUUCUUUGUGUCCUUUUAGACUUGAAGGAAGUCAUGAAGGGGUUCCUGGUUCUUUAUAAUCAGCUGCAUGUUGCAGAAACAGUGUGUGUUUUACUUCUGAUCAUUGUUUUUCCGAUUACAAAUAUCUCCGUCUCUGUCUCUCUGUGACAGCGGUGUCAAACCUGGACGUGGAGAGUAAGCUGACAGCACAUUACCAAGCUCCGUGGCACCAGCAGAGGAAUGUUUUCCACCCUUCCACCCGGCCAGUAUGUGUGGAAGAGCUCCACAGGCAAGCCAGCCUCAGCCUGUGGGCCCUGCACAGAGGUGAGAGCCCAAAAAUCCCCCACCCACCUGGUUCUGGGUGGCCAGAACACUGAUAAGAAGUUUGUUUUCUUCUCUUCAUCCAUCUCUCCAGUUUUAUUUAGUUACUUGUUUAAUAAUAUUGACAUCUUUAAUGAGGUUUAAACUUUAGAAAGACACCUUUGGGGGCUUCCCCUCUGCUGGUCGAUAGCGCCAUAUUAUUGUAGUGUUGUUCUGCCCUCUAGUGGACAACUUUUGUAAUUGCAUUUUAGUUUUUAAAGUGGAGAGGUUUUAUUACAUAACCUGAAAGGAACUUUAGCAGGAAGGGACACAUUGAUAAGAAUAAAAUGAUUUUAUUUAGAAUUAUUUUAAGGUUUAAGUUUUUGUUGUUGUUGUUGUACAGAAGUUGAAGUUUAAAAUGAAGAAAUAAAAAUUAUUGUACAAAUGUCUAAAUGUAAUGUGUUAGUGUAACUUGAGGCUUGAAAUGCUGCGGUUUAUCCUUAGUUAUUCAUCCUUAAAUAAGAUACUGCAGAUAUCAACUCCCAGACACAUUUACCCAGACACAAAGAAAAGUCUCACCAUCAAAAUUUUCAUUAUUUAUGCUUCCCCCUAAAAUAGUACUUCAUGUGAAAAUGAUCUUUCUGGUGUUUCACAAACCAAGUAUUAAAGUCACUGUGUGUUUGGGACUAACCUCAUGUUUCUGAUGGGGACCAAGCUGCAGCAGGGAGGAACAAAUUAAGUUUCACAGUGAAAAGUCAAAGUGUUGAAUAAACCCCUUGAUUUGUACUCUCUGGGGUCAUCUGAUAUUUCAGCUUUGGUUUUGCUUGGAUUAAGUUUGUGGUUUUGUCCUGUAUCUCUAAGCAUGUUCAGAAAUCAAACUAUCUGCUGGUAAAAGAAACUAACUCACAAUUCUUCCAGUGUGUAUUUUCAGUGUCUGCACAGGUUUAAUGUGGCAGAAUAAAAGCAGUUUGUGAUUGUUGUUGUAGAUCAUCAGAGGAGAAGAUCAGACAGCAGGGAGCGGAGAGUCACCAUCUCAAUCUUAGCGUUACCCCCGAUGCCCAUGCACCCCUCCCCCUACGUCAUCCAGAAGCAAGAAAGGAGAAGCGUCAAUCUGACCACGGUAUGAUCGAAUUUUUUUUUUAUGUUUGAACAUCUUUAUCUUAACUUAAGGGUCUUCAGGAAAAGUAAAAAGUCCAAACUAUUACAGAGGCAGUUUGUUUUGAGCUUCAUCAUGUUACAUUGAUUUGAUAGAUGUCAUGUAGACCCUUGAAAGGUUAUUUUUAUGAAGUAUAAAAGUCUUUUUGUAUUCCUGCAGGCAGCUAGAGAGAGUUUUUAGAAACUGAAAAACUCAGUUAGCCCUCCAACAGGCAGUGAAUCAGAAUAAUUUAGGAUAUUUUCUGCUAUUUUGACUAGUGUGACUAAUCCCAUGUAACACCAAUACACAUUAUCAUCACAUGAUGUUAUUGUGACAUCUCCAAGACUUUGCCUAGUUAAUUGGAAAAAAUCAGAUGUUGCACAGAAAAUAAAAUUAGUAUUUAUCGUUUUAGAAACUGUGAAUUGAUUAUCUGGGACAAAAGUCUAGUUUUCAAGCUUAAGAAGGCUUAAAUUUGCCCGAGCAACCUUAUUUUUCAAAUUGCUCAAAGUUAUUUACAAAUGCUUCAAAACAUAAAUAGGUUGUAAGGAUAAAUAUUAGAUGACAAGUGACAAAGGCUGAUAAAAUCUCCAAAACAGGAUUACAGACUUUAUUUGCACUGAUAGACUGAAUUUUAUGAGUUUAAAUGGCACAUGGAAGUUUGAUCAUGAACUCUCACUCACCAAAGUCAAAUAAAAACUUUCCAAUAAAAGGACUUAAGGCCUUAGUGCUUAGUGUGUGUUUAGUCUUUCUAUUAUGUGACAGCCAUGAAUUUGUCUUUAUGUCUCAUCCCCUCCUCAGUAAAUGUUGUAUUCAUCACUCAGGAGGUUUCAUAUAAUUCACGGUCAACAUUUCCCUCCUCACCAUCAUGUAUUUCGGUGUUUUUGGUCUGAGUUUCAGUGAAAUACCUCCAUGUUCAUCCCCGUCAUUUGUUGUUUCUUGUCCUGUUUUGUUUUUUAUUUUGUAUUUUAGUUUGAAUCCACCCGAUCCUCCUCCCCCACCGAGUGUUGCCGCUUCUCUCCCUGGAGAAAGGUAGUGGUCCCUCCCUCCAUCCCUCCGUCCUUCCUUUCCUAUCUCCUUCCUUCCCUCCUGACUCCUGUGUGCUCCUCUAACACCUAACUUCACACCUCCUUACUUGUUUGACUCUUUCGGGAUAAUAUUAUGAAUCUCUUUUUGAAUGAAUGCCUCUUUUUGAGUCUGGAGUAAGUUUGUAGGGAAACUAAAGAGGCAGUCAAAGUUUUUUCGUCUGCAGACAGUCCUUGUUGGAGUUCACGUGCAGGGUCGAGCCUCGAGCGUGCACUAUGUGAGGAAUGUGCGUUUUCGAGAGCUUCAGUCACAGCCUCCCUGCAGCCAGGGUUUCUCUAAUGACAGGGUCGGCUUCUUGCUUGCGUCUGUGAUUACCCAUGAUCCCUCUGUGCUGUGGUUUCCUCGCUGCACCCAUCCUAGAAAGAGCUGACAGCCUCGUGUUUCUCUGUUUUCUCAUCAAAUAUAUCUCCUCGAUGCCCGCUGUGAGAGAGAAAUGAGUCCAAACACUCCUACUGCCACUCCUCUCCCUGUCCACUCGUCUCUCUUAUCCCUCCUCUCAGACACUCAAACCGCCUCUCUGUCCGCAAGACAAAUCAGCUGUAAAUGCUCCCCUUUUGAUUUCUCCUCCUCGACGAGUUGGGAGAAGUUUCCAAGGAAACCGGUUUCUUUUGUGGACGGGGUUUUGUCCGGGUCUCACUGGUCUGCUGGGAACAGAGAGGACAAAAGCUGUGGUUUUUAAUGGGGGGUGGGUGGAGGUGGGAACCAGUUCAGCCUGAGAAUCACUCCCAGUUUCACAUGUGUCUGUAUGAAGGAAGCUGGAGGUACGAGGCUAAAUUCAUGAGACCUGGAGGAGUAAGGAACAGGAGAUCUGCUGUUUUGGAGACUGAGACGGCCUGUGGAGGUUUUUUUGGAGGACUGAGCCCUGAUUGAUGCCGAAGCCGCCGUUCAGACGCAGGAAUGCUGCCGUGAAGUAUUUCCCCUCAACUAUUUCCAGAGACUCGUUAUUAUGCAGGAGAGUGACUGUGAGUGCCACAGAUACUCGGAGGAUGAGGGAAGAGUUUCCAGACCGGCGUGCAGCGACUGGGAAUGACUGUUUGCAAAGUCUGUCACAUUUUUGUGCCGUGCUGCUGACGCUGUUGAAUGAAGCAGGGUUAGUAUUUAUGUCGACAUGUGCUGUUCAGUUCGUGCCAAACUUUUUAAUAGCAGGACAUUUUUGCAAGCCUGGAUUCAGUCUUGGGUUUAGGAAUAGGAGCGUUUUAUUCUGUUUGACAACAUUUCCUGCCUGUAAAUCCUUUAAAUCCUCGUCUUCAUUUCUGCAUGAAACUAACAGAAUAGAUUCUCUGAGUGAGCUCUUUUUCACUAAAGCAUGCUUUUCAUUUCCAUCUCUUGUUGGAUACUCAGCUCCUGGAAGUGAAUGUGUAUUGAUUUGCCUCUUGCUCUGACAGUAAGCAGUCUUUGCUGCACUUUAAUAAGACUCUAAUCUCUACAUGAAGCCCUCAGCUCUUUUUCCCCAGAUAAACACUUUUUACAAUACCAGUGUAAUCCCUGACUUUAAUCCCCGUCCUCCGCCUCCUCCUCUUCCUCCAGCUGAAUUUGUUCAUUUCCAACUCAGAGCACCAUUUUUCUCUCACCAACUUACCUUAACAACCUAACCAUGCAAAUAUCCAUCUGUUGCAGGCUGCGCCCCCUGACCCCGACACUGACGGGGUGGCUCUAGGUCACCGCUCUAAGUUUCCCAUCCCUAACAUCCCCUCCACCCUGGACAAGCAGACUAACUGGUCUAAAGCUCUGCCGCUGCCCACCCCUGAAGAAAGAAUGAAAAGCAGCUCACAAGUCAUCAACUCAUGCGUCAUCCCCAUAAAUGUGACCGGUAAAUGAAAGAACUUCCUUUACGUCUGAAUCUGCAUGUCUUCUCAGCACACAGCCGGCUCUUUAAUGUCUGUUUUAGGAGGAUUUUCACUUUGAAACUUCAUGUCAGGUCAUGAUCAGUUUCCUCCGGUACUUUCUGGGUUUCACAGGUCUCAUUUUCAUAAGUCGAAACAAGCUAGUUACAUUUACUCUUGUUACCAUAUCUGAGCAUCUUUUUGUUAAUUUCCAUUUUUUAAAAUAGGUUUUAAAUCAGUGUUUUGACUUUUACUCCAGUAUUUUCUUAGCAAAGUAUUUAACGCUGUUUGCAGCCAUUUUAUUUUUAGGUUGUUAUAACACACCUCUGUGCACAUCCAGCCUUUGUUGGAGUGUUCAGGGUUAAUAACAGCAACACUGACAAAAGAUCCUGCAAAACAACUUCAUCCUGGAUAGGUGCAGAGACAAAACCACUUCAUUCAUAAGUUUGUUAGCCUCCUGUAGCUUUAGGGCCAUUUAUCAAAACAGAGUCAGAAGAAAUCAAAUAUAAUAUUGACAAAGUUACUUCAAUUUGUGUUUAAUCAUCUAAAUAUGACAAUUGUUUUAUUUGUUUAACCUUUAAUGAUCUCUUCACGGUAUAUCUCCAAUGUUUCUACAGAAGCCCAGAACAAACAAACAAGUCACAUUUGAGUUUUUAUUAUUAGUGUAAAAUGUGGCAGCUGUGAUAUAAAUAAAGAGGAAGAAAGUGGUUAUUGUUGUUGUGAGCAAAAUGAUUCACGCUGAUAGAAGAUUAUACUCAUGACUCAAAGGAGCUUUUUGUCCCUGAGGGCCAACAUGACUCUUGUAAUUUUACCAAGCAGAGGGGUGAGCAAGGGAGUAUUUCAGUCUAGAAUCUGACCUUAUGAUGUCAGUAAAUAUGAAUCCUGUCAUGGUUAUAUUUGCAUAAAUAAGGUUGUAGCUGAUGAGGCUCACUCCAGCUCUACUUAUUCACCAGUUUUUGUAUGAGUCGGAUUUGAUAUUUACGUCAAAAGUAUUUUUGCUGAUCUGACAUUUCCAGGCUAGCUGUUUCCCUGUUUUCAGCCGUCAUGCUAAGCUAGGCUAGGCUAACUAUCAGGCAGUGGUAGUUUCUUAUUGAAUGCUAAAUUAGGACAGUGAAUUUCCCCAAAAUGUAAGGCUAUGUUUCUCAGAUUUUCUGCAGUUUGAAUGAGCUGGACUGUAUCUGUCUUCUGCACACACUGGUCCCUUCAUUAACACACAACAACUGUUGUGUAACUGUACAAAAAAAGUCCUGUCUGCAACUGCAGUAAAUUACAAACCAUCAUCACAAGCUGAAAUGAUACCAAAGGAAAUCUCCCUCAAUGUGCAAGUCAUGUUUUGUUUUUGUGCGGCGUUAACUUUUAUUUCUCAUGCCUUUCUUUCAUGAGCCGCUGUGACAUGAAUGCUAAUUACUGCUGUCCAAAGUCUUGAAAAGGCCAACAUGAUGUUAUUUACUCCCGCCUGACUCUAAAGAGGAGUUUCACGCCAACACCAGCUGAGUCAGGGACAGUUUAGGGAAGAAAAAAUGUACAUUGUAAGCACAGUCCUGGGAUUGCUAUGGUGCUGAAAAGCCUGACCUGCUAUCACAUGAUAGUCAUAAUGUAUGUGGGGGUUGGCAGGAAAACAAGCAGAAAACAAAACUGAGGCAGAAAGAAGUUUUAGCUGGUUUGUAAAUAAAGCCGGAUGCUUGCUUGCUGUUAGAGGCAAAUAAUGUUUACUUUCUUCUUUGUAUUUCAUAAUCUGACAGCUUAGAUAUGACAUCAAGUAUUGAAUAAAUCCACAAAUUUAAUCCCUGUUUGUGUAAUCGCCUGUCCUCCUCUGCCCUGACUGCUGUUCUUUUAAAUAUCGUAUGUAGUCCAGUUGUGUGAGUCAGAGGUGUUUCUUUAUUCUAUUAGACAGCGUGAGAGCUAAAGAAGGAAUCACCGGCGUUGCCACUAAACAAGGAUUCCUCACAUGUCCUCUCUCUGUUUCAGGAAUCGGCUUUGACAGAGAAGCUAGUGUGCGCUGCUCGCUCGUCCACUCGCAGUCCGUGCUGCAGAGGAGAAGGAAGCUGAGGAGACGGAGGACGGUCGCUGGAGUCCCCAGACAGGUGCAACAAGAUUUAGGUAUGUAACUUUAUCCCCUCUUUGACUUGAUGACUUUUGGGUCUUGUGGUGCAGUAGUAGGGAAAAAGAUGCAGAGAUUUAAGAGUUAAAAUGUCCACAUCACUUUGCUGGAGAAGAUAAGCACAAUAUAUGUCUGCUUGAGGCAGCACUGCUAAAGGAGGCAUAUUUUUAGUCUCAGUUUGUUCUUUUUAAAAAGAUAUUUUGGGAUAUUUCACGCUUUUAUCAGCAGGAUUAAAGUAUAAGAUGAUAAGAAAUGAGAGAAAAGAGAGAGAAGAGGAAUCAGCUGCAGAAAAAAGUUUGAAGCUGUAUCGUUGAAAAGAGUCAAGAGAGGCCUAAAAGCUCUAAAACUAGAGAGCUUACUGCUGAGCUCUAAAACAAUUUCUAAAUGCUGGUUUUAGAGUUUACAUAAUUGUUUAAUUGGCCCAUUUGGACAACUAUUUUGAUCAUCAGAUCAACAUAUUUCAAAUUCUUUCAAGCAAAAGCAUCAUGAGUGUGAGAGUUGUCUGUUUUUCUGUGUCAUAACUGAGACUGUUCAAAGUGUUUCAGACUGAUUGAUACAUGAUGCAAUAAGGGCAUCAGGAAAUAGUGACAACAGUUAUAUUCUUGUGACAUAUAUAUCACACCACAAAACAAAACUUCAAAGCUAGGGUUUGAAAAAAAUGAUGAAGCACACAAACUGAAAUAUUAUUUACAUUAGGACACCAGUUAUCAAACUCAGGGUAAAAUAUGAUUUCUAUUUCGGUUUAUUUUACUUAUCACAGGAAGUGUCGGCCUUAUUUUUGCUUGUCAUAUAUUGAUCAAAAAUAAAUUUAAAUGAACUUUUCAGCUAAAGGUGAAUUUGCUCAUUUGAAGUCAUUAGAUUUUUUUGUGUUAACCUAGAAUGAGUCCUUUAUAUUUACAUGAGGCACUUUCAGUUUCCAUCAAAUUUGGCACCCCCUGUGGACAACACAGUUUUUGCACAUCAUGUCCUCUACAUAAUCGGGUACAUUGACAAAACUCUUAUUCUGAAUUUUGAAAGUCAAGUGUAUCAUUUAUUGUGAUUAUUUAGGUAAAACAUGUAAAAGCAGGGCUGUUUCUUCAGCUGUUCGGCUGACACCUGCUCCCCUCACGUUGGUUUCUGGCAUUUAAAACGAUGAUGUUAUAAUUGUCAGUCAUGUCACUGAUGGUCUUGUGUGCUCUUGCACAUCAUAAAAAGGCUUCAGCAGAAAAUUCUGUCUGUUUUAUAAAAGUAAAAAUUCUCCUAACAGGAGCUUUAAUUUGGAGAGCCUGGACCUAGAUUAGUCACUCCAUUUGAUUGCAGUUUUUGGAUUUUCCAAAUCGUUUAUUUUCCUUUAUCUGUACAAAAUGCUUCAAUUAAUGCAAAACAAAUAAAUACAGUUACUUUAUACUUAGGUGUGGUAGACAAAUAAACACUUUGCUACAAGUGUUAAGAGCAAUAGAAAUAGAAAUUUUAUCUUUAAAGUACCUUUUAGUACAGGUAAACUCAAUAAGGAUAAAAACAUUUGAAAAGCAAGCAUUGAAAUGCAUAGCUACACAUAUAACUAACAAGGGGUAGGAGAAAAAAUCGAUACAGCAUAGUAUCGUGAUAUUUUGUCUGGUGAUAAAUUAUAUCUUCUCAUUUAUCAAGUAUCGAUUUUUGAAAUUAAUUGCUAAUAUGAAGUCAAAUCUAUGAUAAUGGAAAAAUAAAAUCAACUGAUUGUCCAGUGAGGUUGGCAGAGAUGACAUCAUAGAGCAGGAGAAAGUUAGUACAACAAAUAUGUUAAGUUUUCAAGAUGUGCUACGUGAAAAUAAGAUACUGCGUAAUCAAGACAAACAUAAAGGAAAGAUAAAUGCUAAAUUUGCUUAACAGUUGAAAAAAAUUGUAUAAAUCACAAUAUAUUGUAUUGCAAUACUGACUGUAUCGCAAAAUGUUAAAAAUCACAAUAAAAUCGUGGCCCAGGUAGCGUGAUAAUAUCGUAUUGUGGAGCCACUAGUGAUUCCCACCCCUACAACCAACCACAUCAGUCAUCAUAUUAAUACACCCAUAGAGUAACUCUAUGCUUUGGGAAAUAAACAGGCUUUGCUUUAAAGGGGAGGUAAGGAGAGGUAAUUUGAGGUGAUAAAUAAUCACAAUAUGUGGCACUUCUUUUAUUAUUUUGCAUCAGUAAUAAAGAAGCAGUGAAGGUUCAUGUCAUGUUGUUCAUGUUGUUUCUUUGGUUAAAGAUUUGUAGUGUCCAGCUCACUGGUGCUGGUCUCUGCAGAGUUACCUCCUCUGGGCUGUAGGAGCAAGUGUGGACUCUCAGUUUUACCCUGUAGUUAUAUGGAAUCAACUCUCAUUGUUUUCUUUCUCUUCUCAGACUCUGAUGAUUCUCCCAGCUCCAGAGAGCGCACUGUGAUCGUCCACACGAGCCCUGACGUAACUCCCUCCCGCGAGGAGCUGUCCAGUCAUCUCAACACACGAGACUCAGGCUGUCAGACCGAAGACUUCCUGAUCUCAGGAGCUCCAUCUCGUAGGAGGAUCAGAGCCCAGAGAGGACAGGGGGUCUCCCUGUCCCUGUCUUACUCUGCAGGAAACAUCUCCUGUCUGACAGACAGCGCUGACGCCAUGUUCGCCACCUCAGUGGGCACCCGCCUGCGCUCUCGGAGUCUGCCCCGAGACGGGAACAGAGUGAUAGAUAAUGGGCAUCGAGACAGUGAAGACGAGGGGGAACUGUCCCCGUUUGAUGCUGAGGACUUCCUACCAGGACGUGGGGAGCUGAUUCUGAAGGAUGAAGAGGAGAGCACAGACGACCAGGCCGUGACUGAGCGCUCGUUGGCUCUGAAGUAUAAACAGCUGUCAGAGAGUCCAGAGCGCAGCUGGAUGGUGAGGACCAGGUCUCAGCUGCCCAGGAAGGCCGACAUGGGCAGCUGUGAGAUCUCGUCCAGCUCAGACACCUUCAGCAGCCCGGUCCACUCUGUCUCGGCCGCUGGAGUGAUGCUAGGAGGCCAGAUGGACCACAAAGACGACCACCAGUCCUCAAGUGGAAACUGGAGUGGAAGCAGCUCCACCUGCCCCUCACAGACCUCAGAAACCAUCCCCCCUGCUGCCUCCCCCCCUCUCACCGGCUCCUCACACUGUGACUCUGAGCUCUCACUUAACACCACCAACCACAACCAUGAAGACCACACCAGCUUCAUGCUGGACCAGUACCCGGGCCUGAGGACUCAGCGGGCCGGCUCCUUCUCCUCCACAGCUAUGGACAUUUUAGAGGAAGCAGGGGGGAGCACUCCUGUCGAGGGGGAGUGGGGUUACUCCAUUCAGGACCCUCCAAACCCACAGGACUUCAACCCUGAGCCGAGCAGGGAGGUGGAGAGCAGCUUAGGAUGUCCGAGCUUCACCAGCAUGGCCACGUGUGAGAGCAGCUACUCCGACAAACCUCCAUCAGAGAAAGCAGACACUGUCUCACACUACUCUGUGGACACUGAAGGCUACUACACAUCCAUGCACUUUGACUGCGGUCUGAAAGGCAGCAGAAGUUUCACCUAUAACUAUGCAGCCCCCGGCUCUGACUGCAGCCUGUCAGACAUGACUCUGGGCAGACGCUGCCUCUCUUUACGAAAACCAAAGGUGAAGCCGUGUCCGCCCAAGAGGAGCUCAUCCUUAAGAAAAAUAUGCAGUGACGGGAACAUCCCUGACAAAAAGGAACCAAAGAUUUCAUGUGGACAGCAGCUGCCUCUGUCGUCCAAGGAGAGGAACCUGCAGCUGCUUCUGUCCGCCUCUCAAAGUCGUCUGGAAAACUCUUCGCUCACCAAGGAGCCCCUUGUGGUCUGGGGCGUCGAGGGCUCUGCUGAUCUGCCGGACUUGGGAGUGUUUAGCUCCACAGAUGCACAUUCAUUCAAAGAUGACGGAGUGGUGCAGUCAGACUAUGCAGAUCUGUGGCUCCUGAAUGAUCUAAAAUCCAGCGACCCGUACAGAUCAUUGUCCAACUCAAGCACAGCCACGGGUACGACUGUCAUUGAGUGCAUCAAGUCACAGGAGAGCUCUGAAUCCCAGACAUCCCAGUCUGGCUCCAGAGCUACCACACCUUCACUGCCGUCAGUGGAGGGAGACUUUAAGCUGACUUCUCCAGAGAAGCUGGCAGGUUUAGCCAGCCCAUCCAGCGGAUACUCCAGCCAAUCAGAAACCCCCACCUCCUCGUUCCCCUCUGCCUUCUUCCCUGGACCGCUUUCGCCGGCCAGCGGAAAGAGGAAGCCCAAAGUCCCAGAGAGGAAGUCAUCACUCUCCACGCUGUCUCUGCAGUCCUCAAAAAGAGACUUAGAGCUGCCCAUAAUCCCGCCCUCCCACCUCGACUUAAGUGCCCUUCAAAGUGUGGGAAACAAAGCAUCAGCUCUCAUAAAACCGGCUCAGAUCACACCCCAAAUCAAACACAAAUCCACUCUGUCAGAGAAACCUGUGGCACCACAGAGCUCAGAGGUGUUUCACUCCAUGUCCAUCACUCCCUCAGUGCUGAGCUCAGUCCAGCUCAGAUCCAUCAGCAGGGAGCAUGAAGGAACAUACGAGGACAAAACAAAGCUCAAAUGUCCCACUGUGAACUCAGCAAACACACUUUCAUGUAGCAAAUCCACAGAGCUCAAGAAUCCUCUGUUAAACCAUCAACACCACACACCGGAGAAAGGCUCCUGUGAAUCUGUGCUUACCUCAAAUGAAGAGCUUGAAAAUGGAGACGCAGCGUGUCAGAGCGAGACUGUGGAGGAUCUCACGAUGCCUGUGGAAAAUCAGACAGCAUUCAGACUGCAGGAAGAGCCAUUAGCAGAAGUCUCAGAGAGAAGUCAGGACGGGGAGAUGUGCAGAGAGACAGUAGAAAUGCAAGUUAGCAGCAGCUUCCAGCCCAAGGAAGAAAAAGAAGGAGAGGAGGAGUGUAAGGCAGACACAGGUCCUGCUGCUUUGGUGCAGCACAGUUCAACCAACAGCCUGGAUAAAGUACCCGAGACUGAUGGCCAGUCUGAGACUCCUCAGGACAGUUCGAUCAGCGAUGAGAGCAGCUCAGUGGUGGAUUUUGAGUCCUCAUGGGUUUCAACAGAAAGUGCCGCUCAGGAGGACAAAGAGGAGUCCAGAGAAGAGUCAGAGGAUUUCUGCAGGAAAGGUACUGACUCACUUUACAUUUGCUUAACAACAUUUCUCUCUCUUUAUCUUUUCUACUAAUUCCUCUAAAUGAGGCUGAUUUGGAAUCUGCCAAACAGACUGUACAGAGGGUCUGCUUCUCACCUGAUUUACCUGGGUGGCACUUUAUUCAUUUUCUCUGUUUUGACCUCAGUGGUUCAAACUUUUAAUCCAAGGUGCAAAAAACAAUGAAAGUCUCACUGAGCUGAUGUUUUUAGACAUUUGACAGGUUUAGUUUUCUAACAUUAUUCUUUUAAUGGCAAAAAUACUUGAACAUUUAUUGGAAAAGUUUCUGUGAACAGCUAAAAAUAAAUGACAGUCCUGGGUGGAGCAGCUGUAAAAAAGACAAGUUAAGAUUUGUUAAGAGUGAUUUUGUGCCCUGUAGUACCCUGAGGUGUCAAACUUGACUCAGCAGGAAAAUGUUCACUAAAGUUGGGUUCACACAUGCACUCAACUGCUGAAAACUUUCCUGCAUGUGCGAAAGAAAAAUAAAUUUUCCCGCCAGCCUCCUAAUGAAAUCUUCUCAAAAUGUCAGGGUUAGCAUAGCAGGAAAUAUUCUGGAGAUUAACCACACAUUCCUGGCCAAGGGUGAUGAUGUGUGUGUGUGCAUGGUGCAUUAAUUGUCAUGCUUUUGUAACUGUACUGUGUGCAGCCAUCUCUUUUUGCAAAUGUCACUUGAUUUUUUUUAACCUUCAAUAUUACAUUGUUACUUUCACAGUGUGCUUUUAAAGGGAUAUUACGGUGUAAAUUUAAGUUAUGGUCAAACACAACGUAACACCGAGUUAGACACCCCCUCCAGAGAUGAAUGUUGCCGACUGCUUGCUUCUUUAGUGUGGCCAACUUCAACAAUAACCGCAUAAUAGCAAUACACAGCAGUCUACAUCUCCAUGCAUACUCCAUCUGCAGUACACAUACAAGAUACACAACAACUCUGAUUGCAUUUCCAUGAAGCAAUAAUCAUAAAUUUUCUGCUACACUUGAUGAUUGACUCGUCAGGGCUCCCUCAAAAACAAGUGGCUGGAGGAGAGUGGGUGAGUUGUGUUUGGUCUCUUUGCUAAAGAAACCAGGCAAAGCUAAAAGAUGUUUGAUGACUAGUACUGUGGCUUGGACCCUAUAUGUCCUGUUGAUGAAGUUAGGUGCUGUUCUGAGCAUUAUUUGUGGCUAUAGAGUGGCGUUUCGGUUGAGAUUUGCAAGUGGAGACGUAGACCGCUAUUGUGCAGUUGUUACUAAAGUUAGUAUAACUAGAGAAGCAGGCAGUCAGCAACAUUCAUCUCUCAAGGGGGUGUCUAACUCUGUGUUAUGGUGAGUUUGACCAUAACUUAAAAUUGCAUUGGAAUAUCCCUUCAGUGUCAUGUCCUGCCUUCCUACAUCCACCCCUCUGCCCACCAACUCCCUCAUUCAACAGGGAAGACUUUGCAUCAUAAGGUUACAGAUACCUGUGAAAAACCCCAGGAGGAAACUUCUGAAAGUGGCCCCAGUGUCUGCCCGGUGCAGUUUGACUGUGCCCUGUUUCUGCUAAGUGUUCACUCUGCAGCGGUCACUAGUCUGCCCCUUCAAACUCCCCUUCUUGCUGCACCAAAGCUCCUGUGCCAGCUGUGUAACCACAAACACUUUCCCGUAACAACCAGCUUCCAGUCCAAGCAUAAAAACAACUGAACUGGGGUGACUGAGCUGUAACAAGUCAAGAAUGUUUCCAGCAAGAACUGUAAGUCACUGAGAGUUCAGGCAAAGCAGCUGAAGGACAAGCCCAAAAUAACUUAUACAUUAAAUAUUAUGCAGGUUGAAACCUGUAAGAGAGUUUUGUUUUUUUUUUGUCAGUUUUUUUUUUCACAGUAUCAAAUGAGAUCUGUCUCCAAAAUCACUGACAAUCAUGAGGCAGAAAUAAGUGGGACCUUAUAAAAAACACAUUGGAUUAAAGCUUCAAGUACUUCAAUAUUUACUUUCAAUCUCUGUUCACAGACUCGACACCCAGUGAUACUGCAGCCUCUCCUCCCAGUGAUGAGUCGAAGUCAGAGGACGACAGUGUGUUUCUUUCACCCACAAAAACCAGGACCACAGAGGAUCUGUUCGCCAUGAUUCACAGGUAACCAACAGCCAACACCAGCAGCACUUUAAAGGAAGUCUUCAAGUGCCUCAUGUCAUUUAUUCUAAUUUUUUUAGUUCUGCUUCAAUCGAUUGUUUCAGCUGUAAACUAAAAUCCUCUGCAUUGUAAGAUGUAGGGUACAGCCGCAAGAGCAUAUAAGAGCGCUUAUUAUUCAUCCCUAACUGGUUCAGAUUGUUCUUUUGAGUGUUUGAACUCAAAACAUAGUGGAUUCAUUCAGUACUAGAAUUUUUUAGUAACAGUAAGAAGCUUUUUUACAGAAACAUUAAUUCCAGUCAAGGUCACCAGACUCAAGGACAAAAACAGUCAUUUAAACUCAUGGAUAACAGGAGUGUCUUUUCUAAUUCUGCCUCAGUUUUUCAGACUUUUUGUGUUAUUCUGUGUCAAAGAAGAUCAAAACUGUUGGAUUAAAACUAUUUAAAACAGCAAAGUGAAAAUAAUCAUACAAAUUAAGUUUGUGUUAGAGCAGCAACUAUUGUGCUCUGCAGUUAGUUAGUUAGUAACCUUUGUUUAACCAGGAAAUAAAACCCAUUGAGAUUCAGAAUCUCUUUUACAAGGGAGUCCUGGCCAGGAUAGCAGCACAAGAAGUUCCACAUAAAGAAAAGAAAAAACACACACACAGAAACACAAAACAGUUACAGUAUGCAAAACACAACAAUAAAUCAGCGUUCAGUAAGAAGACAUGUGCAUUCAGUACUUAAAAACUCCUCAAUUCUAGUUUUAAAAUGUGCCAUACUUGGCAGAUAAUCCCAAGUAAGGUAAAAGUACAGUUUUUCCUUUGAUGUCUGGUGAAUUUGUAAAGAAAUGUUUAAAAGGCUGUUUUUAAUUAAAAUCAACAUAAAUAUCUGACCAGAACUAUCUGAUUAAACCUGAACCUUGAUCUCUCCUUGUCCAGGUCCAAGAGGAAAGUGUUGGGCAGGAAGGAUUCGACUGAGUUAGGAGUGAGGAGUCGCCCCUGUGCUGCAUCAGGGACGACUCCACCCAGCAGCACUGUAAGCUCGCCAGUCUCCCUGGUGUCACCCCCCUCUGCCAUGACCCCUCCUGGUCCACACAGAAGCACCGGCUCCAUCUACAGGAACGCCAAGAAAUCCAGCACCUCCAAUGAGGAGUUCAAGCUACUGCUGCUCAAAAAAGGCAGCCGAUCAGACUCAAGUUACCGCAUGUCAGCUACAGAGAUCCUCAAGAGCCCCAUCACCCCUAAAUCUCCUGCAGAGUCCCUCACAGAGUCCCAAAGACAGUCUGAAGACCCCACCUCCCCUCUGCAACAACAGCAGCAUCCAUCAGGACCAGAUCAGAUCUCAAGCCCGUACCCUAAAGCCAACUUUGACGGCUUCUCCCCUAAAUCCUUCCCCAUGUCAGCAGCUUCCAGGCAGGGCCGCUCUAGGAUACCCCCGCCUGCCAACAGCAGCCGCUACGGCAUGAGAGGUCGAGUCUUCUCUGCGCCCAUGCAAGCGAUCUCUGAGGGUGAGACGGAGAACUCAGAUGGAAGUCCUCACGAUGACCGCUCCUCACAGGGCUCCACGUAGGAAACAGAGUCGAACGCUAUGAAAUGGAUUUAGUUUACAGAUGAGGCAAAUGGACCGGAAUGGUUAAUAAUAUAUAUGAGAUUUUGUGAUGGAAGGCUAAAUGUGGUUCACAUAUUAUAUAAAAGACAAAAAAACGUACACUAGAUGAAUGGAGUCAUAGGAGUGCUUUAAAAAAAAAAUCUAUCUAAAUCAGAAAAUAUUUUUCAAAAAUAAUUCCAAGUAUCUUUAAUCCAAUUUUUACUGCUGUCCAUAUGUUGAUCUAAAUAUCAGCUGUGCUCUGAUUCAGUCAUGAGCACAAUGCCAAAAAUAAUAAUAAUAUAUUAUAAAUAACAAUAUUUCAGAAAGAUCAACUCUGACAUCGUUCGGAGAAGCACAAAAUAAUUCUGAUUAUAUCAAGGUUUUUCCACUGGAAUUUUGUUUGCUAUGUUUUGAAAAAUGUUAGAAAGUAAUUCCUAAUACAUUUAUGGUCAGCAGAGUUUAUUUGCUCAGUUUCUAUAUUUCAUACUUUUUAAUUUCAUUUGUCCCUUCCUUUUUAACCUCUAGUGCUGUUCUUUAGAGGAAAAGGCUUUUAACUGGCCUCUGCUCUGGUUUUUAAUAAAAAUUAUUAUUUUUCUUUUUAAUAAAAUUGUAUGAGUUAUGAUAGUUGAAACAGACUCAUUGAUACAAUAUGCACACGAAAUACGUUUAUAUUUAGUAUAUCAUUUUCAGAAAUAAAAGAAAAAGCGUACGUUGAAAUAAAGAAACAAAUUACUCAAAUUACAAAUUACUAAAUUUUUAGAUUUAUCCUCCUUCAGCUGAAUUUUUUCUUUAAGGCACUCCUCUGACUACAUGUAGGUACUUGGCUGAAUUUCACGGCUGUUUUCUGUGGUUACUCUGUGCAGAUUUUUUUAACCUGUAUUCACAAACAAUAUCUCAAAAAGAAAAUUAGCUGUAGAAACAGGAGACAGGUUUAUUUUGUAAUAAACAAAGUGAACUUAGUCAAACCAAGAGGUUUACACGGCUCCUGCAGUUCUUCUCCAGCUUUUUAAUGCUAAUCUGCUGUAAGAUUUACACUCAGAUUUUUAAUAAUCCUCACUGUUUGACAUUUUUAUUAGUGAGUUGAAUCGAUAGAAAAAUGAGCUGUUUGUAUUCUGUGAAUACCUCUGCAAUGAGACACAACUUUUACAUUUCUUAAGACCAGAUGAUACUGAUAACUCCAGCAGUGGAAACAAAUGUGAAGCCUCAAAGCAUUAGUUUAUAUGAAUGAUGAUGUAUUUUACUGAAUCCUUUUUAAGGCAUGUUGUAAUCCAUAUCACAGACAGUGUAUUAUGAUAACGUCUAUAAAAUUCACAUGCAAUAAUCACAAAAUGAAAUAGCACACCUGACAAUCUUAGGAGAUGAGAAGCGAGCAGGUUUUGAAUAUGGGAGAUGAAAAAGUGUACAAAAAGUGGAAGGCUGUGGAAAAGGAGAGCUGUAAAAGAACAAGGAGGUCAUGUAAUUUUGAAAAACAUUAUUAUGAGAGCCUGACAGACUUUGGUCGACAUGACCAUGAUGUUAAAUGCACAUGCUGAACGUUCUCUCAGCACUGUCCGCAGAUACAACAACAUUAUAGGUUUAAUAGAGCAGUCCUCUGAGUAGGUUUGCAUUGACAUGUUGGCAUAAAAUUAGACUAAAACCCAGAAAUAAAAGAGCUUUUUCCAUUCCAGCUCAAAAAUCAGUACUUCAAGAGGAUACAGGUGUCAAUCUCAAAUUCACAGUACCUGUCGGGCUCUGGUAAUAAUAGUUAAUUCUGGUUUGCUGACUUGAUGUGUUUAUGAAUUGUUGAAAAAGGCAUGAGGAAAGUGCUCAGGAGGAUUUCAAUGCCUUAUUUUACUCUGCGCUAAAACAAAACAAGAAGAGACGAAGCAGCUGCAGCAGGAGUUUCAUGUCUUGUGAGAUUUUGGGAGUUUUGUUUGAGGACGUAGGGUUUCUUUUAGAGAAAGCUGAUGAAAAGUAGAAGAUCUGGAUUUUGGUAUGAGAAAUUUGGGCUACUCUGUACCAAAUACUUGACUGUUUUACUCCCUUUAAAGAGAAAACCUGCCAGGAGUUCAUAUUUUCUAGGUUACACAGUUUGAUAUAUAUUUAUUUUUAUAACUAACACAAAACAUCCUGAAAUGCUCCCUUACACUUUUAGAUAACCUAAAACUGAACACAUGUAUGCAAUGAAUUGCCAAUAUUAUUAUUGAUAAAGUAUUUUAUUCAGAUACUUAUUUUGUUCAUAAGAGACAGUUUUUAAAUGUUAUCUCAGACUCUAGUUGUAGAGAGAAGCAUGAAUCUAAAUAAAUAAUACCACUAAAGAUGGCAUCGACAGUUAUAAGCUACAGCAACCAGAGGCUUUUCUAUUAUCCUUCAAUGAUAUUUACAUGUUUUUUAUUGCAGUGGUGGCACUCAACCUUUAUGAGGCUCUGCAGCCAUAUUUUCCUGUAGGUACACUGUAAAUACCCACUUAAUUUUGGCCUUAACGAGACUCCGUACUAAUGCAGCAUCACCUAACAGGGUACACAAUAGUUGAUCAUGUCUGUGAACCUUCAUUCCAACCCUUUUCUUAUGAAUAUUUUUGUUUUUUGCACUGAAAUGGUGAUGUUUGUGAAGUUUCACAAGUCUCAUGCUGUUCCUGGAGAUAUUUAUACACAUUUUUUUUCACUGAGCUGUAUGACUUUCCUUGAAUUAUACACACUCUCUGAGUACGCUGUGUGAGUGGACUAGAUGCUUCUGCCAAAGGCUAAAACAUACACACAAGUUAGUGGCUGUUUUUCUCUCCCCGUUUACUUGACUGAAAUGUUCCUAGAAACAUCAAACCAACCCUAGAAGAUUUAAUGUGUGGUACUUUUCAUUUUAGAUCCUCCUCUGUGUACUGUAGGCACCAACUUUGUAUUUUUUUGUACAAACUUGUAAAUAUGAUAACUUUUGUUGAAAUGUUUCUUAUGUAAAAACAAAAAAUGUUUUCAAAGUUUACAUUAAUUUCAAACCUUUGUAUAUUUUUGAGCUGUGGAACACUUUGUCUUGUAUUUAUUUUUUAGUAAGCAUUGUGGAAAUCCCAUAGUAAAUCCUAUCAAAGCUAGCACAACAAGCUGCUUAGCAACUGUGUAUAAAAGACAAAUAAAUGUGACUGCUUUGAAAAAUACUCUGAGAGUCUGUGGUGAUAUUAAUUAGUGCCACACUUGUUAUACUGUGGAUUUUUUCUCUUAUUCCGCUUCCAGACAAAUUUCGAUUCGCUAAUAGUCCUACAGCUUGAGGAGUUGUAGGACAAACUAUAUAAAUACAUGCAGUUUAAUCCAGAACAGUGUGCUGUUACUUUUCUCUGUUAUAUACAAAUUAUUCACAACGUAAAAACAGUAUGGUCACAGAAAACACACAAAUAAAUAAAAUAAAUGUGGUCACCCUCUAUAGAAAGAACUAGAUAACAGGAUUACACAGUGCAAUCAGUGAAAAGGCCUCAAGUUUAAGCAGUCUAUGCUAAGGAUCAAUUGAUCAACGAGUUACAACCAUAAAUUUUAUAUCUUAGCUUUUAAAAACAUUAAACCAUAUGUCAAGGAAAUAUUACUCACUUUUUGUAUUCUCGUUUCCUCUGUCUCACAGGUCUGAGUAGCAGUUGCUCGCAGUGACAACUCUAUUUUACUUUUAAAGGGGCCAGUGCUUUAUUUUAGGAGGCACCCAAUUACUGCGUUAUUCCUGGAUGUAGUCUAUAGGAAAUUUCUUGAGAAGUGUUCUUUACAUGUACUCAUAUUAAAAAACUUAAUAUAGACCUAACCUAAUUAAACAGACUGAUUCCGGUGAGGACAUACUUGUACACACAUAUACACACACAUACCAAAUGAAAAGAAAUGCGUAGUGUCCAGUGUAAGUUACUGUGUAUGAUUAAAUCUCUUCCUGAUGAUAACAACAUCAAUUUCAGAAAGCAUGGGUAGACACUAUGGAGGUAAUUUGUGUUAAUACUCUCAUUUUAGGUGUUUGUGGUGAGCUUUAGACCAAAGACUUGAUGGCUGACCAGUCAAGAAAAUAAGAGACUGUGAGGUAAAGUGAAGGAUUUUUAUUUUCCUCAUCCCAUACUUGUCAAUGAUUUUAUUUAACAACAGAAAAAAAGCUCAGUCUUGUCUUUUUUGACACUGAAGUGUAUCGUUCACUACAAUCACUGCCAUAGAGAAAAAAAGGUUUGGCAUCAUGUAGUUAAAUGUGUCUUUUACAAACCCUCAUUGCUGUGGCCACUUCAGACAUAAAAAGUUACCACAUAGAAAUUAUAUGUCAUCCAGAUCAGGUCUUUUUUUUUGCUUUUGGAGAGCAUAAGGAUGUUUCAGUACCAGCAAAAUCUCCUCACAGGAGCUUUAAACUGAAUUCUAGCUUUGAUUUCAUGAAAGGUAGCAGACUGGAAGAUGACUUUAUCAAAAUGAAGGUGAAAAAAAGGUCAUGAAAAAAAAAAAAAGACAUGGGAAAUCUGUGUCUAAAAAAACAUCUAAAAAAUCUAAAAAAAAAAAAAAAAGGAUCAACCUGAUGGAUUCACAUCAAACUCAUGUUUUGUAGCAUAAAUUCAAAGCAUGAGAAUUUCUGUACAAACACUUCUAAAUUUGGAGCACUGAUCCGACCCACAAAUAAAGAGUAUGUACGACUUCUAUAAGAUGGACACUAGAGGGCGCCCCUUUACUAAAGCCACAGCACGAUGGCAAAUUGAGUAUAUAAAGGAGUCCUCUUUGUCUGGUCCCCUCCUGAGAAUCAACUGAGAGUCUUUUUGUAAACAAGUCAGACCAGCUUUUUCUCUGCAUAUUGAACAGACUGGAGGUGUAGCUGUGUUCACUUUACAACACGUAAUUUCUGUAUGUCUUACAUCAUUGUCAAGGCUGAGCUCCAGCUCCACAUUCAAGGUGAACCCUCUCUGCAGCUCUGGUUCAUGUCUAACCAGCCUGUGCAGGACAAAAAUGCCUUGUUCUCAGCGUGUGAAUGUCAAAUGAGCUAAAAGGUAAACAAAGCUGAGGACUGUUUGGUUCCCAUCAAAGGGCACACUGACUGUGACCUCUGACCUCUGAUCACACUGGAGUGGGCAGGGGGGGCAGAAAUCAGCUGCUUUGUUCUCAUGAUUGGACAUGAAUUAUAAAUUGAGUAAUGUACUCAGAUGAAUAAAGAAAUACUAAGUAAUCCCUACUAAAUAAAACCACAGCUAAUUACCCCCGGAGCUUUGAUGACAGCAGACAACAGGCUUCUUUUUAUCAGUGUUUGUCUUCAGGGUUUGUGUCACUAUUUACCCUCUGAAGUCAGUACAGUGGAUGUUUUACAAGUCUAUAAAGCAAAUGUCAGGCAAUGACUUUUAUCAUUGUGUGAUUAUAAAGAGAGGAAAAAGAGGGUUCAAGACUUUCAAAAGGAAGAAAAAGCUUCCUCUCAUCAGAGAUCUUUCAGUGCUGAUGAAAGGGGGAGCAGGAAAAGUACAACUUGGCUGAAUGAAAGGAAGGGUGGUGUUAUUUUUACUUUUACUGGAGGAAAGAUCUGUUUAUAAUGUCUUACUUAUUCCUUAUUUUUGUCCAUGCUGAGACAAUGCAAUGCAGAGAGAGCUAAUAAAUAAUUGAGUUUUACUGUAUUGUCAGCAAAAACAGAAGAAAUUUGGCUCCUAACAGUGAAUUAAAGUUAUGAAUGAACUAUUAGGACCAAAACUAUAAUUCUAAUAAUAGGCUACAUUCAUGCAGUGUUGGACGCAUUGGGACAAUGACUUUCCAUAGUGGAAAAAUGAUGUUUAUGCCUGCUCAAGUCUGGACAACAACUCGGAAACUUAAGGAAGAUUGCAGUGCACAAUUUCCCAACUGAAUGCCAUUGCCAUUAACAUGGUGGGCAAAUAAGGAUUCGUUAAUUCUAAGAAACUUUUUAUGAGCUUACCUACUGCACAUCAAAGUCUUGUUUAAAUGUAAUUUGUGAUAUGAUGUUAUUUUUAGUUUUUGCCUACUUAGUGUGACCUAGACUUUUCAGAAAUGUUAUUUAUUCAAUUAAGAGUGGUAUUUACCUUUCAAUAACAAGUCAGGUACGUCAUUUAUUUUGGUAUUUAUCAGCAUUUAAACUUGAUCAAAACAUAAUGUAACAUUAAACCAGACUUUCUGGCUAAGAGCAUAUGAACACAGCAGAAUUGAAAAAAACAACUUUUCAGCUUGAAAACUGGGUACAUCCAUGAGGCAGAUGAGUGCAGAGUCAGACCCUGUAAAACACAAAGUCUCAGUGAUGUCACAUGCUUACUUUUACUGCAAAGAUGGACUUUCUGAAUGGGUGUGUAUGUGGUCUCCAGGGCUUCUGAAGUCAGCCUCUAGAGGAAAAUGUCGGAACUGCAGUUUUUGGUGCUACUUCACAUAUUGGAUUCAUUACUCAUCAUCAGGCUGUCCUAUGUUCCAGGUUUCGGAAACCUCUAUUGUGUGAUGCAUUAUGACAAGUUUCACUGCACAUGAAAGAAGAAACAGUUCAAAUAUUGUUAAAAUAAUCUAAUAUAACCCAACAAAGGAACAUAUUACUCCAGCUCAUGUGUUAAACUGAUAUGUUAAAUUCAUUCCUCCUGUAGGGCACUAAGGGCCAUCAAGAGAGCUUGGGAUCACUUGUUUCCAUUGAAGUAAUUAAUAUAAUUAUAGGUGAUGGUUGAUGUACAAAUACAGGUGAUAGCAGCUAACUUCCAACAUCAUCCAGCUGUUUUAUUUGGCUUUUUAAUGGCUGGCAAGGAGCACAUGUGUAACACGCGAAAUAACAGUCCAUACAAAAAGACCUUUAAAGUGUUAACUGUCCAGAUUUAAAGUCAAUACCGCCCCUUUAUUCAUAGGUCUGUGGUGAAGGGGUGUUGACUGGGUCCUGAUCUGAGCUACAUUUCCAUAUCUGACUGCAGAUAAGGAGGGGGGAGGGAUACUGCAGAGGGAGCCACACCAAAGCCACCACCAGGCCACCAGGGUAUAUUGCGAGGCUCAUUAUAGUGCAUUAAACAGCCUCCCUGCGGAACAAUAAGAGGCCCCGGGGCCCCAAGGCAGAGCCUGAGGCUGGCUAGGGCUGAUACGGAGACCCAAGGGAUCCUGCUCACCCAGGCCUGUCACUGCCAGACUUUCAUCCACAGCUGCCAAACUCCAUCCUCCUCCACCUCUGUCAUCAGCCUCACACCAGGAAAUCACGGAUGACUGUGCCAUCUGAAAUGAAAGAAAAAAACAGCAUUAAUGGGGAUCCAGAACACAAAAUUAGACUCCUAUUGUAUACUUGCAGAGGUACAGUGGUCCCUCUGCUUUGCAUGGUUUCAGGAAUCCAAAAUUUUCUAAAUGCAAAAACAAUUCAUCAAACACAUAGAUAUCUCAUUAAACACAAAAUGAAGGAGUAUCUCACAAAACACAACAUAUGACCCCAAAAUAUUUCAUAAAAUGAAACAAAAAAAAAAUCUCUAUUUUUGAUGGGUUUUUUUUGUGAUGUUUUUUUCCUGCAUCAUGACAUGUUUUUGAAGUUUGGAAAAUGUUUUGGCAAUUUUUGCAUAAACUGACUUGUUUGUUUUGGUCUGUAUCAUAUUUAUAAAUUUCAUAGGAGUUUUUAAAUUUUUUUAUGUAGAGUUUUUAUGUAUUGUAAAAUAUUUUGUAGGUUUUGUAUUUACUAUCAACAAAAAUGUGCCUCAAAAAUAUUUAUCUGCUUGGUUAAAUAUUCUGGUGGUUUGUAAUAAAAAAUAAUAAUGAUAAUUUUAUCCUUGUGUGCAGUUUACCUUAUAGGGUCACCAUAGCCCUUAUUCUCUCUCUUCCUUGGUCGAGAACCAAAAAUGGACUACACCGGGAACCAAAUGGAUUUGAUUUAUUAUGUAUGUAUCCGUUUACUCGUAUCUUCAUUUCUAUCACAAACAGUCUGUGUGUUAGGAACAGGAAAACUUCGUUAUUAAAAAAAAUCUAUUUAACUCUGUAUGUGAACGGAUUUUUUUUUGUUCCCCGAGCCUUCAGUUCACAUACUUGUUAUGCAUGAAUGAAUAACUAUUUUGUAAUAUAAUUUAUUCAUUUAUUUAUUUGUGCUCAUGUGUCCC